ACUCCCUCGCUCUCAGUCAAUGACUAUGCUACAGAGUGCAGUGUGCAGGCAGUGUCAGCAGGAGCGAGCUUGCGCCUCUUUCUCUCUCUCCCUUUCUAACACCAAACGGGAAAGCAAGCUUCAAGUUCAGUGAACAUCCACAGCAUCUAGGAUUUCUCUCUCUUUCCCCCCACCUCAAAUUACUUUUGCAAAUGAAUACUGCCUAACCUCCCCAAGGAAAAAAAAUGGGUACUGGGGAUUAUAUCUGCAUCACCAUGACUGGAGGAGCACCCUGGGGCUUUAGACUUCAAGGUGGCAAGGAAGAAAAGCAGCCUUUGCAGAUUGCCAAGGUAGGAUGGUGAGAAUGUCUUUAUCAAUGUUUUGUGAAAAGGAAAGUAUCUGCAGGAUGUUUUGUUUCCUUGGGAGAGGGGUUAGUAUGUCUAGUUGAGAAAUCCUGAUGAAGGUUAUAUUCCGGCUCCAGAUUUAGGUUUGGGUUAAUGGAAUUCUCAAGUGUAUUCUUAAGUAGUUGAGUUUAAUUUUAAAAAGCUAACAUUUCUGAAAGUUUCUUAUGUCGAUCAAAGUACAAAGGUUUCCUCCUGCCUUGCAGAAAAAUACUCAAGUCCUAUGAGAUGCUGAUGGCUUUUAGCUCCUGUUGAACUUGCUGAAUGGUGUUGAAAGAACUCUGUACAGUUAGGACUCUGAGACUUCAACUAGCAAGCCCUCCUUUGAUGAGAGAUUUGUGACACUUUCCUUCUAGUCUUCUUGGCAAAGGAACGAAUGCAUGGCUGCGAGAGAGAAAAUGUGCUUACCAUUUUGAGCAAUCUUGGAAAGCAUGUUGAUGAAACUGUUGCUUAAUAUUUAUCAGCCUCACACUAGCCUGAAUUGCUUUUAUGAGAUGUUGCUUAUGUCCUGAUGUAUAUUUAAUAAUUUGUAGGAGAUUUGUGAUCUUCAUUAUGGAUCAUGUGAGAAGUUACUCUGAAAUCUUCUGCAUUUUCAGGAGUUUUGUAUGGGGGGGUGGGAAUCAUGUUUUAGAACUCUUUAAAAAAAAGAAUCUGAGAAUUAAUUAGGGUGCCAUUUUAUUGUGUUUGGGGAGCAACUUGUGUUUACCAUUGAAUACGACACUUCUAGGUCCAUAAUGCUUGAGAGAGUAAGUUUUAGGUUUAAUUUUGGAUUACUUAGUAUAAAUCAGAACAUCUUAACUUGAAGAAAUAGGUAGGCUGAGGCAGCCCUAUCCUAUGCAUAUUUACUUAGAAGGAAAUGGCAAUGCUAUCUAAACUAAUUUUGGAGCAAGUUGAGUGAAUUCAGUGAGACAAAUAUAUUGCAUGACUUCACUUAGGAUCAAGCAUUAUUUAAUUCAAUCAAAUUUACUUCUGAGUAAACAUGCAUAAGAUUAUGUUUCAAUAAGAAAGGAAAAGAGAAUGAGGAACUUUCAUUGUCUUCUAGUUCUUCUAAACAGGUAACUAAGAAUAUGAUGCCUGUUUAAAAUGAAUGCGAUGCUCAAGACAACUUUGUUCAGCCCUGUUAGGCCAGUUUGUUUUUUCAAAUAGUUAAGCAAAAUAUCUUGGAAGUAUAAAAUUACAAAUAUGUUUUAAAAGUUAUCCUCUGUUUGUAAAGAACAUUGCCUCACUCUAUAUGAAAAAAGACACUAGCUUUUUCUUAAACAGUGGUUCUAGGCAGUUCAUAUGUACAAAUAUCAUAUGCAUGUAUCAUGAUAUUUGAUUAUUAAACAUUCUGGCAACAUACUAGUAGAUUUCUUUCUGAGAGAGAAAAGCUUCCCAUGUCUUGAAUGUAGCUGCUGCUUUGCAAGAGAUAGCAGAAUCCUGCCACCUAGUGAAACUUUCGUGAGAGAAAGCAAUAGAAACUAUUUAAAUAAAAUAGAUUGUGGUGGGGGACCACAGUCUAAAAGUGAAACAAGAAUCUAUGCAAAGGGAUAAUCAGAUCUGAGGGAUAAGAAACAAAGAUAUUGCAUCCUUGGGACUUCAUCAUGAGGUAGGCAGUUGCAUACAUUCAAUUUUAUCCAAAUCAAGCAUAACUGGUAAUUUUGUGUUCUAUUAUUCCUAUCACUAGGGAUGUAACAAUUGCCAUUCUGGAUCAAACCAUUAUCCAUUUAGACCAGCAUUUAUUUUCUGAUAGCAGCCUUGUGGGAACUCACAAGGUAGCCACUCUCUGUUCUUUCCCUUUGCUUUCUGGAUUUUGGAGGCAAUACUGCUUCUUUACAUGGACGUGUUUCUUAGUGAGCACACCUCAUAGUCUUUUCAAGGACGAUUCUUCAUAUGUACACCAAAUCCCAAAAAAUAAAAUAUUUAAAUAGUAAUCUAAGCUAAUGUCUUAGCUGACCACAAAUCGUGGCAGUGAAUUCCAUAGAAUCAUGUACCUAUUGCAUGAAAAAGUGUUUCAAAAGUAUAUUUGGAGAAAACACUCUGAAAUGAAUGGGAGGCUACUCAGCAAUUGUACUUGGUGGUAUCAUUUCAUUGAAACCUGUGGAAUCAACAGUUGAGUGAAAUAAACUAUAGCACACUAAAGCUCAAACCAUAAUAAACGUCUUAGUCUUCAAGGUGCAUUCAAUUUUGGAUUGGGCUCAAACUAGUGUUGAUGGAGAAAUAAGAUGCAUUUCACAUUCACAGGUGAAUUUAGCAAAUCUGCACUUUCUGAAACACUAAGCGAACUGAAAUACAACCAUCACUCGAAAGUUACGAUCUCCCCAAUUUGGCAAUCUCCAGCCAAGAAAAUGUACAAAAAUGCACAUAUUAGUGAAAAUAACAUGCAGAAAUGCAAAGCAUUAUGGAAAAUUGCUUGCAAAACUGCAUAUUUGUUAAAAGCCACAUACAAGUGUAUUUACUAGGAGAAAUCCACACUAAAAUGCUGAAGAAUUUAAAUAAGAUUUUUUAAAAUUUAAGAUUGGGAAAAUGAAAAAAAAGAGAAAACAGAAAAUUGAUAGGUUCAUCCACUCUAGUCCAAAAUGGCUGCUGAUCUGAAGGCACUGAGAUCUAGCAGAGGCUACUCACUGGAAGAAGGGAGUAGGGAGGUGCUUCUUGCUAAUGUGAGCUAAUGUGUAGUAUGGUGGUUAAGGCUUUGGACUAGGACCUCUUCAACUCCCCACUUGCCCAUGAAGCUCACUGGGUGACCUUGGGCCAGUCACUGCUUCUCAUCUUAUCCUAACCUACUUCACAGGAUUGUUGUGGGGAUCAAAUGUGGUGGGUCAGAACCAUGUAUUCCACCUUGAGUUCCUUAGAUUUAAAAGUUUGUUGUAAAUAAAUUGCAAUCUCCCCUUCGCUCUACAGAGUCCCAGACCUGCUCUAGAGCACCUCCCGGCUCUCUGGAAAACUUUUCCAGAGGGGUACGGAGGGAAGAAGAAAUCGACACACACAAAAAGAGCCUCCACUAAAAGAUAACUCCACCAAAAGCGCAACUCUGGAUCCAACCCUUUGUCAUUUUUGGCUGCAUGCAAACAAAGAAAUAAAAGCAAGAAAAAAGGGAGAAUAGCAUUUUGAUAGGCCCGUGAUAGAAUAUUAGAAUCUCCUCAAGUGAUUCCCAGCUCCACUCCAGUUCAGUGCUUCACUUUGCUAUCCUCUCUUUGUCGACUGAUCUAAACACUAUUGGCCUGAGCAAUUGGCUGUAAUAUAAAACAAAUGAGAUGAAAUGCUUUUAAUUUCUUGUUUAAAAAAUAGCAAGCUUGGGAAAAGGGGGCUUGUUUGAAGCAACCCUCUCACAGACAAAAAUCCAUGAUAGUCAUGGGACUCUCUUGGGUUCUAAUCUUUCCCAGCAUACUAUUUGCCUAUGAGGGAGAGGGAAGAUUGCCAAACUUCCAGUAUCUUCUGAUAUUGAGAUUUCCCAAGAGAACUAGUGACUCAGCAAACCUUCUAAGUAUCCUGUUCUAACAUCUAGGCUGUUGUAUGGAAUUAUAGGGUCCCAGGCCUGCCCGGCACUGAAAACUUCUUGAAGUGCUUCAAUCUGUUUUUCUCUCCCCUCUUCUGUCCUCCUGGAUAUAUGCACACUGGGAUAAGGACCCAAGCAUUUGAUUUAGACCAGGGUUUGGGAAGCUGUGGCCUUUCAAAUGUUGAUCCCCUCCCAGCCAUCAUGGAUAAUGGUCAGAACCUGAUAGACCAUUAAACUGAUCACAUGGGGAAGACCCACAUGAUCCAACCCAGCUCUGUGGCUAGAAUAUACACAGGUGCCCUCCUGUGAUGAAGUUAAAUCAUGGGAAAGUGGCUUCCACUCUGGCGGUAGUAUGUAUGGAAAGGAGGCAAGAGUGUAGCAAAGUUCUAACUCACAGGUCUAAAUAAUAUUCCUCUGGGUUGUACCUACUCUGAAGGUGUUAAAAUGUUUAUUUGAAGAAAUUCCAAGCCAUGUAAGAAUAAAAGAUAAAUAAAUGAAAGAGCAGUUUUAUAUGAACAAUAGUGUUCCUAUGACAGUUGUGCAUAUCAUAUUGAGGGUUGUUGUUUUUUUGACAGCCAUUAUCUAAUCUUUGUGUUACCCUUAACAAUGAGCAGUUUUUCUUCUUCUCGUGUAAACUCAUCUGUUUUUUGGGCAUUGUACCAAAUAAGCAAUCAUGCUAAUGCAAUGCUAGUUAACUGUGCGGCAGCCAAUGGAAACGUAUUUGUAUCCAUACAGACAUGUGAGAGUGUGAAGAAAUAAAAUAAAGGAUAUAUAAACUUUUUAAAAGGUGCACAUAGCAAUCAAAGAUAGAGUCUUAAUAGGGCCAAAUCUAUUCAAUAUGUGUAGUAAAUAUACCUAGUUAGGAACAGGACUAGAGUCGAAAUAGCCAUGAAGCUUACUGAGUGACCUUUGACCAGGCAUCCUCUCACACCCUACCUUUCCUCUCAGGCUUGUUGUGAGAGCUGUCCAAACUGAGGCAUAGUGUCAAGAUGGCAGCAAUUACUGGCCUUUCUAAAUGAAUAUUGUCCUACUACCACCUUGAGAGAUCUUUGCAUUCAAACAUCCCAGUCCAUAAUGGAGUAAAUCCAAAGUAUUCAGACUCCACAAUAUUUGGGCCAGCUGAGGUCACUAAAUCAAUGGGGUAAAUGUGGAUUAAAUCCAUUCAUUCUAGUUUACUGUGCAUGGACUAGAUUGGAAUAAACCUUUCUGGUUAGGCCAGUCUAUUAUUCUGAACCAGGAUGGAAGAUUUACAGUCCAAAUUUGGGUAACUGAAAUGAUUCAUGUUCGUCAUUACAUUUGUUGGGUUCUUUUUUUCUGCAUGACAUUCACUUUUAUAUCACUUGCUUCAAAGGCUAGCUGCCAAAUUUAAUUGGCCCGGGUUUUAAAAGCAUAUGGAAAUAAUCUGGAAGGCAAGAAUAAUUUCAUGGCUAAUGAAACUAGGAGGGAAAUCAAGUCCCAGGCAAGAAAAUAAUAAUAAUUUAGCUGUCUUCUAGGACAGUACUAAAAAGAUGGCACUAGAUCAGUAUACGAGUGUACAUUUUAGCUUGCUAUUACAUAAGAACAAAUGCAAUGAACAAGCUGUAAUUUGAAGUCUGUAUCUUAUGCAGAAGCAAGGGUAAAGUAACUUCUGAAAACACCUGGGUCAUGAUUCAUCUCCAUGAUUCAUGAGACCACAUGCUUGGGAAUGUUGGUCGGCAAAGUGCCCAGCAGAGUUCUAUUCUAUUGUGUCCAUCCUGAUGGACUGCUUCUUCAUUCAUUCAACUUUUGGGGAUGGAUCAUAUGCCUUGUGAUUAAGGUUUUGAAUGUGAAGACUUGUGAAAAUAUACUGUAAGUUGCAAUAUAGGUCAGUUCCUUCUGUAGUUAGCUCUGGUUUCACUACAACAAGGCUAGUGAACCGAUGGCCUUCCAAAUGUUGUUAGACUACUGUUCCUCUCAUCCUUGACCAUUGGCCAUGGAACCCACAGUACAGUGGUGCCCCGCAAGACGAAUGCCUCGCAAGACGGAAAACCCGCUAGACGAAAGGGUUUUCCGUUUUUGAGUUGCUUCGCAGGACGAAUUUCCCUAUGGGCUUGCUUCGCAAGACGAAAAUGUCUUGCGAGUCUUGAGAUUUUUUUUUUGCUUUCCCCCCCUUUAUCUAAGCCGCUAAGCCUUUAAUAGCCUUUUAGCAGCUAAUCCGAUAAGCCGAUAAGCCUUUAAUAGCCGCUAAACCGCUAAUAGCGCUAAUCCGUUAAGACGCUAAUAGGGUUGCUUCGCAAGACGAAAAAACCGCUAGACGAAGACUCUCACGGAAUGGAUUAAUUUCGUCUUGCGAGGCACCACUGUAUAAUGUUUAGCCACCCCUACACUACAAUAUAAAGACCACAUUUGGAAGUCACAUGGUUUAGGGCAACAUAAAGAAACCAAGCCUUCUCCUGGGCAUGAGAGCUCCACCUUCCCUUCAUCCCUUCCCAUGUAGCCAAGAGAGUUUGGAAUGUUGCGUUUCCACUUUUAGUUAACUGUGUAGUCUGAACUGAGAACUGUGGUUAGCACUAACUUUAGUUUCAGCAAGCCAGCUUUGGAAACUACUGUUUGACGAAAACUUGCUUGAAAUUAGCCAGUUAUUUUAUUUGUCCAAAGGUAAAGUUGGUGUUAAUCAGAUGAUGCUGUUAACUGCUAGAUGUGAAAGCAAAGGCUCUUUAAAUUCUCUCCCCAGCUACUUGUAGGAAGGGUGAGCUCCUUUCAGGGAAAAUAGUGGGGUAUAAAUAAAUAGAACCAUGGAUCAACAUAAUGUUUUAAUCCAACCAAGUGUACACCCUUAACUGAGGGUUGGAUAUCUCAAGUCCACAUUUAAUAACUCCUGGAAUAACUUCCCUGUUAGCAUUACAGAUGGAAUUUAAGGAUGGAAUACUCAAGCAGACUGAGUACUGAAGUAUGAGUACUGAAGUAGUAAUACUUGUGAUUGAAUGAAUGUUUGCUUGCAGUUUCAGUUUUUAAUGGUCAAACAGCAUUACCUAAUCUGGUGCCCUUCAGAUGCUUUGGACUCCCAACUCCCAUCAGCUCCAGCUACUGUGGCCAAUAGCUGGAGAUUCUGGGAGCUGUAGUCCAAACUAUCUGAAGAGUAUCCGGCCAGGGAAGGCUGCUGUAAAUAAUAUUAACAAUAGGAAAAGAACUUUGGAUGGAUUGGCUGCUGAGUGGCUCUUGCGGUUUUCAGUGUCUCAUGGGAACAAUUUUGGCUAAAAGAGUGGUUUGAAAUUCAGACCUACAUUACUCUUCAGUGGGGAAAGCGUAACAGACCUUCCUCUAUUGUGGCCAUUGUUAAAACCAACUUGGGUGCAUUAUAAAAUAAUCUAAUGAGAAGUGACGUGGUGAAAUCUUUAGAAAGAACCGGGCACAGUGCAAUAAUUAGUUUGAGGUUUGGGGGAGACACUAAUCCUUGUCCUUUAUUUGAACAAACAAGGCAUUGAAAUAGUAACUGAGAACAAAGACAUAUUGCAUGCAUCUCUUGUUUGCCCCUCACUUGCUGUUUUCAUCAGAUUUUGAUUUGCAUAGCUGGCCUAGAAAAAAGCCCUCUUGAACACAAUUAACAAAAACAUACAGUUGGUACCACUAGGUGACACUAAAAAUAAAACAUCAGCCGACUGCUUAAAUCAGAUCAAACACUUGGCUUUCGCCAUUGUUGCUCGGUUAGGUCGUAUGAUCAGAGACAGAGGACUCUUCUGUAGAUGGAAAUUGUGGCAGAAUUCAGCUGAAUUUGGGACUUUUAGGUGAAGUCUUUGUUGAACUUGAAAACUACACAAACACGAUUGCCAAAUCCCAGUCCUAGGCAUAUACAUAUCUAUAGAGCCUUUGGGUAUAAUAUGUCCUAUAAAUUAUAGUAGAAGAUAGCAAAGAAAGCAUUCCCUACCUUACGGGUUUGUUGAAGGAAGAAUAAAAUUGGAUAGAUGGGUGCAUGGUCCUAUGAAGAGCCAGAUAAAAAAAGGGGAUUAAUAAAAUAAGAAAUAAACCGGUAGCGAUUUUUAAACUUUAACCAAUAGUUUUGAAGUAAUAUCACAAUAUCACAAUAAAUCCCCUUCAUUUCACAUAUCAUUUGUUUGUUUAUUUACUGCUUGAUUGUAAUGAAACCUCAAACCCAGUUUACAAAAAGAGUAAUAAUAAUAAAAAUCAGUAAAAAACCCAACUAUUUAAAAGCGGCUGGGGCAUCCCAGCCAGAUGGGUUGGAUGAUGAAUGAAUGAAUGAAACAAAUGACAAGCUAAAAACCAGAUUAAAACACAUGCCAGCAUUCAACAUGCUUGGAUAGACAAAGAUGUUUCUAGACGGCACCAAAAAGAGAUAGUGAAAGCACCUGCCUGAUGUCAAUAGGGAGUUCCAAAGUAUGGGGGCUGCAAUACUAAAAAGGACACAAUUUCUUAUAAAUGCAGAACAUUUACGUGGUCCUUCUUGAGCAAUGGUCACAUGUUUUGUGUACUGUAUAAAAUGCUAAUGGACCAUACCAAUAGUUUUGGGGUUCCAAUAAGAUAAGUACACCCACGCAGCCAUGACCUUGUCACUGCCAGCCAUGCCUUAGGCCCAUCCUGGUAAACUGCAGCAAUACCAUCAUUAGGAGAGUGACUCCACAGUGACUCCAUCAUUAGGAGAGUGACUCCUUGAUCACGCUGGUUGUUGCUGAGCUAGUGCCUAUCUGAUUGGUGCAUGUGAUCAUGGGAAACAGGACAACCAUGGAGCCUGUUUAUUCAUGUACAGUAGCUAGAAUCUACAGCCCUGAUAGCAAACUCCAGGAUAGCUACCUCAGGACAGGAGCAACAGUCAGCACAAUUUGGAACAGUGCCGUUCAGACCCGUGGGGAUUUUGCCAUUGGCUUUAGUGAGAGACUGGUGGAGUGCCCAUUUGGGAAGGUCACCUAACUGGUUGGAACACCUGACAGGUCUUAGGUUACAAGAAUCAUAAACCAGCCAUUUUCCAUCCAUUUCCUUGUAUGCCAUCAAGCAGAGUAACACUAGAAUUAGCAGCCCUGAGUCUCAGACAACUACACAUAAAGAAGCAGAAAGUUCAUAAGAACGGAGCUAUAGAAGAUUGAUUAUUAUACAUUGGCGGCACAUAAACUUUUGGAAAAGAAUUCCCUUGUUGAACACAAAUAUUUUAUUAAUGAUUCUAUGCAGCUCUAUAAGGGAAAGGUAAGUUUCAGGUCAAAAUAAUAAAAGGAACAGGAAACGGCACACAUCUUAACUUUAUUUUCAUUUACAAUGGUAAUUACUUCUGACAUCUGUUUAAGGGCUAUCCAGUCCUUUAAAGUCUGUUUCCUGGAGAAAGCUGAGCUGACUUUUGUAGUUUUUACAGCUGAGAGUGUUGGAAUGGACUGUUCCUCAGAAUUAGAUUAAUGAAGAUAAUGCCACAACAGUUGAGGCCAUUUAUGAAAGCAUACAUGACUGGUAAUCUGGAGACAAAAAGUGACACCAUAUGUUAGAUUCCUACUUAGAAAUUUGAUACUUUGAACACAACAGUAAGGCUAAUGGUUGCUGUCAUCAGACCAGUUUUUGCGAAAAUCAUUAAUAAAAUGAAACGUAACUUUGACUGAUAAAUACAUUUUAACUUUAGGAUACUACUUUAUGGCUUUAAAUAUGUUUGUUGCCUAUUGUUCAUUGCCUGGUUCUAUUGACAUUGCUCUCAUAAAUUUAUGACUUAUUCAGAAAUGUUCCAGUGUGUGUUGAAAUGUUUUAUGAAUUGUUCAUAUGCUCUAAGUUCUAUUUGGAUUCUAAAAUAUGGGUCUAGCUACCACUUUAAAUUCCCAUGGUAGCCUCAGUACAACCCCAUGUUCGGGCAUUGUGAGACAUUAAAAUGAAAGCUUAAUCCAGCUGCCUGGUACCGAUUGGAGUGUUUGACUAGAGCAGGCUUCCUUAACCUCGGCCCUCCAGAUGUUUUGAGACUACAGUUCCCAUCAUCCCUGACCACUGGUCCUGCUAGCUAGGGAUCAUAGGAGUUGUAGGCCAAAAACAUCUGGAGGGCCGAGGUUGAGGAAGCCUGGACUAGCGGGGGAAAUGUAUAGAAGGGCCAGGACAAACUUCAGCAAUGGGUCAUGGCAAAGAAUCCCAGGUACUCACCCUGGCCCUGCAUAAAGAUGGUGCAAGAUUGUAAUAUACUAGAUGAAUGUCCUCAGUCUAAUAUAUCUGAUAAUGCUGUGGCUGUGUUAAAAGGGAAGGAAAAACAAACACAUCUAUAAAGAAAUCUAAACUUAGGCUGCAAUUUGAAGUUCUAGGGUGCAAGUCCCAUUGAACUAAGUAAGACGUACCUCUGCGUAAAUGUGCUUAGGACUGCCCUGCAAAGAAAUAAUGCCCAAAAUUGUGGCUUAGGGAUUUGAACGCAUGGAUUUUAAACUAUCCUAGCCCACCAGUGCCACCAUAUUAAGCCUACGUGGACCCAUGGGUGGAGGAGGAACCCCACUAAAGAAAACUUUGUGUAGGAUCUCCUCACACCUAGAUUUAUGUCAAUUUAACUGCCAUGGUGCCCACCAAAUAAGUUGAUUCUGGGGUCAAUAGUUUGGUAAAGUAUUGAGAAUUGUGUGUUAGAAAUCCUUUGCCACCAACUCUCCCCUCAGGACUAGCACCUCCAGUCUUCCUAGAAAGUAGGUAUUACAGUGCAAAGCUACACAUGUCUACUCAGAAAAACUGUAAGUCCCUUUGGGUGCAAUGGGACUUAUUCACAGGUAACAUGCACAGGGUUGCAGCUUUAAACUGAAGUCUGCAUGUAGCGUGAGUUAAGCUCCUUCAGAUAUUUGGAGUUGGAGACUGACAAUAUAUAGGGAUAGACUGGCAAGAUCUGUCUCCCAUGCGCUGCACUGCACAUUAUUAUUAUUUUUUAGACCAGCAAAGUGGCUUUAUCACUGGUUUUUAAAUUGCAUUUGCAAUAUGCCUAGGGGUGAGCGAAUCUGUCAAUCUCAGUUUCUCCUUUCCCCCAUAUUAACUUCAGUUCUUCAUAUUUCCACAUCAGCUAGUGAUGUAUAAAAAAACUAAGUCCUCAUGAAAAUUUGUCAGUAUUUUAAUGCAAAUUUCUCCUAAUACACACACUUUUGCGUGCGAAACAUAUUUUAUUGAAUUGAAUAGAUUUUUCUACAUGACUUUCAGAAUCAUAUGCAUUGAUAUGCUCACUUUACAUUAGUUUAUGUAUUGUGUACACAUUACAUGGCUGAAAAAAAUCCCACUGCAAAAUUCAGGUGAAUGUUUGUGUCAAAAGAUAGCUGUACAUAUUGCUUCAGAAAGUGCAGACUAGGUAAGUUUGCCUUUAAAUGCAAACUGACUCUAAUUUCUCCCCCACCCCUAAAUUUGCCCAUACGCAUAUUAGUGGGAUUAGGAAACCUGGUGUACAAGGAGAGGGGCAUUUACAUGUAGGCCUAUUGCAGAGUUGUGAAGAGAUGCAUGCUGCGUAGGGAACAGAUCCCGCCAAACAAUUCCUCCAUCAUGGCCUACAUGCAUUCAUUGAAAACACAGUUGUCCCUCCAGUACAUCCCAAAGGGGCUUAUGUGACUUGUCAAAAGCCACAUAAUAAUUGUCAUGAAUUAGCAGGAUUUGAACCAAUGAUUCCCAUAUUCAUAUCCAAUGACCACAGACCUGUUUGAUUUACCUGCUUCAGUGAAGUUUGAUGCCAGUUCUCCUCUUUUCCUUUUAAUUUUCUUCAUAGUUAUUCCUACUUUGUUGUAUUAAAAAAACAAGCAAACUUUUUUUUUUAAACUAACUCUGACUAGCCAGUGUCAGACAUUAUUCCCAAGACAAAUACCUUGUGUCAAUGUCGGCCUUUUUCUCUGGAUUAUUUUUCUUUUUCACCAAGUAUAUUGUGGGGUAGCCCUGUGUAUAUGACAGGGAGAAGAUGUAGCCAAAUCCAUUUCCUGUUCAAUUCCGUUCUGAUGUAUUUGACCUCCUCCUGGGGGUUGGUGUGCCCUGUGGAGCUCAGAUCUAAAGGGAAAUACUACAAGGGAUUUUGUUUUGUUUUGUUUUUAUAGCUGCUAUUUCCUUAAUCUCUGUCAGUGAAAUGCCUUGUAGAGGUCUGUGUUUUAGCAGUUCUGAAAAUGAAGCAAGCUUUCAGCUUGAUUUGUUCAUCCUUAAUCUUGAUGAUCUGGCACAAAGGAAAUAUUCAUGACUACCUUCACCAGAGUUAACUUGAGAUGCAAGUAAUGAUGAUGGCACACAAUAACACACCAAUGGAGAGAGAGAUGCACUCUUCACUCAGCAAAAUUGCCUUCAGACAAACUUUUUAUCCAUUUUUAGUUGUUUGCAGGGAGAUUAAGCAACGUUGACUAAUUAAUUAGCAUGCUGCAGGUUGGUGUGCAAGAAUUUAGUUAUUUGCCAAAGCAGAAAAAUAGCUAAAAAGAAAAAGAAAAAACUAAGUACCUUAGGCUGUUUCAAAUCAUCUUACAUAUUUAAUGAUUGUAACUCUAAAAAAACAGCAACAUUCCAAUAUAAUAAAUAUUAAAUUUAGUGCUGAAGGAAGCAAUCACUGUUCAUUUUGUGACUCUGCAGUGUCCUGGUUUCCAGCAGUGGAACACUGACUUUCCUGGGUGUGAAAGCAGGUUCAUUAUUUUUAAUGGAACCAGGCCAAGGAGAGAAGGACGUUCCAUAGUAGUUGUCCAUCUCCUUGUGACAACUAGAAGUGAACUCAAGCAAUUUUCCACCAGUCAUGUCACAUGGGGGAGGGGGAGCCACAAAUAUUUAUACAGCUCCAGAGAGAUUCUGUUUUAAACAAUGAAGUUAUGUGCCAACAGUGGUGCCAGGUAUGAGGAUGCCCUGGGCUACACCAUCCUAUUGAGUUCCCUGCAAGUUUGCAAGGGACAGUAGGGUUGGCAGCAGUAGUGAGCAACAGCAGGGAUGGACAGUGGCCUGCAUGCCAAAGAGAAGCACUGGUGUGAGGAAGCUGAAGCCACCGUCAUAUUAGUUUCACCAGAAUUCCCUUGGUCCCUCAAUUGGGACUCAGAGGCAUUAUGGGAAACUAUGAUGAUGCCACACUCUGGGAGAUGCCCUCAGAAGCAAGAGUCCCAGUUGCAGGAGUACUUCACCUAAGUACUCACCAAGGCGAUCACAGCCCAAAGAAACCAAGGGUCAAGCAGAAAGCAUCAGUCUAGGUCCAAAUAUGAUUCAAAGACAAAAUCAGGCAACAGUUCAAGGUCAAUGUCACAGAGAUUCAAGUAGGCUGCAAGGUAGCAGGGUAGCAAAACUAGACUCCCAUCCCCUCAAAGAAUUCUCCGAUAAAAAUAGGGACAUCCUAAGAAAAAGCAGGACAUUCUGGGAUCAAAUCAGAAACCGGGACAGCUUCUGUAAAUCUGGGACAGUCCCUGGAAAAUAGGGACACCUGAAGGGUCUGGACACCUCAUAUACUCUGGCCUGCAAAAUUACAGCUGUCGGCAGUGAACUAUCUUUGCUCACAAGUAGGCCCCAUACUCAUGAGAAGAAUACUCUCAACCCUCUACUUGCCAUCUGGAGACUCCAGAUCACCCCUGAAGGUCUGGCAACCUUACCCCUCAAGGGAAUCCUCAACAUUCAGAGGGCCCUGGAGCUGUGGGGUGUCUGAUUCAUCAUCUGAGGACUCUAUGCCUGAUACCAGCUGAGGUGUAGGUAAGGCAGAUGAUGGCUGCCGCCUUGUCAGAAGCUUCUCUUCAGGAUUCUAUUUUUUUAAGUCUUUAAAAACCAAGUAAGCUGGAAUCAACAGAGAUGGACACUAUCAAGCUUAUGGUUCCUGGCAUUUGCCUUGCUAUGCUACAUGCUGAUGCCAGGAAAGCUGGGAUAGCACUUGCUGCUGAAUGACGAAGCCAUGAUAUUGGGGGAAAGCUAGAAGUGGAGCCUCACUCCAUGGUCCACAUAAUUAGGCCCUACACACUAGUAAUGCAUGAACAGGACUCUUGUGCUGCAGACAACAUCAUGUGCUUGUGUGAACUUGGAACGUUAUUCGCUUUUUAAAGUUUUCAAGUGGCUAAAACAAACUUUCCACGUUAUGUCCUAAUUUCUAUAAUGCUAUAUAAUAUGUAGCACUCUUGUAUCGGUCAUUGCAUAGAUGUACAUGGUAGCGUAGCAUGUUCAGCAAAGCUCUCUGCUCUUAAUGCGUGUUUAUCUUCCAAAUAAAAGGAGGUUGGUGAUUUUGUAACUAUCAGCUCUUGGGCUAUGGAGAAUGUCUUCAAAUAGGACUGGAGAGAAGUUUAUCACAGCAAACAGAUCUGAUUCCCUUAAAAGGAAACAGCUUCGUUUUUCUUCUGCCUCUCUGGAGAACUGGCUACAAACUGGGAAUUGUUAUUGUAUGACUCAUUUGAGGACCAUAGCUGCACAGAGUUCAGAUAGGAUUUUAAUAAAACAGACCCCAGAUUACUGAAAGGCAGCUCUUUCUCCAAGGAGGAAAAUCUCAAACUGUUUUAAGGCAACAUGGUAAUAUGAACUUCUCUGUAGCAGCAACAGCCAAGGUGGAGUAAAUGUUCCAGAUACCGGUCUUAGCUGUGCUGGAGAAAAUUCUGCUCCUUCUCAAAUGAAAUCCUGCAUUCAUUUUUAUUGUUUUUUACAGCUCUGCUGAUCCAGGGGGUGAGACAAGCUUUUAGAAGCCCAGGCGUGUAAAACUACAGAGAGCAGCAAAUAAGCACACAAUGUUUACGGUUACACAUCCAGCUGAGCUAAGAUAUUGCAGCAUGCAUCUGCCCUCGCCCCGUGGCUUCCUUAGACCCUCAAUGUAAAACACUACAUGUCAUGUUCUGCAUUUGAUUCCCACCCGUGAUAAUAUAUUUACGUCAUGCUAAUGCACUCUGUUUAUAAAACUGUACAGUAAGAUGUGUGAUGCAUCUUCUGAAGAGCCAGUUGUCCUCAUGAGGAGUGCAGAAUAAAGGCAUAGAAUCAGAAUUUCAAUCACGCAACGUAUGUUUCUGUUGCAUAUGAGGAAAGAUAAGCAUCCUAGCCACACAUGAUUCAUGUAAUGCAAAUUAGGCAUACCAUGCAAUUGGGAAACCCAGGAAUUUCCAAAUCACGUGACUUACCUCUGUACUGAGCAGCAGCUCGUGCCUUUGGGAUUCAUUGCAAACAAACAUCUGCAACAUGUAUACGUUGGAGGACAAAGAAGGGGCGAUGGAGCAGCCCACCUGGACUAAACAUGGCAAUGCCCUACAUGCAAGUAACAGAUAAUAGUUUGUGGGUUAGGUGCAUAGUUGAAUUGUUAAACUGUGGCUUUAAAAGAGGCUUAGGCAAAUUUGGGGAGGAGACGGCUAUUACUAGCCACAAUGGCUAUGUUUUACCUCCAUAGCUAGAGUCAACAAAGCUUCUGAAUACCAGUUUCUGGGAACUAAGGGAGGGGAGAGUGUUUCUUGUGCUUGUUGGCUUCUCAGAGGCAACUUGUGUGAGAACAGGAUGCUGGACUAGACAAGCCAUUGGCCUGAGGUUCAUCUUAUGUUUAAAUUCAGUGUUAAAUGCAAGACCUGCAGGGAUUGGGUCCACUCUAGAGCUCCUUUUUGAGGUGGAAGGAAGACAUGCAUUCAGUUCUGUACACAAGCCCCAAUUCUAGCAGGAAUCUUUGCAGCUGCAAAUUGAAUUCAAGCUGCAACUGCAAAAAAAUAAGCUUCCUUUGAAGUCCUGACUUAAAGCUGGGACUGCAAAGGAAAGAUUGGGAGCACACCUAGCAUGUAUGCUCAGUUCUUCCUUUAAUGUUUUGUCCCCUGACAUUAUAUGACUUGUCAAAAGUGGGUCAUUGAGGGCAGGCCAGUUCUGGGCCCAUGCCACCAGCUGGAUACAAUUCCCCACCUCAGACUAUGUUAUCUUCUAAUACAGUAACAACCUUAGCUAGAUAGAUCCAACUAGAUCCCAGGUGGCUUUGGUGGAGUUUCCUGUUGCCAUGACUUGCGCUUCCCUCAAAACCCUGCUUAAUCUCAGGAAUGGGGAAACGUUCCAGACUCAGGCAGCUGACACAGUUACUCUUAAACAACCUCUCACACUUGUAAAAGCUUCUGUGUUUUCUGGUGGUGAUAAAACAGUUGGGAUAAAACUGACAGAGGAAGAAAUCUCAUGACCAGCCCAAACAAACUAGACCCAUGCACAAAUGGUGUCUUGAAAUUCUUCACAUACUUGUAGGCAGAGAAACAGAAUGGGCCAUCCCAAUGAAUUUCCAUAGAGGGAUGGUUUCUCAGAGUUGGGGCUUACCAUUAGCAGUAAUAGCUGCAACAGCACAACUUCUUUUUUCCUUCCUAAGGUGGGGAAUAGGUUUGCUGGCAACAUGGCCAACCUUUUGCAUUCUCCACAAUGUUCCAGAAUCAGCAUUGCUCAAGAGAAUUACGGAGGGGAAAUGGUGGCUGUCACACCCACAAAACAGUGCUUUGGGCAUUGGGUGUGCAUCAGUCAACCAACCCAACUACUGGUUGAUUUGGCAAAGUCCUGCCCACUAUAAAGAGUGUAUAAAGAGUGUGUGUGUGGGGGGAAUCCAACAAUGGCUGAGGCCAAGGCCUGGGUGUGGCUGGCUUUUACAUCCAGAGACUGGACCCAAACACGCCCCAUCGCUCACCCGUGAUGGGCUACAACUACAGGUGAGCCCCAGCAAUCAGUUCAGCCAGUGGAGGAGGAAGCAAUAUCCUCCACUAGCCACACCAAAGCCAGGAGGUUGUUUCAACCUGCUGUGGCCACGGUGGACCACAACCAUUACUCCCCACCAUCAGGCGGUAUGUGGUCUCUUCUGUCCAUCUUCUUCCUAUGGUUAUCUUUCAUCUUUAGCUUGUUGAAAAGAUCCCUGGAGUUGUGAAGGUGACCACCUGUUUUCUUAACUCUUGGUCAUUCUGGUUUAUUGAAGUAAUCAGAGACAGAAUAGCUGGAUGGGUAGAGGAGAUUAUGAAUGCUUCCGCAGAGAAAACCAAGAUACAAGGAAGCUUGUUAAGGAAUUCUCUCAAAGAAGCCUUCUUUAGCUCCUGGAGAAUUACUGACCUGUGUCUAACAUACAAUUUUUGGGCAAAGUGGUUGUUAAGCAUAUGGCAGUAAUCAGCUCCAGAUAUAUCUGGAUGAUACUGAUUUUCUUGAUCCUUAAUAAACUAUCUUUGAGCCUGGCUUUAGGGAUGGCAUUGUCUUGACCAGCCUGGUGGACAACUUGUUCUGAGGCUAGACAGGGAAAGCAUUACCCAACUGGCUUUGUUAGGGGUGUUGGAGGGCUACAAUUCAGUCCCAUGGCUAUUAGCUUAUGAGUUCCCACAGGGUUUUAUCUUGUUUUCCGUGCCGUUUAACAUCUACAUGAAACUGCUGGGGGUGUUUGUUCAGAGAUUUGGAGUACAAUUCUUCAGUAUGCUUGCGAUACUGAACUCUUCCGCUCCUUUCCAUCCAACUCCAGGGAUGCAGUAGAUACCCUGAACUAGUGUCCGAAGUCUGUGAUGGCUGGAUGUGGUCUAAUAAAGUGAGAUUUAAUCCAGAUGAGACAGGGGUGGUUUCGUUAAGUAAAGAAACUGAUACUUUGUUGUUGUUUUUAAAAUGAGUGCAUAACUGCUUGAACUGGUUAUUGUUACUAUGAGAUAUAAAGAAAAUAAUCACAACUCAUAUCCUGAAAGUACAUGGGUUUCCCCCAGUAUUUUAAUUUGUAACGCAUUUGGACAUUGCACCUCUUCCCCACCCACACAGAAAAUCUGAAAUUGUAUCUCUGUGUGAUGGAUUUUAUGUAUGUAGUGAAAGCAAGUCAAAAUAUUGAGGUGUCUGACUGAUCUGUAAUGAUUGGUACAUCCUUAAUGAGAGACCAAGGCUUCCUUCAGAAUCAUAAGAAUCUGUUCCCAGAAAGCAACAAUUGCAUCUCACUUGCACUCAUUAUUAUUCUGUGAAUGCCUGCUAAAGUAUUCCUGCUGGUAAAUUAUUUUAAAAGUACCUGUUGUCUUCCAGGUGUUGUUGGACUACAAUACCCAUCAUCCAUGACCAUUGGUCAUGCUUGCUGGGUUGAUGGGAAUUAUGGUCCAACAAUAUGCAGAGGGUGAUGGGCUUCCCAUUUUUGCUCUACCAUAAUAGUCCCCACUCUGCAUGUUACUUUCUUAGAUCAGUUUGCCAUUCAGGAAAUCUUAGGCACAAUACAUUGGGAAUCCCAUUGAAUUAAAAAGGAGAGUAAAUGUACUUGUGUACAUCACCUUUCCAUUUCAGUGGGGCUCCCAUGGGAAAAGGAUUGUGCCUAUGGCUUGUGCUUGCUAUUGAUUCACAUGCACUUGGGUGAGAUACUGUGUUUAUUGUAAGAAACAUCCUAGUUAAAUAUCUGCUAAGCUUAAUAAUUUCCAAAAACCUUGGAUACUUUUGCUCUGUUUUGUUUAAACUGUAUGAGAUUGGAGGAGCAACAGACACUAAUGUUGAGAGUAUAACUGCCAACAUCUUGGGAGUAGUCAUCUGGAAAGAAAUAUAGUAUACUGGAAAAAAAGCACUUUAAAUAAAGAGCUUGCAAAGCAAAAUCAGAGAGAUAUAUGGGACAUAACUGGGCAUGCUUUUUGCUAUGCAUUCCACUCUAUCUCUGGUGUUUGUAUUUGGGGUUGUAGUUUCAGAAUCCAUUUAUCUGAAGGGUGGCCUUAGGUUUUUCACUUUUCCUUUCUUUUCUAUAUUUGGGGAGGUUCACAUUGGCCAAACUACAUAUGCUCUGGGUGAGCAUGCUUAUGAGAGCUGGGGUGGGGAUUUUCAUCAGGAAAUUGUGAUCAGCUCUAUAAGGAUUUUAAACAACAACAACAACAACUUUAAGGUGGCCAUGAACAUCUAUUGAUUGGGAUAGCAGGGGGAUGUUGAACUGUUUCUGCUGUGACCUUUUCCUGACCUAUAAUCUCCUCUUCCAAAGCUGUACUGGAGGCUGAUGGCACUGGCAUGGGAAGUAAACACACCAUCCAUCCUUAUGUCUAUUGCAUACAUUGCCAGAGCAGCAUGGGAAGCAGUUCAUGGAAACCUCAGUGCUACUACCCUGGCAACACAGGAACAAGGGCCAAAUGCUGUUUUAUUUCUGGUAUGUUCCUGAUGUGUGUCAAUCCAUUCUUCACGGUUCUUUUGAACUGGUUAGAUGUUUUGGUUAUUGUCAAAUUACUCUCCAUCAUUUGUGAUGAUGAUGAGGAGGAGGAGGAUUUGCAUUUAUACCCCACCCUUUACUCUACAGAGCACAAGGUCUCUGUUCCAAUUUAAUUCCCACAACAACUCUGUGAAGUAGGUUAGACUUAAGUGGCAGUGACUGACCCAAGGUCACCCAGUAAGCUUCAUGGCUGAGUAGGGAUUGGAACCCUGGUCUCCCAGGUAGUCUGACACUCUAACCACUACACCCUCACUGGCUCUGAUUCACUAGUUUCCUAAAGCAUCAUUUGCUUUCUAACUUUGUGAGGAUUACAUCCCUUUCUUGUUCACAAUAAACAUGCAUGCAUAACAUAAUGGGAGGGUUACUUUUCGCCCAGCUGUGUUGUGUUCAACUAGUGCAGCUGGUUUUGAUGUGCAGGCAGUGGACCAGAGUGAAGACUUCUGCACCACGGUCUGCCACCCUGGCUCCACCUAGCAGCUUGCCCCUGAUUGGGUAGUUUGAAUUUAUGGGUUUUGGUAGGCUAUCCUUCCAUCCACUGUGGCUAGCUGGGGAAUGAUCUAAUGACCAGCCAAGAAAAAAGGAUUUCACUUCCUGGAGUAUGGCAGGUAGCCAUGAGGAGCUACAACUGCUGCUCACUCUGGAUCAGGGUAAGUGGCCAUUCUGGGAUUUCCUGUUAAACUUCUUAAAAUACUUGCUCUUCAUAUUGUUUCUGAUUUGUAGUGUGAAGAUUAGAAACCAAGACACAAGGCCUCUGUAUGAUGAGCAGACUCCCAACAAGCUGUGCUGUACCAUAUGAGAUUAUAAAAAUGCCAGAGAAUCUUUAGGUAAUACAGCACGUAGAUUAAACACACCUGGCAAGAAUCCCAAAUUUUCAGGUGUUUAGAGUAUCAUUCUCAGCAGCAGUCUUUUUACGAUGCCCUUCUUCCAGUCUUCUUAUGUGCCUUUAAUCCAUGCCAAUUCUUAGCUGACCUCUAUGGCCACUGAGCAGUUGUGCAAUAAGAGAUGCCCUCUUGUGAAUCAGGAAUCAGUUUUAAAUAGCACGAAGCAGAGAGUACGAAUAAAUGGACAGUUCUCGGAAUGAAGAGAUGUAGAAAGUGGAUUCCCCCAAGGAUCAGUAUCGUGACCUGCACUUUUAAACUCCUAUCAUCCCCACAUUCAUAGCUUAGGCUGGCAAAAGCAUACAUUUAGGCCAUAUGAUAACUACGUUGCUGAAAUAUACUCAGAGUCGCAAAGUGAUUUCAUGCUCUUUAUUCAGCUCAUAGUGGUGAGGAGGAAUGAAUGAAAGUCCCCUCAAAGUAUCUGCUUUAUAUACAUUAUUUACACAAUGGGCUGCACAUGAUUGGCUAAUUCUGGAAUUCUACUGUAAGCCAAUCAGGUUGUGGAUUCACUUAUAUCUGGAGCAUGAUUGGGUGGUUCCUGCCAACCAAUCAUACUGCUGCAUUGUUCUAGGACCAAUCAGACUGCUGCAAUUUGGAUCCUAUUGUUCUAGGACCAAUCAGACUGCUGCAGUUUGGAUCCUAUUCAACUCAGUACAUAACACCCCUCCCCUCUAAGUUCCAGUCCUGCCCGGGAGGUCGCAUUCAUAGUCCUCGAGGUACGCCAGCGGCCUACGUGUGCGUUGCGGCUUGUGGUGUUCCCUGGUCCGGGGUUCAGGUUCUGGCUCGUGUUCCAAGGAUGCUGGCUGUGAUGGGCCUGUUUGGUCUGGCGCAACCGACUCACUCAGUCGUGGUUCUGGUUCCGGUGUCCUUUCGGCCUCGCGGGUCCUCUCUGUAUUUACUGAUUCUGCCUCUCCUGCUGGCCCCUCCUGCUCUAUGGGCCUCACUGCCCCUCUGUUCCCUUGGGACUCCUCUGACCUUUCCUCCUCCUGGUUUUCUCCCAGGAAUCGUCACCGUAUCUGGUCGCAGUGGGGGCGCCAGCAUUGCCCCCCAUCUGUUAGCACCUCGUACGACACAGGGCCAGUGACCCUGGUGACUGUGGCGGGUACCCAUGCUGGGCCUGCCCCAAAAUUCUUUGUGUACACUGGGUCCAGGGCCUCGAAGGUCCAGGGUUUCUUGCCUUCCCCCACCACUACCUCAUCCUGAGCUCUAUCGGGGUGAAGGCGGUCCAAUCUGAUUGCAAGGCGCCGACCCAUUAGUAGUUCAGCGGGGCUCUGGCCAGUCGUUGAGCUGGGGGUGCUGUGCUGUGCUAGGAGGAAUGUGGCAAGGUGGUACUCCCAAUCCCCUUGCGUCAUGCGGCGAAGGGUGUCCUUGGUGGUCCGCACCAUGCGUUCUGCUUGGCCAUUGGUGGCAGAGUGGAAUGGUGCCGAACGGAUGUGGCGGAUGGCGUUCUGCGCUGUGAAGGUUUGGAAUUCUCCUGACGUAAAUGCAGUCCUGUUGUCUGAGACGAGAGUGUCAGGGAGCCCGUGGGUUGCAAACAGCCUGCGUAGUACCCGGAUGGCUGCGGAUGUAGAAGUGGACGGUACCAGUGCGACUUCCAGCCAUUUGGUAUAGGAGUCCACCACUAUGAAGAAUGUUUUCCCCUGAAAGGGGCCAGCGAAGUCCGCAUGCAGGCGUGACCAUGGUGCUCGGGCGGACUCCCAGGACUGGACUGGAGCCCUUGGGGAAUCUGGGCGGGAUUCUUGGCAGGCCUGGCAGUGUUUGACCCAGGCCUCUAUCUCUCUGUCGAUCCCCGGCCAUGACACAUAACUCCUGGCCAGGGCCUUCAUUCUUACUACCCCUGGGUGUGUCCCGUGUAGGGCUGUGAGGACCCUUUUGCGGAGGGGCUGGGGAACAACGACCCUGCUUCCCCAUAACAGGCACCCCUUGUGGGCUGACAGUUCAUGUUUGCGGGUUGUGUAGCCAGCGAAUUCUGGCCCAGGGCUGCUGCUGGGCCAUCCCCUCCACACCCAGUCCAGGACCCGGGAGAUGACCCUAUCUUUCUUGGAAUGGUGUGCAACUUCUUGUGCCUGAAUGGGGCCGGCCUGAGUUUGGGACCCCCAGUAGGACACAGUUUCCUUAAGGUCCUUGCCGAGAUUAUGGAUAGAGUUGAACCCGUGUCAAGCUCCAUGCGGCAUGGGGCCCCUUCUAUCUGUACCUCUACAUAAAUUUUCUCUACGUUGGGGUGGGGCAAUUGGUAUACCUGGAAGCCCGUGAGCUCCGUCGAGUUGCCUUGGUGCGUUGGGCCCCGGGACCUGGGGCUCUUGGAUUGGUCAUCUGAUGCCUGGCGUCGGGUGGGCCGAGCUCGACACACCCGGGCGAUGUGUCCCGAUUUUCUGCACUGCCUGCACUCUGCAUUGCGGAAACGGCAGGUCCUCCUCUCGUAACUUUCCCCGCAGCUUGCGCAGUUCCCUCCUUCUCGUCGAGGCAGCUGUGGUAUGUGGGCUGCUUGAGUGCGCUGCUGUACUCGGUGCACCUCCUCCCUGUCAGAUCCUGAGUCGUCGGUGAGGUCUUCGUGGUGGACCCUCGGUUGGGAUGGCAGGCUCGGCUGUGCCUCUUGCGUCAACCUCUUGGCAGCUUCCGUUGCCAGGGCCUCCUCCAGAGCGACCUGGAACGUUAGGUCCUUCUUAGCAUAGGGGCGUCGUUGCAGCUUCUCAUCCUUCAGGCCACCGAUGAGGCGGUCCCGAAGCAUGUUCUCCAGCUCUGAGAAGUUGCGGCUUGGCGGAGAGAGGUCACAAACCCAGUUAUGGUUUCCCCAGGGGCUUGCCGCUUUGCGUAGAAGGCAUUUCGACGAGCCACCACUGAGGGCUGCAGCGAAAAGUGCCCCUUCAGCUGUUCCAUUAUUGUUUUGUAUGGAACAGUAGCGACGUCUUCAGGUGCAAGGAGAGCCCGGGCAAUUUCAAACGUCUCCUCUCCGCAGAUGCUGAAGAAUCUCACCCUCUUCUUGGCGUCUUCUUCAUCGGUGACCCCUUUGGCUUCUAGGAGGAAGGUGAAACGGGAGGCGUACGCUUCCCAGUUUCCAGAUGCUGGGUUGAACGGCGAGAAGCUGCUGUCAGAUGAUAUUUAAAUAGGAAUCCUGGUGGCAAGUUCAAAAGAAGUAUCACCACAGGAAAGUGGGAGGAAAAAUCCUCAUGUGGUGACUUUUUCAGCCAUAAAUGUUCAUAGGUCCAUGCUAACAUUAAUAGGUAGAUACCGCAGACUUAUUCUUGUGAGCAAGACAAAUUGAUGUGCACUCCCUUCUGUUACUCCAGCUGUUGGCCUGCCUAGUGUCAGUUCUAUAAUAUGGUCAGUAUCUCAUUAUUUCCAAGAGAGCAGAAUGAGUUCAUCCCAUGGAAAACAUUGUCCCCUUAGGGUAUUAUGUUGUACUUGUUAAAACCAAUUGCAUAGUUCCUGUUGGUUUUUAAGACAGAUGUAUGCUGAGGAAGAACUGGGUCGAAGAACACAGGACUUGGCCCUGCAUCUUUUAUGACCGGUUGUUACUACUUUUUUAUAUAUACUGAAAGCAAUUAUUUGGAGAAAACUCUGCUAGCUCCUAGCAGUGAACAACUCUAAAUUGCCUCCUGGACAGCUUCCAUGGUAAAAAUACGCCUGUUUUGAUUCCUGUAAAACACUAAGGUUUCAGCCCUGAAUUGCAAUGGCUUAGGAUGUAAUUCCAGGUACUAGGUGAUAUCCAACAUUAGUCAUACACAUAGUAGAGCCAUCGGAAUCAAUGGAUUUAAGUCACUUAAGUGCAUUUAUUUUAAUGGGUCUUCUUUCUUCUCCAACCAAACUUUGUGACUCCUGAAUCUGGGGUGAAGUUGGCAAGGGAAGAAAGUGUGCCACAGACUCAUUCCAUGCAUCCUAGUCCAGUGCAACAGCUCCAGUACCACCCAGGUAAUAUCAGAAUGGGCCCACAGCUGACAGUCAUUCAUAGCAUCAUCUACUGAAGAGAGUUUCAAGCCAUACAAUACACAGACUGAAGUCGGGAGAUUUGACUCCAAACCCCUAAGAUUUCUAUCUUCAAAGAAUAAAAACAUUCAUCUCAAGGUGCUUCCAAGUGGGAGUUUAAGUUUACAGUGGUACCUCGGAUUACAUACGCUUCAGGUUACAUACGCUUCAGGUUACAGACUCCGCUAACCCAGAAAUAGUGCUUCAGGUUAAGAACUUUGCUUCAGGAUGAGAACAGAAAUCGUGCUCCGGCGGCGCGGCAGCAGCAGGAGGCCCCAUUAGCUAAAGUGGUGCUUCAGGUUAAGAACAGUUUCAGGUUAAGAACGGACCUCCGGAACAAAUUAAGUACUUAACCCGAGGUACCACUGUAUUGUGGAACUGAUGCUCCUUGUGCAUGCAUCUUUUUCAUGAAAUAAACCAGCUCACUCUGGCCUCAAAGUAACAGCCCAUAUUUUCCCCUAUUUAAACCAAAUUUACCCUUUCUGGGGGAAAUGCAGUAAGUUAAAAACAGCAACAGCAACAAUUAAGAACACUGUUGCCAAUGUCUCAUUUGCAGUAUCUGAACAACCUUUCUGUAAUACUAAUGCUAAUGAACUCUGCAGUCGCUCAUUCUCAGCUCAGGUCAUACCAUUUAAAAAAUAGUUUAGUUUUUCCAAGAGUGCAUCAUGCACCCACCCACCCACCCACGCACACCACAUUGCCAGUAACCCAAUUAUGGUAUGUUGGGGUAUCCAUGUGGGGUUGGCAAAGCCCAGAGAAAACAAAAGUUCUGUGUAUUCACAGGCACAGCUGGUCUGAUGCUAUGGCAAUGCUCUUGCCCUAUUUAGGAAAUCAUUGUGUUGGUUUUUGUGCUUCAUUUGGAUGUGAACUCGCAAUGUCGCUAGCAACGUGGUGAUAAAAAAUGGCAACAAGAUUUAUUCAUUCUAAAUGGAGAAGCGAAAUGGUCUCAAAGAUAGCCCUUGGCAAUUGGUCUAGGGUCAAAUUGUCUGACCGUUGGCAACGAUGUUCAAGACAGCAAGGGCUGGCUAGGUUUUGUUUUAAAUCUCUGAUUCUUUUGCAUACGAUGCAUUGAUAGGAAUUUAAGAAGACAGCUUCAGAUUUCUGCAUAGCAUCUUCAUUCUGAUACCAAGGGCCAAAUUGCGUGUUACCCAUUAGACAUGUGGAACAGUCUCUGGAUUUAUUUAUUUUAAUGAAAAACAGCUCUAAGAGGCUGAUAAUUUGAGCAGAGAAAUGGGCCUCAGAAGCCCUCUUUCAUUUGCUUCAGGUAUCAUGAGCAAUAUUUCAUCUCAUCCUUAAUUUAUAUUAUACAUUCACUCAGGGCUCUGUUUCAGCCAGAACUCGCCAGAACUCAUUUCCAGCACCUAUCACAUGGGUUAUGGCACCAUUGCCAUUCUAAGAGAGCAAGGUAGGUGCUCAUGGUGAGAUCUGGCACCUCUUUUUCUAGAAAAAUAGCACUCAGUUCACUGUACGUGGCACUUUUCAUAGGAACAUCGUAAAACAGCACCCCCCAAAAAAGUUGUUACUAAAAUAAUGAGCUAUGGUGAACAUUCAGAGACAACAAAGUUUAGAAUGAUGAUAGUCUUUUACUUUUUUGAAUAUUCCCUACCAUGUGUUUGUUAGAAUUUGUCGUCGGGACUUCUCUAUCACAAUUUCAUUUUGGCAACAGCACUUAAAAAGAAGACGUUUGGAUUAAGAGCACCACAUCUGAUUUCUUCUGUUACUCGUUAGACCACAUUUAGCAUUACUUCAUCCUGUAUUACUUCACACUUGUCUCACGGAGCCAUUAACCAACUUUAUAAGAAUAUACUAAAAGUGUUUAAAAUGUCUCAGGCACUUUAAAGCAACAGCAGACGAAGGCUUUAUAGAAGAGGAAUAUAACCUCUGUAGCACAUUAAACUUGGGUCCAAAUGGAUAAUCUUUUCCUGUCUGCAUGUAAUGGAAAUAGAUCCUUGCAGAGUCACAGUAGCCACAGAUUCUGUGGUUACCAACAGUCUAAGCCGCAUGAGGCUGCAGAACUGGAAGGAAGCAUUCUAUAGACAGUCUUUCUCACUGGACUGAUUCCAUACCCUCCAAUGUAAGGCAGCUCAAAUCAUAGAACACCAUCUUUCGGGUCUGCACUCCCAUGCGAGUCAUGUGACCUGCAUGAGAUUGCGGACCCAGACAAAGCGCUUUUUCAGGCAUGGCACACCAAAAUAUGUGUUUUGGAGUGCCACAUUAAAUCAUGACCCCCAAAUGCGCCCAAAAUGGCUCUUGUGCUCUGGGGAUGGAGAAAUGGAAUGCCCCAUUUUUUAUGGGGCGGUUAACAUGUAUGUGAUUCUAGAAGGUUGUAAUGUUUGAUCUACUCAUUAUAACAAACAAACAAACAAAUAAAUAAAUGGUAAGAGUAUUAUUAGUGGCCCACAAUAAAAUAUCGAAGAAAGUAAAUUUAUUUCAACUGUGGACCACUUUUAAAACUUUGAUUUAGAGUGCGGUGGGGAACCAUGCAUUCAAAUGUAAGAAAGAUCUUCAGACUGAUGAGUACUGGAUGGUGUUUGUCUGUCCAGCCUUGCAAUAUAAAUCUCUUUGCCACCCAUAAGGGCUCACUGGAUCAACUUUUGUUAUCUAUCUGUUGUCCCCAGACCACAGGGCUGAAAUUAUGAGUGUAUGAACGUCCACAAAUAGUAAGGGUUUUUCUGAUCACUAUACAGUAAGCCCUCAACUGAUGUGGGGGUUACAUUCCAGGGAUCAUGCCUAAAGCCCAAAUUGUGUAUAGUCAAAACCAGGCACCCCCAAACUUGGCCCUCCAGAUGUUUUGGGACUACAACUCCCAUCAUCCCUGGCUAACAGGACCAGUGGUCAGGGAUGAUGGGAAUUGUAGUCCCAAAAACCUCUGGAGGGCCAAGUUUAGGGAUGCCUGGUCAAAACACAUAGGGUGCAAUGGCAGGUGGUGCUGCCAAAGUCUUUUUUUCUGGAUGUCUCUCCCCUUUUAAUUGUUUUUUAAAAUGCCAAGCAUGUAAAGCUGAAUGCCCACAAAUUAAAUGUGAGUUAAGUUGCGUGCUUACUGUACUUUAAACAAAAAUAGAAAACAUUUACCAUCUCACCAUAAUGGGGAAGUCUGCGACCAGGUGACUUGUGUGCCUGCUCAUACUACUGCCCAGGUGCUAAUGUUUGAUGGGCAUCUUCAGAGCCCCUGAUGCUCUUGUUAACAUUCUUUAAACCAGACUUCCACUGGACAGCCCUUCCAGUUCAAGGACCUUCAAACAGAUGACAUUUGGACAGCUCCUUCAAACAAGAGACAGUCAACUAUAAAGUAUGACUCAGACCCACCUGGUUUCUAGCCUUUGGUGACCCUUCCAGUAAAAAUGUGUACAUCAGUCAAAACUGCAGACAAAAAUAUGUUCAUUAGGAUAAAUCUGCACUAAAACACUGAAACAUUUUCGUGUUCUUGGUUUUUUUAAAAAAAUAAUAAUCUCAAAUUGCUGCAGAAACCUGGAUAACUGAAUUUAAGAUUGGAAAAGUAAGAACUGGAGAGAGCCCACAUUUUAGUAAUGUGACUUUUGGAACUUUUUCUUAAGGGUAAAAACAGCUACCUUUGCUUUUUGGUAAGAGUGAGAAAGCACAUACAGUGGUACCUUGGGUUACAUACGCUUCAGGUUACAUACGCUUCAGGUUACAGACUCCGCUAACCCAGAAAUAGUGCUUCAGGUUAAGAACUUUGCUUCAGGAUGAGAACAGAAAUUGUGCUCCGGCGGCACAGUAGCAGCAGGAGGCCCCAUUAGCUAAAGUGGUGCUUCAGGUUAAGAACAGUUUCAGGUUAAGAACGGACCUCUUGAACGAAUUAAGUACUUAACCCGAGGUACCACUGUAUAAGAAAAAACUGCCUGUGUGAAUAUGAAAGGACUGACAUAUAUAUAUUUAGCACAGCACAACUAGUGAACUACUUUCCUACCAACAGCAAUGGAAACAGCACUAGCAACCAUAACAGAUCUGUAGAGGGAGGACAUUCUGUAAUUCUUACCAAUUUAGGAAAAGGACAAGAUAUAAGAAUAAUGGAGCUGCUGAAUGCAGAGGGCAUGUAACUCUAGUAACAUGAAUGUUGUUUUAGAAGGACUGCAGAAUUAAGUCCUAUGACAUAAAAUGCUGCUUGGACCCUCUUUCAUCACCUACAGGCACUGCUUGUUUUUCAUUUUGAAACUAGAGACAAGAACAAUUUUCAUCCCUAUCCGUUCCCCGCUUCAGGGUCUCUUUUGUCAAUCUUAAUCACAAAGUAUUUUAAUGACCCUUGUUUUAUCAUUUUUGGUAGAAGCGUCUCCCUUUGGUCUAUAAUUUGGACGCUUUGUAAGAAAUUCUGACACUACAGAUGCCGUGUGAAUUACACAUUCUGGACUCCCACUGGUGGGAAAUUAAUCAAACUGAACACUUGGACAACUCGAUUAAUAUUUUUUUUUAACCCACAUUUUGAAGCCCCCCUCCUCUCCUGAGAAAACGGUACUAUUAGCUCCAACUUUGAACAGAUAAAGGAGUUAAGUAUUUCCAGCAGGAUUUUUUCCCCCUUCUUCUUCAGAAAAUAAACAUACCUUCAACACACAGUUUUCCAUGCUAGAACGUGCAUUUUCCAAGAUGAAAACAAAGAAAGUGUAAAAUGGCUGAAGAGGUGCUUAAUCGAUCCUCCAAUGGGCCUGGGAAGGCUAAUCUCUUACAGUUGUUGUUUCUGGCAUUUCCCUUCAUAUGAAUAAUGCUGAAUGCUAUUUUCUUGCUUCAGCUCCCCAGAUAACUGCACUAAAAUGUAAUACCAAAAAAACACAAAUAAACUAAUUUCAUUGCAAGAAAUCAAUCAGUGAUUAAACUUACGCAUCCAGAUAACCAUCACUUAGCAAGCUACAUGUUAGAUGGGGUUAGAAGCAGGGGCCUUGCUAGGUACUCACAAGGACUUGGGGCACUGAACCAGCACAUAAAUAUGCAAAUAUGAAUUUACAUAUGUUAAUUUGUGGCUAUUACUGGCACCUGUCUGUCUUGAUAGACAAUGGAGUGUGCUGCCGGAGGUGAAGUCAAUGUGCUGGAGAAUCACAGCGCCUGCUGUGGCUGCAGAGACCAACUGCUGCCUCCUGUGUUGUUUUUGUUGCAUUAGCAGCACCCAAGUGACCUCUCAGGGGUGCAAGCCUCAACUGCCCCUUUUAUUUUAAGCAGCUUUUAUUUUAAGCAGAAAUACCAGUGUGGUUUUACGCACCUUUUAUUUUAAGCAGAAAUACCAGUGUGGUUCAUUUACAUGUAUAGAUGUCUCUGGAAUAAUUAAGAUGGCGGGUAGCUGAGUUUUCACCAGUUCUGCACUUUGCACUGCCUCAGUUGCCCAGUAGGCAGUUUAAAUAAAAUUAAGGAAAGGGAGGAGAUGGUCAAUAGAUCCAGACACCACUAGGAAAACCCCAAGGCUCUGUCCCCCUCAGUCAGCCACUCUACAAUAAUGCCAAUUGCUAGAAGGGCUGGAUUAAAUUGUUUGGGGUUCUAGCCUUCAGCUGGUAGGUAAGGGCCGAUAAGUGAAUCCUGCCCUCCUGAACUUGGGUGGGAUGCACUAGUGGCACCAACAGUGUGGUACACUAGUUGUGAGACUAGGGCCUGGGAGACCAGGGUUCAAAUCCCCACUCAGCCAUGGAGCUCCCUAGGUUGCCAUGGGCCAGUCGUCAGCUUUUAGGCUAAUCUACCUCAUAGGUUUUGUGAGGAUAAUAUGGAGAGUUGGAGAACAUCAAAUACCACCUUGAGCUCCUUGGUGGAAAUGUGGAAUAUAAGUGUAAGAAAAAAUAUAACUGGUCUUUGCUGUUAUGCAGCUCUAACACACACACACCCCACAUAGUGAGAAUAAAGGAAUUACCAGAUGCAAAGGAAGGUCCUGUGUUUCUUAUGGAUGUGCGCUGAGGUGAUUUCAAGAAGCGCAGCUUUUCUCACCUCUACAAGCAAACUGAUGAAAUCUCCUUUGCUUUGAAGACAGUGGUUUGCCUCUCCUCUCCUCUCCCCCCCCCUUCCUUUUGUUCUUUUGUGUGCGUGGCUUUGCCAUGUUGGUUAAAUAGCUCACUAUUAUGUGCCUUAGCUUAGGUGGGAGGGAUAAGGAAUUUUGUUGCUGCUGUGUUGGAAAAACCCUCAAUAAGACAUAAAAGUCAGCAAAAACCUGUUCUCCAUUGCAACAGUCCCUCCUAGGGAAUAUAGUUAAGAAACAAGAUAUAUGCAUGAAAUCACUUAAGCAUCAGCUUAAGUGUCUUGUGCUGUGGUUGGGUCCUCGAGCAGACAGGGUGGAGGACUAAGAUUCCAAAAUCAACUGAAGACAGGCAGGAAGUUUAAUAAACGGUAUUAUCUUCUCAGGCAGUACAUAGACACAGAGGAAAACAAUCAUCUCACACCUGAAAUCCACAAUGCAGAGUCCUUCCCCCACUACAGAGAAUGCCUCCUAUAGGCCACUAAAUACGGCUGAGUUUCCACAUGUGCACUAAGGAUGGAUCCAUACUGGGAUAAUCUUGUAUAAACUGACCUCUCAACAGAUACAGCUGCCAAUCUGGGGAGGGGGAAUUCUUAUGAUUUCAGGGGCUAAGAAACAAAAACACAUCCUCAGGGACACUUGGGAGACUCAAGCAGAGACAACAUCGAUGCUGUUUCCACCCUAAACUGGGACUAUCUUCUUUUGCAAUGCGAUGAUAGAACAAAAAACAAACAAACAGAUAUGGAGCUUUAAACAUCUGCAGAAAAUCAUGAAGCUGGAAGGGGCCAAGAGCUCUUUGCUUUUGGAUUCUCUCCAUGCAACAAAAGAACAGGGAUAUCCUACACGUGUUAACUUGAAAGUAUGUCACACUGAGAUCAAUGGGACUUUCUCUCAGUUUAAAUGGGCAUAAGACUGUAACCUAGGCCAUAUUUUUUCCAAAUAGGGUCUGAAACAAUAGAGACACAGGCUCCUAGUAGUCUACAGGAGCUCCUGUUCAACUGGAAUUCCACUGCAAUUCUAUAGCAAGCACACCCCAAUGAAACACACAGGAACAGCAGAGCUGUAUUCUGAGAAAAUAAAUGAAUAAAUGAAAUAGAAGAAAAUGGAGAGAGAAACAAUAUGAAGGGUUAUUUAUGGAACAUCCAGCUAUGACAAAGAAGGAAUGUGUGACCAGAAAUAGCUGUCUUAGUAUUCUAUGAAAAAUUAAAUUACAACUCACAGCAAUCCUUCCACCUAUCACCCAAGCCUAUCUAGAGUGCAAUGACUCAGUAGGAUACAUACUUCCUUGUGCGUAUCAAAUAUUGUUCCAAAAUAAGUAUAAAAAGCAGCAUCUGUAACUCAUAAGCAACAUAAGCCAUCUGUAUUUCCAGCCUAAGUAAGUACAUAGUGAUCAGGGUCCUGUUCUUCAAGCUAAUUAAUCCUAAACCAGUUUCUAAAUGGUUCACAAACUCUUAGAUGCUCUUCUCUUUGUUGCCUAUGACAUUGUCAGUGAUUAGUUACAUUGUUCAGCUCAGGGUGAGAUUGGGGCAUCUGCAGAAGCCAAGGUAUAGUUGGAGAAAUAAAUCCAUUCGCACAAAUGGAUCAACUUUGCCUAGUCAUCUGAGGGCAUGUUCUUAGUAUCCUUUUCUGUGCCAGUGAUGACAAUUGCUACAGUCCUCUACGCAGCCGACAAACUGAGGCCCCUUCAUUCUGCAAAGCAGUCACAGCUUGAAUCCUUAAUGUAACUUAGAACUUUGUUGUAAUAUCUAAGGAAUUUGCUAAAUCAUUUUCAGGUGCCUUGAGAGCUGUGUGGCCUCUGAAAUGAAACUGAGCGGGAGAGGAGUAUAGGGUUACUGUUUUGUUUUGUCAUAAAAGGCAAGUCUUUUCCUCCACAGGGCUCCUUGCCUGAACUGUAGGUGGCUACCCCCAAGGAUCCAAACUUGAAGAAAGCCAGUUGCACAUGCAGAAUGGUUUCUAGGGCUCCCCCCCCACUCCUCUGUGCCCACCAUGCUAGAAUGUGAAAAAUAGGGGUGCUGUUGCAUAUUGCUACUUUGACUGACAUAUGGUUGGCUUUACAGCUAAGCAGAUUUGGGGCUAAAUAUGUAUCUCUCCCCCUUUCAAGUGGCAUGAAGACUGAAAUUUGAGGUACAUGGUUGAGAUGGGGGGGCAGUUGUGGAGGGCAAGGGGACUACAAGGAAGUUAUCACGUUGGCGUUGAUGGUGGGUGGGGAAAUGCUAGCUUCCAAGCUGUAAUAAUUGCACAGACACUCAGUGAAGGAAGGUGAGAAGUUUAUUGGAACUGGGGCAACUCUUGGCUCAUGCUUGGAGCAAUAAUAAAAUCAACAGUGAAACUGGCCAAAGUAGCACCUGCGUCCCCAAGGGAAGAAAGACACGUGAUAUUACAUGCAUCGUUACAUUUAACCUGUGGUUUCUUAAAAAUGCAAGCAGCAUCAGGUUGCGGGGGCAUUAUAAUGAUCAGAAUUGCUGCAGGUGUGCAGGGGAAAUUUCACAUUUUUCUCCCCCACUGUGGACAACCCCACCUUUUGGUUACAAAGGAAUCCCCUAUUGGUGCCAAUGAAAACUACCAGCUUCAGAAAAGGAUUUUCCCCUAAGGCCUGCAGCAGGGGAGGAAAGGGUUAUAUUCCCACUUGCAACUCAUGCGAUUUGAUUUUUUUAAAUCUACAAAGACAGUGUUGUGCAGUGGUUAGAGUGUUGGAUUAGGACCUGGGAGACUAGAGUUCAAAUCUCCACUCAGCCCUGCAGUUCAUUAGGCAACCUUGGGCUAGUCACUAUCUCUCAGCCUAGCCUACCUCACAAGAAUAUUGUGAGGCUAAUAGCAGGACAAAAGUGGGGAGAAGCUACCUUGAGCUUUUUGGGGAAAAGUUGAGACAUAAAUGUAAUGAAUGAAGACUUGUUUAGCAAAGGCUUCAUUUGGACUUCAGAGUCUACCCACACAUCAACAAAGGAAAGAUCACCCAAUUCCCAACUGUCCACAGCAAUCUCUGAAAUGACACAGGAGCCUGGUUGAUGUGACCAAUAUACUAAAUGUUUUGAGGGUGAGCAAGAAGGGUUGUGGUGGCAGGCUCCUCCAUUGACCGCCCUGUCUGCUUUGCCUCUUAUGCACGGAGUCUACAUUCAAAGAAAGCGUGAGCCUGCGGGCUCUGUUUGUACAAUCAGAAACGCUGGCUGAGGCACGGUUUGUGAUUGUGUGGACUCAUGGGGAUCACUGAACAGCAUUUGCCAUGGCAAAAUACUGCCUACAAUGCCUCAUUCAAGGAAGGACCCUUUCUCAGAUUGGUGUACAGUAUAGGUAGCCACUGAGACAGCAUUUUAGGAGCACUGCUGCCAUCGUAGGCAGCAGCUACUGCUGGCCACUCCACAAUAGAAGGGUGGACAGGUUGGAGGGUAACCUGCUGUGGUGGCAGCAGCAAGAGGGAGGAAGUGGUGGCAGCUGGCAUCACUGCAGGUGAGCGGAGGCAGCGGCAGAUGGGCCAAGGAGCACAAAUCCAUUGCUUCUCUUGAGGAAAGGUGCUUCCCUUGCCUAACAAGAGGGCUGGUCCUGGCCCAUACAUGCACUUUCCCAGUGAACAUAAAAUGUGAGAGUCACCACUACAUUCAGACUUUACUUCCUCAAAAGCAAAGAAGUGAAUUGCCACGUGGCAAGUUUGCAUGUGCUUCUAGGGCAUUUUCUCUUAAUUGGGGUAAGGGAAGGAUCCUUCACACCCACACAGGGAGAAGUGCAUGCAAAGAAAAGAAAGCAGGACUUUGUUUCUGUUUCCCGUCUGCAUAAUAAGCCUGUGAAAAAGCAAGGAAUUCUAAAAAAGAGAAAUUCAUUUUUUAAAAAAGGCAGCAGUAUCCCCUUUCAUACAUGUAUCUUUGGUGGGGAGCACUGAGCAGAGAGAGACAGAGAGAGAACCUAGGAAUGCCUGUGGGAUGUUGCCCCAAGUUGAAGAAAUAUGAGCCCAUUUUAGAUUAUUAGCUUUUUGUGGCAAAGCAACUAAAGAAUGGGAAUUAAGGCAGAUUUCCCUGUGCUGAUAGUUUAAAAUAUUAUCUUCUGAGUGAUAGCAAAAGAAGGAGAGGGAGGGAGGGAGGGAGCAAGAGAGGAUUUAGUCAGUUCCCUUUAAGGUAAAGGAUGGGAAAUGCAGCUCAUAGGAGGACAGCGUGUCCUUCUGACCUGACAUGGAGUUUCAUGAACAAAGCAAGUUAAAACAAUUCCUUCUGCACAAAGUACUAAUCUGUAGUUUGUUGAGAACUGGUGCCCACCGGGGAAAGACAGACUUUCUGAGCUAAUUUACCUCACCUAAAUUCACCUGCUGUGGUAUUUCAAGGAUGAGGGAUGGAGAAUCUGUGACCCUCCAGAUGUUAAGAACAUAAGAAGAACCUGCUGGAUCAGGCCAAUGGCCCAUCUGGUCCAGCAUCCUGUUCUCACAGUGGCCAGCCAGAUCCCUGUGGGAAACCUGCAAGUAGGACCCGAGUACAAGAACACUCUUCCCUUCUUGUAGUUUCCAGCAAUUUAUAUUCAGAAGCGUUGUUGCCUCUGACCAUGGAGGCAGAGGACAGUCAUCAUGGCUGAUAGCCAUUGAAAGCCUUCUCCUCCAUGAAUCCUUCCUAUCAUCUUUUAAACCCAUCCAAGUUGGUGGUCAUCACGGCCUCCUAUGGGAGCAAGUUCCAUAAUUUAACUAUGCUGUAGGACUUCGACUCCUAUGCGCACUGACCAGCAUGGCCAAUAGUCAGGGGUGAUGGGACUUAUAGUCUUUCAACAUCUGGAGGGUUACAGGUUCUCCACCCCUGCCCUAGAUAGAUUCUGCUUCAUGCAAUCCUACACCUACUUACUUGCCUGGCAGUAAGUCCCAUUGGACUUACUUCUGAGUAAACAUGUACAGAUUUCCCCUGUUGAUGAUGAACUGGCUAGAUGAAGCAAUGAAAUCUAUCUUGAUUGACUAAAAAGUGCCCGUGGGUAGUCUUUUGGGCAAAUUAUUUUAAAUAUAAAUACUUCCAUGUUGUGACACAUCCACACUCAUAUCAUCAUCGAAAAUAAAAUAUUCUUUCUUUUGAACUAUUUUUCUCAUAUGCAAAUUUACAUGGAUUUGAUUGAUAACUUCAUGAAUGGACUUAUACUGCACUUUUACUCCCCUUUUCCUGGGAGUAAGCCCUACUGAACUCAAUGGAACUGAUUUUUACAGGAUUGCACUCUGAAAUUUAUGUGAUUGAUUUGAGCACAAUCUUGAAAGUUCCUUAGGCCAGAUUAUCCAGGGAGCUGCCUCUGUUAGUGUGUCCAUUUUCUCCUAUCCAGUGUCACCAUUGCUCAUUCACUUGCUUCUGUCCCUGGGCCCAAUCUGUUGAUGUCCCCAGAGGAAAAGAGCAGGGCAAGUGAAUGAUAGGCUCCAACACAUCCAAACACAUUCCUAUCAUUAGGCAGAGUGAGGCAGCCACCUCAGGUGACAGGUGUUGAGAGGGCCAUUAAUUCCCCUUAGUUGUCACAUAGCUCCUCCUCAACCCUCUAAUCUGUUCUGCUGCCUUGGAUUUGGUAGAGGACACUCCUCUGUCACCAGGAUAGUAAGACUGAAUGGUCAGUACAUUCAGCUACAUUAAAUAGAAUGGGGCGCCAUCUUGUCCUUUGCUUGAGGUAGGACAGUGCCUUGGUUCAGUGCUGAUCUCAUCACCCAUGCACUUAAAUUCUCAGAGAGGGCAAGUAAACAGUGACAGGAAAGAGAAGCAGCAGCAUUAGUACUAGGAUCAGUGGGCCCUCUGUAGGGGUCCUGCGAAAGUCUUGGCAAAUGCCUGAUCGCGCUGACCUCCGAUGCCAGCUUUGCAUCUCGCCCUAAAAGGGCCUUCACAUCACACCUUAAAAACCUGAUAUUCUGUUUUGCUAAAUGGAAGCUAUAAAGAUUCUGUGGUGUGGCUGUUGCCAAAGUUUCUCUUCCUCACGUUGUUAAGAAUUAUUAUAAUGUUAUUAUCUGCAGUGCAUUUUAAAGCAUUUUCUGGCUAGGGAGAAGAGAGGGAGAAAUCUAUCUGCUAUAUAAAUCCAAAUGUGGAGAAAGAUGUGGGGGGUUCCCCCUUGGGUUGACUGGAAUUGAUAUGUGUGUAAGGUAGUGAAAGAGUUAGGGGAGGACAGAUGUACCUAGCACUUUCUACUCCUUAACUGCCUGCUGAUGUCAACCAUUCAUUUACAGAUGCAAGAAAGAAAUAGAGAGGGACAUUAAUUCUACAUGCAAGUGCAAUGCUGAUAGUGUGCCAGAACUGGCUCCACCCAUAAACAUACCAGUAGUGAGUCAAAAUCUGUCAAUUUCAACUUCUUUAAGUUUCUCAUUUUUCCAAUCUUAGAUUCAGUUGUCCAUAUGUCCACAUCAGUUUACACACAAACAAACAAACAAACAAACAAACAAACAAAUACACACACACACAAAUUCAUCAGCAUUUGGAUGAGAAUUUCUCCAAGUACAAAUUUCACAUUUGUAUUCAAUUUUGUGCAAUAGACAUAUAUUUGCAAUGCAGUUUUCCUUAAACUAAUGCAUUUUUGUAUGUUAUUUUCACUAAUAUAUGCAUUUUGAUGGACACUAUACUCCAAAUAUGUGUGUUUUUUUUAAAAAAAAAUUACUUGGCUCAAGAACUGUAUUACAGCAUUCAAAGUGCAAAUUUUGAGGGAUGACUGCGCUUUGAUUCUUGCAUUGUUUUGGAAAGUCUGAAUUAGGUUGGUUCACCUUUAAAUGUGAAUCAAUUGAAUGAAUUCUCCCCAUCAAAGUCAAAGCAGGCUACCUCGAUAAAAAUAGGGCCAAGGAUACACUAUGUUGAUGUAGCUACAUUGGCCAUAAGGCACAUGCUUUGGAAUUAUUUGUUGUAAGAAUAGUAUGACUCAGAACAUAUUUUCAGCUGACUAUUUGAAGAGAGGUUUUUGGGAGGGGCAAAGCAAGAUAGGUGUUCCUUAGCCAUCUUCUCCAUAGUUGGCAAAACCCCAUGAGAUGCGACAGCUAUGAUAGGAGGAAUGGAAACAAAUCCAACAUGCACAGAACCUUUCUCAAGAAAGUACAGGCAUCUUCCCACAUUUGACUUGUGUGCAACAGCAUAUACAUGCAGCGCAGUGAAAUAAAUAAAUGCAUUGAUUUAAACUGCAAAAAUGGCAUGAAAAGAGUGGGGAAACAGUUUGCAAUCCCAGCAGCCUUUGCACCAACCUUUGAGGCCCAUGGAAAGUUGGAGUUUGAGAAAGGAGUUUUGGAGGGAGCGAUUGUGGUGGAGCUUGGCAAUUUUUUGUGGAUUUUUGGCAGAGUUUAGUGGAGAGUGGAUUUACAGGCCUUUUUCGAUGGUAUUCCCCACCAUACUCAAUUUCACGUAUACACACAGUACUCAGGAACAUAACCUGCAUGUAAGUGAGGAGACGCCUGUACUUCUUUACACAACUUUUCAUGAAUUUAUGCAGAGCACAGUCGUAAGAUGUGGCAACAGUGGCCAUUAGUUUAGGUGAUUUCACAAGUGGAUUGGACAAACACUUGGGGUAUAAGCCCACUUGCUCCAUAACGCGUUCAUGGCAACUCCAUGUUCAUACCAGUGUGCCUCUCAAUUCCACUUGCUGGCAGAGGGCACAUAUCAGGGAGAGCUGUGGCUGUCAUUUCCUGAUUGCGGGUUUCCCCAGCAGGAUGUCGAGGCAGAUGAAUUUUAGUGAGAUCCAGCCAGGUUUCUCAGGCGUGAGAAAGAAAAGACGUGAGUGCCGCCAACCGCAUAUUAAAGGAUAUCAUAAAUAUAUGUAAUAAACAUUGCUCUUUGUGCACAUUCAUUAUUUUGAAGCAGCUAUUUGAUUCAAACCAGAGAAUCUUUUCAUUCCUGCAGCCUGAAUCAAAUUGGCAUAUUUCCUUCAGGAGAACAAGGCCUCUUGCUAAAGAUUCUCCUUUCUAAUCAAGACACCUUCCAAGUACUGAGCAGAUCAUCUGUUUCUUCUUCGAAGUGUUGGCUUGGGAGCCAGUGGUAUGAUUUCAUAUCAACUGUGAGAAAGGAGAUAGAGGCAUACGGGGAGAGUAGCUCUGCCAAAAAAUAUCAACUGGAUGUUGCAUUGGGGGGUCUUGUCUACUUAUUCACAUAUCUGAGCAAGCUACAAUGAUCCAUCAUUGUCUAAAUAUUCUUCCAGUAUUGAGUUGAAGGUGGGGAGAGGGGGACUGCAUUCUUAUCCCAUCUCUGGGAGAACUCACAAAACUGGAGAGCACAACUCAUCUUCAGAAGAGGGUGAAUUGAAAAUGUUACACCAGAGGGGAUGGGAGCCAAGCAUACACAAGCAUAUGAAGGUUAUCUGGCCAGGCAGUAGCAUUUCUGGGAAGUCUUGUGAAGUUAUUAUGGCCAAUGAAUUGAACAUGAAUCAACAAUGUGGUACUUCAGCACAAAAAGCCAAUGACAUGUUGGAUGCAGUCCUUAUGCUAAUGCAGUCUAAGAGUCAGGAACUAAUAGCCCUGUUCCACUCUAUAUAUCAAGUUGCAGGGAAAUAUAACUGGUAUCUUUCCAGUAUUUAAAAGGAUGGAGCCCAGUUUCAGCUCCUGGCAUGCUUGAGCAGUUGCCAGGAUUGCUCCAGUGGGAAUCAGCAAUGAUGCCUGCCCUUUGAAAAAGUGUCCUGCCAUUACAAGUCCCAUAAUGCCCCGGGAUGGCUUUACAUUGUGGGCAUUGCAGGCAACUUCAAUAGUUACUCCAUCUGGUUCUGCUAGGAAGAGCUAUGUUUUCUCUUGAGGUAUAUUCUCUGGCUCAGAGUUUUCUUCAGACUCCUUUGUUUCUCUGACAGUUUUUUGAAUCCUAUUCAAUGUGUGCUGUUGGUAAGGUUGAGGUUACCAGAAGGCAUCAACCUUUUUCUGCAAGUUUAUCAAUUAUCCUAGAGAUCUGAUCCUUGUAGAAGACUCAUAUCCACUUGACUAGACUUGUGCAAGGUUUAGUUCGAUACAGGCUCUUCAUGAGGCAAAAGAUCAGGGAGACUUCCAGACUGAAAAAGGCCUUAGCAAGCCCCAACAGACAGUGAGGCUUCACAAACUGAAACAGGUCUGUGAAGAGGCAAAAGGCUUCCAACAAACUGAAGAACAGUCAGAUAUAUACAUAAUUAAGUUUGUGUCCUGGAUCUAGUUCAAGACUGGUAUAAAUUAAUACAAGCAACAACUAUGUAGUUUUUGAGCCACAAUUUUGCAAAGAGCUGCCAUUAACCCUAGUACAGUGGUACCUCGAGUUACAAACGCCUCAGGUUACAAACGCUUCAGGUUACAAACUCCGCUAACCUGGAAGAGUUACCUCGAGUUGAGAACUUUGCCCCAGGAUGAGAACGGAAAUCGUGUGCCAGCGGUGCAGCAGCAGCAAGAGGCCCCAUUAGCAAAAGCACACCUCUAGUUAAGAACAAUUUCAGGUUAAGAAGGGACCUCUGGAACGAAUUAAGUUCGUAACUAGAGGUACCGCUGUAUAUCAAAAUAGGAAUUAUAAACAGUACCUUAUACAUAUUUUUCAGGGGGGUAUUAUUUUGAUACAGGGCGCAAAUCCUAGUUACCACAAUUAUAACUAGGGUAGGGGACACAGUUCAGUUAUGCUUGGAGAUGGGAGUCUCAGGACCCAUCUAUGGGGAAUGCAGAUGAUCUCAUCCCCAAGUAGCUUUUGGAUAGUCUGUCACUCCCCCUUGUCUCCUCUCUUUUUCUUUCUCCCUCAUUUCCUCAUCCUUUCCAUUCUCCUUCCUUUCUUCUUUACUGUCUUUGUUCAUUCUUUUUUUCCUGGUUCCCAAAAGCAUUGGGAGAGGGGUGUUGGCAUCUUGUGAAUUGAGAGAGAGAGAGAGAGAGAGAGAGAGAGAGAGAGAGAGAUCAUUUCAAAUAAUCCCCAGCACUCCCUGUUCCAGUCAGUCAUCAUUCCAUGGCCACUUACGAUAUUCAGGCCUUAUUGGACUGUUUUGGGUGGGUUCCCCCCCAUUAAGGCUUUCCCUCAUGAAUAUUUUGUUAUACUUCUGCAAAGUGGAGCAUUCCUCCAAGCCUGCUGAUAUCUCCCUCUUGAAUAUUAGACUACACAAGCAUCAGCGCUUACUACUGGUACAUCAGAAAUAGAAGAAUGAUGCUGGUGAUGACUGUUGUCGUCAAUAUCUCCAAUACCUCCUUAACUCAAAUAACUGAAAAUAUUUUUCUCUAUUUCAACAAGAAACCCAGGCAUUAAUACAAAAAGUACUUUCUCAUUUCCAGGCAUAUAUGCUUUAGCUUUUAAAGUGGUAUUUGAAUAGUGAUAAUUAAAGUAGCUAUUCAACUUAUAUGGAAAACUUGGGGAGUGUAUUUUUGUCUCUAGUAUAAUGAAAACCUGUAAAAUAAUAUUUUGCCUGUCAAAUGUGAAAUUCAAGUCAAGCCUUAACUACACUUUUGCUAUCAUUCCAGCAUAGCAGUAUAAUUUCCUCCAGCGAAUCAUAUUUUCCCCCUCUUCAGUGAGUUCAGUGCCCCCUGCUGCCAAGAACAAUGAACACAUAGAAUCUGUUGAUUUCAGAGAAAACGGUUAACAAUAUCAAUUUAGGAAGGCCUGUUAUUGUUGAACUGCCAAGUGAAACAUUAUCUGACCUGGACACAUUGUCACAGAGAAAUAACCAGCGAUAAAUCUAGCAAUUUUUUUGUUAACAGAAAAGGCCCCUGUGGCAUGAAAGGAGCUUUCAUUUAAAAUUACCAGGGAGAUAUUUCACUGAUGACCUUUGGGUAUUCUUUCAUAAAAACUGCUUGUGUUUGUUUAUACAGUGGUGCCUCGCAAGACGAAAUUAAUCCGUUCCACGAGUGUCUUCGUCUAGCGGUUUUUUCGUCUUGCGAAGCAACCCUAUUAGCGGCUUAACGGAUUAGCGCUAUUAGCGGUUUAGCGGCUAUUAAAGGCUUAUCGGCUUAGCGGAUUAGCUGCUAAAAGGCUAUUAAAGGCUUAGCGGCUUAGAAAAAGGGGGGAAAGUGAAAAAAGAAUCUCAAGACUCGCAAGACAUUUUCGUCUUGCGAAGCAAGCCCAUAGGGAAAUUCGUCCUGCGAAGCAACUCAAAAACGGAAAACCCUUUCGUCUAGCGGGUUUUCCGUCUUGCGAGGCAUUCGUCUUGCGGGGCACCACUGUACUGUGUUCAACAAGCAUGCACCUACUGACAUUCUAGAAAAGUAGAUUUGUGGUUCAUGUUAAUGCUGAAGGUUUGUCUGCACUUGUGGUUUUCACCACAGUUCCCCCAUCCUCAGAAACAGCAAGUCAAUAAAGAGAAGCGCUGCAUGGAUCAAUUGCCUGGCUCUUACACAGGUCAGCCAAGCCUUUUGGCCCACUCAUUCCCUGGCAAACAAUUUGACCAAUCCCCUGCCUAGUUUUCCCCCAAUAGGCCAGCCUCAUCAUCCCUCCCAUUAAUCCCUCCCUCUCCUGCUUUUCCCACAACUGACCACCUCAGACAUGCUGGUAGCAUCUUUUUUUUUCACAGGGCCCAACCAGAUGCCUAUGGGAAGCUGGGCCUGAGCACAUCAGCAGUCUCCACACUUGUCCUAGCUACUGACAAAGGCAGUUCAGACAAGACACAACGUUUGCAUAUGGUGAAGUGGUUCAGUUAGCUGCAGAAGUUCUGUUUUGUAGCAUAGUUGCUCCCUUGACUUGCUUUUUUGGUGUAGGAGUCACCAGUAUGGAGUAGGAGUUGCUGUUGGGUGUCUCUACCAAGGUCAAGUACCUGUUGGAGUUCAUGGAAGAGACAUCUUAGCAAUGCAUCCUUAGGAAUGUUCUGGAGAAAAUCUGCUUGCACAGAGUGAUCCUUUUAGGUCAGGCAUGGCCAAACGUGGCCCUCCAGAUGUUUUGGGACUACAAUCCUCAUCAUCCCUGACCACUGGUCCUGUUAGCUAGGGAUGAUGGGAGUUGUAGUUCCAAAAUAUCUGAAGGGCUGAGUUUGCCUAUGCCUGUUUUAGGUAAAUAAAGGGCUCGUUCCUCCUGCUUCUCAUCACCAAAGUUACCAGAGCUCUACCUAUAAUGAAUGAUAGAUUUUUGUGAUUCCUAAUGCCACCCUUUCCUCAUCUAAUCAACACCCCAAGACACAAUUUCCAUGUGGUUAUUAAAUGUAUUGGGCACAGGUUGGCCUCAUUAAAACAUAUUUUGUUGCUUCUCUGUCAGCUCUGCCAUAAUGCCAUCUUGUUGUUACUCAAAUCCAUUAAGCUGUUGAGGAAACCAUAUAAAAUUGACCUCAAACAGUGCUGGCACAGUUAUUCAAGCACUAGUGACUGAAAUCCAACAACUUCCUGAAGCUUUUAAUGAGUAACCAAGGCAAAUUGUUGGCUGAGGGGAAAACAGCGGACACUACUUAAAGUGAAUUAUUAAUCCCCUGGAAAUACCUUGCUGUGAGACAUAUUUAAAGAUAACUUAUACUUUCACAAUAAGAAAUGAAUAUCAUAUGCUGCACUUUAAGACGUUUAUAUUAUGCAAACUUUGAACUAAGAUUCUGAAAUCAGGUCUUUUAUUUUCUGCACAGGUUCUCUGAUACCAUUCGAGAGCUACUUUCUAUGAAGUAACAGGAUAAAUAUCUUCCAUUUGUUCCCAAAGUGGGUCUCAAAUCAGGAAAAAUGAGUUGCUAAGAGAAUGGAGGGAUUAUGAAAAAGAUGCUAAUAUAGUUUCUGCAAAAGAAAAAAAAAUGUAUUGGCCAUAAAUGGCAGCAACCAACUGAAGUCAGGAGAGUCACAACUCCACAAAACUACAUACACAUGGAGGUGGAAGAGGCUGUGAGCACAUAUCUCAUUCCUGUUUAGUGAAAGUUUCAAAACUUAUGACACAUACCUUCACAUGUUGGCUGGGGAAAUCCAGAUAGAUGGCUGGGGUAUAACUAAUAAAAUAAUACUAUUACUACUACUACUACUACUACUACUACUACUACUGUUGUUGUUCUUUAUGUUGUUGUUUAGUCGUUUAGUCGUGUCUGACUCCUCAUGACCCCAUGGACCAGAGCAAGCCAGGCACUCCUGUCUUCCACUGCCUCCUGCAGCUUGGUCAAACUCAUGUUGGUGGCUUCGGAAACACUGUCCAACCACCUCAUCCUCUGUCGUCCCCUUCUCCUUGUGCCCUCUAUCUUUCCCAACAUCAGGGUCUUUCCCAGGGAGUCUUCUCUUCUCAUGAGGUGGCCAAAGUAUUGGAGCCUCAGCUUCACGAUCUGUCCUUCCAGUGAGCACUCAGGGCUGAUUUCCUUAAGAAUGGAUGCAUUUGAUCUUCUUGCAGUCCAUGGGACUCUCAAGAGUCUCCUCCAGCACCAUAAUUCAAAAGCAUCAAUUCUUCGGCGAUCAGCCUUCUUUAUGGUCCAGCUCUCACUGUUGUUGUUCUAUUAUUAUUAUUAUUAUUAUUAUUAUGCAAAAAUGUUUAUAUGUGAAUAUUCUUUGUUACUUUGUAAUGUCUGACAAAAGCUACCAUUUGCCAAACAAUAAACCAAGAGGAACUGCAUUUCUGUCAGUGAAUAGAGAUGGACAACUCUUCUGGAAAAAUAACCUGUAAAAGCCCCUUCCAUGCAGUUCCUUAUUGCGUUCUAAGGAAAAACUUAUUUUACCCAUUACAAAACAGGCUCCAAUAUCCAUUGUGUUAGGUUGAUUUGGGGUCCAACAUGUAAACGCUGCCCUUGUGUUUCUGUAAAACACAGAGAUAGUAAGCCACAUGAAUACUCUUUUAAGAAAAGCUGAUCAAAGGGCCUGUAGAGUUUUGCCAGAGAACAUGAUUUAAAAACAAAAUCCUUGGGAGCUCUCCAAUGACCUAUGUCAGUGGCUUCAUUCCAGUUCUAAGGGAAAAGAUGUUCAUAUCACCAUGAAAACAAGCAUUUAAUUAGAAACACAGGCAGGCAAUAGGCCAAAAACUGGAUGGGCAUGGACAAUGAACCUUCCUUAAAGAUGCUCCCUUCAGGCCAGGAAUGGUCACACAGGCUGAAAACCUAAAUAUGUGAUCGGGCCUUACUGUCUUUCAUCUUGAAUGGAAUUUACCCACAAAGCAGAGGAUUGGAGACUUUACAAUAUGGGGAAGAAGCAACCCUGUGUAAAAUCCUGUUGUGAGUUGGGGAGCGGGGUAGGCUAUAUGCCCGAGUCCCUUCUAAUUCUUGGAUCCAGCAAAGGUUAAAAUCUAAUGGAGGAUUCAAUUGCUGGGAUAGCCAGGUCAGCUUCUUGGUAAUGCCCCCUAAGUAUAAGUCAUUGAGGAAACAAAGGAAGUGGCUCUGUGCCAGGGAGCAAAUGGGUGCCCCCCACAUUGUCUGAUAGUUAGAAGCCAGAGUUGAGGUGUGUGUCCUAGAAGCAAGUUGGGCAGCUGAGAGCCAGAGCCAUGCCUGAUUUCUGCUGGGAUCCAAGCCUGUGGCUAUGGAAGAGGCAAGACCUUCUUGGGGUGCUAAUGCUGUGAACCCCUCCAUCAUAGGCUAAGGUUGUAUAUUAUUGUUGUUUAGUCGUUUAGUCGUGUCCGACUCUUCGUGACUCCAUGGACCAGAGCAUGCCAGACACUCCUGUCUUCCACUGCCUCCCGCAGUUUGGUCAAACUCAUAAGGUUGUAUAUAUGUGUAAAUAAACCAUAUAUCAUAAAAACACAGUCUUCACUGUCCCUGAUUCCAAGGAAACCGUACCCUGGGUAAGCAGCUGGAACUUCUGGGAUCUUGCACUACUCAGAAAUUGGAGUGGCAUGCAACAAUACUGAGUUUGCCCAUGUUUCCAACAGGAAAGGGAGAUAGCAGGAGGAGGAGCCUUCAGGCAUAGUGCUGUCACAGGCUUCAUUCUAGACAUCCCUCAGCUAUGUAAGAGACACAGCUGUGUAAAGAGACACAGCUGCUGCCACCAUGUAAGGGAAAGUGACCCUCUUCAAACAGCACAGUGAGGAGGAGGAGAUGAAGGCAGGAAUUGGUGCGUGGUAGAGCAAGAUUUGUUGAAGAGUUGACCCUUGGCAGGAGAACAGAGUUAGGGAGGGCACUUUGGCACCACUUCAGACAGCAAAAGUGGACAACCCAACCCCCUGGUGGGCACCAGCAGAACUUAAUGGAGCACUGGAGUCGCUGCCAUAUCUGGAGUGUGGCUGCUCAUGUCAGCCAGGACAGAAAGGCAAGGAGCAAAAUUACAGUUUUUUCCUGCAGCAGUUCCAGACUGGCAGAGCAGAGAGGGCAAGGCAUGUUCCUGCAACUUGGUGAAUCAGGGGACUGGGGUGCUCUGUCUGGGCACUGUUUCAAAGAGAUGUGCAGGAUCCAAUGCAAGAGUGUGAAAUCCAUACACCACCAAAGUUAAAGUUGUAAAAGCUUCCACAAAUACUUGUCAGGGAAGGAGAAGACUACAGAAAAUAUGGAACUGCUGGUUGAGAAGGUUGGCCUUUGAGGAAAAUAUAAGAGAAACUAAACUACCCAAUGUCUACAUUGCUUUUAUUUUAUUCCCCACCCCCUCAAUGACUAGUGUGAUCGCAUAUCCUACUUUGCAGAGGACAUCUAUUCAAAGUGAUAUGAUAGGACUGGCCUCUGUUUUAAGGUAUUCUCUCUUUGAAGGGCUGUCCAAUCCAAGUCUAGUUUAUUUUAAGCAUAAUGAACCAUAAGAAAGGGGCCUUGAAGUUGCCCAAGAACAGUUGAGCACCUGGGCAUCAGACUGAGAAGAACACAGGUCACUUGGUUGUAGUCUUCUUCUCCACUAUGGUGAGAUGUAUUUCUAAUUAAAAUAUUUCCCCCAAAUUUGCAUCUAUAUUUAUAAAUGAACAUAUGCAAAAAUGGUGCAAAUUUAUGCUCUUUUUUCUGGUGAUGUGUAAAUGACCAUUCUAAUAGCGUACUGAAUUCUACACCAGCUAUUUAUUUAUUUUUUAAAAACCAGCAGUCCUAUGCUGGUAUUCUGUUCUAAGCCCUGUGCACAAGAUGGACAUUAUAUCCUUGUCAUAAAGCUUAAAUCUACAUUCCAAAGCCAAGUUAGGGAGGUGGAGAUAGACUAGGUCUGUAUAUUGAGCAAUCCAAUCCAGCUACAUUAUUUCAUGUGUAGGAAAUCAUUACAUUUCACAGAGAUUCAUAAAAUUUGUGGUAUCACCUUUCCUUUGUGUAACUGCAGCUGAAGAGAUAUCUGAAUGACUCAUUGCAAGACUAUUCCGUUGUCUAAAAAUGGGCAGCUAACCUUUUGCAUAACAUUGCUGUUAUAACAUUGCUGGGGGGCUUCCUGCAAUCACCUGAGGUUAGUCCACAUUAGCAUGUUUUCUAUAAGAACAGAGUCGCUUGGCUCCCCAUCAACUGAAAAUAACGAUCCGCAUAUUUAUAAAUUGUUCCCAAUUCUGAUCCUUAAUUAAAUUCAGUUUCUUGUAUAACUAUCUGCAGCUGCUUUCAACAAUUUAGGAUAAUUUUUGUUCUGCUGAUUUAACCUCUGUCUGCUCAAUCAUCAAGGGUCUGUUGAAAUUAUUGUUGAAACCAGAUGGCUGCUUUUAAGAAGGGGUACUUCCUUUAUAAGUUAAUGUCUGGAUUCCAAAGCCAAGUUAGGGAGGUGGGGGUAGAAUAGGUCUCUGUACUGAACAACAAAGUCUAUUAUGCUUGUGGCAGCCUCUGAUAGUAACUGAGCCUAGUGUCCAGUCGUGGGCAUGGGGAAGGUCUGUAGCUCAGUGGUAGAGCAUCUGUUUUGCACGUACGGUAGAAGUUCCUGCGUUCAGUCCCCAGCAUCUUCAGUUAAGGCUGGGAGAGAUCCCCUGAGCUGGAGGGACCAAUGGCCUGAGUCAGCAUAGCGCAGCUUCCAGUGUUCCUGUGACAUUCCAGUGGACCAAGAAGCAGUGUGAUCACAAUGUUUGCAGGGGAGACUCUGAAGAAUCUCCAUAGUGCUCAGGGCAUAAUAACCUCCCAGACUCCAAGGCUUCUUCAUGCCAGGCAGCAGAAAGUCUAUUGAAUUUGAAUCUGGUGACUUUGCCACGAGAGGGCAGCAUUGUCUUAUUUUGAGGUUGUUGUUUUUUUCCAGAACUGAAUGAAUGUAGUUCCAAGCAUUUCUCUGCCUUGCCUUGUAUGCUUGCGAACUUGUAUGCAGUGUGGUGCUGAAGGCUGCAUUAACCUUACAGGCUCUUCUCUCUUUCCCACCCCUAGCUAGUAAACUGAAUUGCAAACUGUUCACAUUCUGUCUACUAAUUAAGGUUACCAGAUUUUUUUCAAUGAAUCCAGGGACACCUUUCAACUUCAAUGGAUUUUGUAUGGGGAGUGAUUUGUAAAUCUGGAAACUGUCCCCAGGAAACGGGGACGUCUGGUAACCUUAGUCUACUUGCACAAAACCUGGAGAGGGGGACAUUAUCUCUUCAAAUCACAUGACUUUAAAAAAGCCAUUUAUGAUAUCCCUUUCCAACUUUCCAAAACAAAUGAGCUUCCCAGUUCAGGCAUAUCUGGCCAUAUAUGCUUGAGCAAUAGCAAGUUUAGUUAUGAUCUUCCACUAGGAUGAAUGGACUUUCAACAGCAUCAGUGGUGAGUGUGAAUUUUCUGUGAGAUCACAGUUUUACUGUCAGAAUUUCAGUUCCACACAAUUUUCUCCCCAUUCACACAACACAUGCAAGGGCAGCUGACAGGCCUAUAAGUGACUGGUAGCCGUUUGCUAUUUCUAUAUAUGAUUUGUACAAUGCUUUCUAGCCUUUGAUGUUUGGGAUCACUCAGCAGUCUAUAAGUUAGCUCAUUAUUAUUUCCAUUUCCAAUCUAUAAGUUAGCUCAUUAUUAUUUCCAUUUUACAGCUGAAGCUGUAAAAGCCAAUGGCCAUAAAAUGACCCCUACCAUGCAAUCAUUUGCGUAUCUACUCAGAAUUAAGUCCUAUUGUAUUCGCUGAGACUGUCUUCCUGGCAAGUGUUGUACAGGAUUGUAGCCUUACUCUCCAUAACGCAAGACCAAAACUCAGCUGAAUCAUGCAGGCUGACUAUAUUUUCAUUUACCUAUUGAAGCUAUUGAUAUUAAUUAGGAAAAAAAUAACAUUGGAUCUGGCUAUCCAUUCAUCCUACUCUCAGAGAAGCACAUAGCAGUUGUUUUAAAAGUUGAUAGUUCUCUUCAUGUGGGAUGAUGAUGAUGAUGAUUUUUAAAGAUGGACAUUAUAUCCUUGUCCUAAAGCUUAUCCUUGGGAGAGGCCAAGUAAAAUAAAACUGACAUUGUAAAUAGAAAACAAUCCCUACUAAUGCAUCAUAACCAACCAGUCCAAAGGACAGUGUUUCCUGCAGGCAGCCACCUCUUAUGUGUAUUUGUUAAAGAGUUGCUGAAGAUUUGAACUGGCUGGUCAAGGAGCAGUUAUGGCGGUGAUAGUUUCUCUGGAGCUGUGCCCAGGAAGUAGAUGAACCUUCAUUCUCACACUCUGGAAUGCUCUACCUCUCCGGCUAUAGCACCUCCUGCUUGUGAUGGUUGGAAAAGGCACAUUCAGUCCCAGGGGGUGAUGAUUUCUCUGGAGGUGUGCUCAGGAGUUGGAUGGAUCUACUAGGUCCUGGGAUUCAAAAGUAAUUCUGAGGUUUUAAAAGCCUCUCAGUUUCAUUAUGUAUCCAUAUAUUAUGAAUGAUUCCUAAGCUUAUUUUCUUAUUAUGGCAGAAUAUACUUCACAUCUGUUCCAACUAUCGGUUCCAACAUGCCCAGCAGAAUAAUAUCUACUAAUAGAGAUGGAAUGAUAAAAAUAUUACAUAUAUGCUGUUAGUAACACACCAGUAGAUAUUCAAAUAUGAUGUUGCAUUCAGGUCACACAUCACAUUCAGGUUCAGUGAGAAUAAAAUAAAUAGGGGAAAUGUUUAAUCUAGCUAAGUACAGAUUCAGUUGUAUUUAAUAUCAAGGCUUUGAACCCUAAAACUCAUGUUUUUCUGACUCCUUCAGGCUGGUAACUUUCAGCAGCCCCAAUAAUGCCACUGGGCCUCAAAUUGUUCCUUUUCCCACUCUCAGCAACCCUGAAGCAGCUCCUGAUAUAACUUCUGUGCGAGGCAUGGACUUGGUGUCCUUAAUUUAGCCUUGAUAUCUCAUCUAACCCUGACAGUUGAAGGCCACAGUGGCCUUCUGAAAGUCUGCUGUGUGAACAUUGUGUUUUGCAGCAGUAGCAGCUGCUAGUGCUUAGCAUGCCCCUUCCUCUUGUGAAGUUUUUACAUAGGUACUAGAGCUGAGCCAAAAUUGCUCAGAAGGCAUUUUGCAGAAUUUCCUCCAGAUAGUUUUCGCUGUCUUUUUUUGCAGUAGCUACCACAUCUACCCUGCAAUGUGCUGGACUGAACAUAGGCGAACAGCAUUCUAGAAGAUUACUUGGAGUGGGGCUUUUAGUGGGGCUGCCCCUGUUCUGUCAGAGGCGUUUUUCGGGGAGCGCAAACGGUUCAGUUGCACUGGGAACGGAGCCUUGGGUGCGCUGCAGGGGGUGUCACAACUAUGAAGUGCACUGAAAGGAAAGAGCUAGUAAAGGUAAAGGGACCCCUGACCAUUAGGUCGAGUCGUGACUGACUCUGGGGUUGCGGCGCUCAUCUCGCUUUAUUGGCCAAGGGAGCUGGCAUUUGUCCGCAGACAGCUUCCAAGUCAUGUGGCUAGCAUGACUAAGCCGCUUCUGGUGAACCAGAGCAGCGCACAGAAACGCCGUUUACCUUCCCGCUGGAGCGGUACCUAUUUAUCUACUUGCACUUUGAUGUGCUUUCAAACUGCUAGGUUGGCAAGAGAAGGGACCGAGCAAUGGGAGCUCACCCCAUUGCGGGGAUUCGAACCACCAACCUUCUGAUUGGCAUGUCCUAGGCUCUGUGGUGGGCACCAAAUUUUGGCAUCGCUGAAAUUUGAGACCACAAGGUCUGCCACUGGUUCUGUGGAACAGAAGUCCUGUUGAGAUACAAUAGGCAUCCACUGCUUGUACUUUCUGGAAAAAGUUGAAGACAUUUUUCUUCUGACUGGCUUUUCCAGUUGAAUAAAUGGGUCAUUUAACAUGAAAGUAAAACUUGUUAGGGUUUUAGUCUUUUUCUUCAAAUGUAUUUGCUGUUUUUUCUGUUUUUAACUGUUUGUAAAUUGCCUUGAGACAGUGGUUUAGAAGGCAAUUAAUGAUUUUUGUGUAAUAAUAAUACAAAAUGGUGGUCAGGUUGCCCACACAUUUGCUGAUGCUGCCACUCACAGCAACAUCAGCAAAACAAAAACGUCUUAGGAUCAAUUGAUGUGCAAUUGCUGCUACUGAUGAUAAGCCCUUCUUCUGAGAAACCCUCUUCUCCUUCCUUUGCACCAAGUCAGUGCAAAAACCUGGAGGCUGUUGGAUCAGCACAGCUGCCUGCAUUUCUGAGCUAUCCUCAAGGGUCUGGCUAUGGACUCUAUUUGGAGAUAAUGGCCAUGGGAGCUUCAUGAAAAGCUCCUGAACUUCAACAUUUACCACUACAUCACCGGGUACAAGUGGCUGGUAUGCUUGUAUUAGAAGUAAUUAUUUUGUUCUGUCCCAAUCUCUUUCUCACAUUUAUUAAAAUGAAAUAGUUGCUGUUUCAGAGAAGUCAUACCUUGGCAGAGGAUGGGAAAAUGAUGGGGAGGAUGGGAUGUGCGCAUUUGAGAGAAAGAACAUGUAGCAUGUAGAUAUUAAAGCACUGAGAGUGCAAUGAUCUCAUUUGUGCUUAUUUCACACUGGUAUCAGUAGCAUUUCUUCUAAUCUACAUUAAUUUUCCUGAGAACAGAAUCAGUCCUUUUCUUCUUCUUGGAAUAACUGCCACUUUGAUGUAUUAUACAAAAGCAGCAACCUCUCCAGCACAGCCUUAUAUAGAUGGUUGAAUGGAACGUCCCUCUAAAAAUAGUGUUCUCUUUGACUUUGAGGUGCCAGGCAAUAUGGAAACUGUUAUAUUUUGAGCCAACGUUUUGGAAAAUGGAUCCAACAGCCCUUUAAUUGUCUGGCAGCACUGUAAAAUACAUGAACUGACCCACCAAGCUCUAUGAAAAUGGGACAUUGCAAGCAGAAGGAUUUUUUUUUUUUGUAGGAAUAAUAAGAUAUAGAAUGCCCUUGGUUUGAUGCAGCUUAAGUUACACUUUUGGAGACUUACGUCUUGUCUUAGGGUGUCACCCAUAUUAUCUGGUGGUUGGUGGGGAAGGUGCAACUGAUUUUAAAGGAUAUGCUUGGAACACUUGUGCCUAAACCCAAACAUGUUUAGGAUCAGGCUGCAUGCCUCCGAACACAGUGUAGUGACGCAGGAUGCUGGUAUUAUCAAACUCAGUGCCCUGCUGUUGCAACUCAGUGCUGGUGUAGAAUACAAAAUCUUCCUGCAGGUUGCAAAGGUGGCUUUAUAAACUGCAGCACAAGCACCUCUAUAAUAGCACAGGGGAGUCAAAGGGAGUCAAAAUUCAUUCAACGGUUGGGAAUGUAAUAGCUAUAAGAAAACCACGUGAAAAUCUGUGCAUGCUGGUUUCAAGCCUGUGGCCAGCCAUGUACAAGUCAGGGCAAACAAACUGAGAGCAAUCAAAGCAGGUGAGAUCCAGGGAGACACAAGGCAGAGCAAGACAAAGGCAGCCAAAGAAAGCACUGACCAAUGAGCUCUAACCAGAGUGGUUGAGCAACAUGCCAGCAGCCUCUCCAGCUUCCUUUUAUAGGGGAUAGUCUUUGAGACCAAAGCAGAGUAGCUUCAUGUAAACCAGCAUUCCAAAGGAGAAGCAGGACUGUUCUUGACAGGAGACCCACCCUACCCCACAUAGCAUGCAAACCAAGUAUGGUUAGUUUUUCCUUUUUUCUAACCCCCCCCCCAAAAAAAAAUAUUCUGAACAGAACACAGGAUGCACAUGGCAACACACAUGUGACUAUCCCAGGGCUACUGCAAAACAAUGUCUCUGUGCCCAGAUAGUUAAUCUCUGUAUGAAAAGGGCAACAUAUUCUAGAGGUCUCCCUACAUGAUUUCUGCCCUGGGCCUACUCCCAAUUUUAAUCAGGUGCUGGAAAAUGGGAAGGAGAUCUUUAAUACACCAAUCAAACAGGUUAAAAGUCCAAAACCGAGAAGUGAUACCACUCUGAACAAAUGGGAAUGCAUUGUGUCCCACGAAGCUACAAUAUUUUUUAAAUAGAAAAUGCAUUAUGUCAAUCGAAAGUGGAUCCGAAACUCUUUAUCACACAGUUUUUGAAACUCAGCAAAUGUGUAAAAAAAUGAAACUUGCUCUUUCAACAACAGUUCACUUUGUCUAGAGCAGGGGUCAGCAACCCGCGGUUCCGGAGCCGCAUGUGGCUCUUUUACACCUUUGCCGCGGCUCCGGGGCGGAUACUAGCGAGGGGAGGAGGCGCAUUGUGUGCCCCGACACUCCCCACUGUGGUGGGCGCUGUACUGGCUGUGACGUCGCAUGGGGGCGGUGCGUGCAUUAGUCACGCACCGUCCCGACGUCACCUUCCCGCCCGCCCGCCCGCCCGCUACAUUGUAAGGGGCAUGUAUGCUGGUCACUGUUUUGAAGGGGAGUGAAGAACACACACACACAAAAAGGUAACUUGUUAAUUUAACGUUUAUUUAUAUGAGGAGGAGUAAUUCUGAGGGGUCAAACAAAGAAAUAAUAAAAAAGUGACAAAAAAGUUAUUUUUAUAAUGACGAAUUUUGCGGCUCCCAGUUUUUUUUCCUUCGGAAACGGGUCCAAGUGGCUCUUUUUGUCUUAAAGGUUGCAGACCCCUGGUCUAGAGUAUUCUCAGUGAAUUUAAUAGCACAAUUGUAAAUCUAACCGGUUUUUUUGUUUUGUUUUAAACUAAGCAUUCAGAUGAUGAGAGGAAAGUAGUGGGAGGCCCUUAAAGGGACCCCAAAACUCUAGCCAUUACCCUCUGCAAUUCUGUUUGAAUCCUGCCUACCAUGCAGCCUUCUAAAAACAGAAUCUAAAGGAACUGUCACAAAAGGUAAGGAGCCAAAGACCUAUCCCUCCCGUCACCCUUGGUAAUUUGAGCACCGUUUUAACUCCAGCUACAGUUGCCUUACUUUCAGGGCUGAGGAGAAGCUGCCCUUCUAUAUGCUUUGUGGCUCUUGGUGUUGACUGGUAGGCUGCCCAAGCAAUGAGUCAAGUAGCAAAAAAUAUAUUACAUUUCAAUAUUACCCAGUGACAUCACCGAGAGUGAUAAUUGCAUGCUGGGUGGAAAAGAGGCCUAUAAAACACCCCUGAUUCUUUUCGUGUUGCUUCCAGUAUUCCUGCUGGGCAGAGUCACACAUGCCUUCCUCAUUUAUUUAUGUCAUCGAGUGCAGGAAAGCAAUAAACUAGACCAGUUGGAAGAAACAGAUACAGGCAAUAAAAGGGCAAUUAGCUGCUGUAGCUGCUAUGAGGCUUGCUUUUGCUAGGGUUAUGGCCAAAGAUGACUUGUAAUGGGCAUUGUUCUCUAUCAGGAAAAUCUGGAGAGAAAGUAAAACUUUAUUCUAAGCACAGAAGGGAGCUAACGGGAUGCGGAUGUCAUUUGCUGUGUAGUGAAGUACAUCCUUACUUGGGGAUAGACAAGAAAACUGUGAUUAGGUGGAAACAGACACCACAAACUUUGCAUAAGGUGUAUGGAGCAAGAAGCCCUCUAGCAGACAUACAAGGACAUCAUUUUCCUCCUUUGAAAAGAUGUUCACUGGAAUCUAUAAACAUUCCCUGGUUCUAUUCCGGCUGCCAGGUCAUAUUUUGAUGUUGCUUCUUGUUAUUGCAUCCUUAAGAUCUGUGUGAACAGAAAAGCAGGGAGAAAAUGGCUGAAAACUUAAGUCACUUCCAGAAGACCUUUUUAAUGAGCAUUCAGUUCUGAAUUGUUUGCAGAAAAAAUGUGGGGAGAUUAUACACCAUCUGCUGCUUAUUGAGCUUUCAUUCUGAUUUGCUUGUGGGGAGGUCAUAGGUUAUCCCAAACUUUCCAGUGCAUUUCCUCAUUAUUUACUGAAGAAAAAGCCCUCUCUUAGUUUUGUUUCUUUGGAAGCAGGCUUGCCGCGCAAGAAUGUCAGAUCCACUUUAACUGAACUGCGUGGAAGGGUGGUGUACAAAUUUAAUCAAUAAUAAUAAUAAUAACUGUGCACCCUGAGUUUGCCAGCAUGCUGCUGAAUCCAUCUGUGAUGCAAUGGAUCCAUGCAUCUGGCUGUUAACCAGAAGGCCAUCCAGGGACAUCUGUGGGCAGGAUUCCUGCACUGCAGAGAGUUAGACUAGAUGACCCUUAGGGCCUCUCCCAACUCUAUGAUUCUCUGAAUCCCAUCUGCAAAGUUGGAAGCAGUCUUGCACUACUGUGUCAAUUAAAAACAGCAACAGGAUUUCAGGAGGAAUUAAAAGCAAAGCAGAUGACAGAUUCUGGUGCCAGUAAGAAGUAAAGGAACUUCAGUGCACAUGGAAGAGAAUAGGUAUUGAUAGCACUCUAAACAAUUGUUUGCCCCUUUCUGUUAUUCCAGGGAUGGAGGAACUGUGCUUCUCUAGCUGUUUUUUGAACUCUAGCUCCCAGUUAGUAUGGUUCAUUCAUUCGUUCAUUCAUUUGACAUUUUCCCACAAGAUUGUGCCCAGCAUGACUCACAACACAUCAGAUAAACAUCAAAAGAAUGUAAGAGCCUAUGCAAAUAAUCAAAGCGUCAAUAAGUAAAUACAUUUUUCACAAAACCAAUUCAUACAACAUUGCACAAAGCCAUACAAAUAAACUAACCUGAUUUAAGAGAUUAAAAUGAAAUAAAAAUGGUAGCAAGCAAGGUGAAAAAGAUCCCAGUUAUCAAGAAUUACCAUAAUUAACAUGCACAGAUUGGAGGGGAGUUACAUAUCUCCUUCAUAGCAUCAUUCCUCCCAGCUUUCAACAGCAUCUCUUCUCUUGCUACAUUUCCCAUCUCCAUGGAAGUAAAGAGUGCUACUCCUCUUUCACCCUCCCAUAGACUCACAGUCAGGGAUGAUGGGAGUUGUAGUCCAACAAUAUCUGGAGGUUCCAUCUCCCUGCCUUAUUCUUUCCCCAGCCACACAUACUUUAAGCUAAAACAAGCAUUAGCAGGGAAAGUGACAUAAGAGCCAGUUCCGUAAGACGAGAAGUUUGAGAGCUCAGACAAAAUGCUGUGUUGCCGGGGGAAAUGGAGACUUGCACAAUAUUCUCUGAUGGAACGUGGAGCUCCAAUGUGAUGCACGGGGCUCACUCUUUGAAAAUGUGCUGUGUCGUCAGCUUGCCAGGUUAACAUUUUGGUGAGCGUUACCUCACCCCUGCUUCGGUUGCUCACCUUGGACUUUGGCCAGGGGGAGGAGGAGGGAAAGGCAGUCCAUUAGCACAAUGAUAAGACUAGCCCAUUUAGGUACUGCUUUGGAAACCCAAGCAAGCUUUUCCUUCCACUGAACUCAACUGGUUAUUUGGAUGCAGACAGCAAGAGGGGCCUUUGCUCUAUGUGGUGGAAUGGUCCGUCUCUUGCAGCCAUUCAUUUAUUGUGGGUAACGAAACUGAAAUGUACCCUCAAAGGUGGCAUUUAUUCGACUCUAUAUUUGAAACCUGUGUAUCUAAACAAGCUCCACUGAUGUCAGUGUUUUGGACUGGGUGGAUGUGUGGAGGAGACAAACUUCAUAUGCAGUAUAUAGCAUGACUGGGGAGGAGAGCUUAUUCUGGAGCACAGGAAAAUUGGUGGACUUCAGUACAGAACAAACUCUCCGGGGGGGGGGGGCAGAAGAAAGAUCAGAACUGGCUGGCAGAACCACUAGGGUUUCCUGUCUCCCAGUUGUUUUAACACCAGCAACAACAACAACAGCAUCUUAAUCUUAAUCUUAAUGUCAACCCCCCACAUUUCCAGGUCUUUUUGCUGUUUGUUUGUUUUUAAAUUAAUCAUGAAAAUUAAUUCACAUUAUAGUGCAAUUUCUCCUUAAAUAUAUAUGUAUAACAUAUACAUUUUUUAUUCAAUGUUGGCUAACAUUUUUGCAAAAAGAUUUCCCUUACAACAAUGCAUUUUGUUUGUUAUUUUCACUAAUACAUGCAUUUUAAUGUAAACUUUACCAUAGAAUAUGCAUUUUUUUAGCAUUACUAGAAGUGCAUGGCAAAAUUCAGAAAAGUGAAAAUUUCAAAGGAUUCACACAUUGUUUGGGAAUGUUUACCCUAAAUGCAAACUAAAUCAGAUUUAUCCCUCGUCCCUGAUACCAACCAAGCACUCAUACCCAAAACAGUCACACGCAACAAUGUUACAGACCUCUCCACUAGCUUCACCCUCAUACCUUUCUUACAAAGGCUUGCUGCCAAAAAUACAAAAAAUGUGAACUUUAUGCAUAUCUGCAGCUCUAAUGGGCAUAUGCUCCACACCCACUGAAACAUUAUCUGAUUGGUUGAGACAUAUGUGUGUCUAUGUCCCCACUCUGGUAUGGGAAACUUGUAAUAACUCAUGACAACUUAUGAAAUCUCACAACCUGUAGCCUUUGUUGUUUAAUGUCACCUAUGUCCAUCGCAGACAUUAAGGAGACCACCUUAAAAACUUAGGUUAGUGCUUGCUGAUAAGCUCCUUCCCUACAGCUAAACCUCUCUUGCAUCCCCAAGCCCAGCUUUUGGGGUGUGUCCAGAAUACUGUUCCAUGCUCCUCUUUUCAAGAUGCUCCAAGCCUGUGGUUCACUGUGGGAUCCAGAUUCUCUUUUUCUUUAGCCAGUAUCUGUUUCAUGCUGCUCAACUCUGUUCCCUUGCCUUUGUUUUCUCCAAACUAGUCAGGGUACCUUGUACAGGACACCAGCCAUUCUGUUUCUACAAUUGAAAUGCAAUGAAAUCUAGAGGAGAAUAAAACUAGCUUAUUCCACAGCGGAGAGAGAAAAAUUCAAAACCAGCUGAAAACUGGGCAAAACAAGGGAGUUCCACAACUUGGGUGUCAAAACGAAAAAAACCAUGAAAGGCAUGAAAUCAAGGAAGCCUUCAAGGAUGUUGGGACAAAGUAUCUGAUGUUGAGUGCAGUGUGUCAGCAGAAGCAUAUGGGAGAAGGCAGCCAUUCAGCUACCUCACCCUAAACAAAUAAGGGCUUUCUAUGUAAGAACUCGUGCUUUAAAUUGUGCCCAGAAAUGACAAUGGAAUCAGUGGAGAGAAAUCACUUUUGGAAUAAUCCAAAAGCAGACUCCAGAAAUCGCUCUGGCUGGCAUGGAGUGAAUUCUGCAGUUCUUCUUCUGCUAUAUCUGUUUUGAACUCUUGCAGCUAUCAGUUUGUAUUCAGUGAUUUGUAAUAUAGUGUUGGGGUCAGUAAGGUUAAGCCCUCCAAUUUAAGUUCAGGUUUGGGGUGCAUGUGGACCUAUAUUACUAAAUCACUAAAUUCAGGAAACAUGCUUUUAACACAAUCAAAAUGCAAAUCUGAAUUUCUCAUAGUGUCAACUUGAUACUAUGAAAAAUUCAGAUUUGCGUUUUGAUUGUGUUUUCUUCCUGUGUGCAGUUUCAACCAGCAGGUGGCACACUACUGAACUUACCUUAGAGGGAGAGCUGUAUAUUAUGGAACACAUCUUUCAACAGGAGCAAUGCUCUGCACCAGGGGGAAGGAAAGGGAGACUUUUGAAUGUUCCAGUAAGGCAGCUGUUGUCUAGACAUAUUCAACAUAAGGUAGUUCAAGGCUGUAGAAAAUGACUGCAGAAGGCCAGAAUGGAUUUCUGCUGUUGGAGAACGGAUGGCAUAUUUAAACCAAGCAAUUUUAACAACUACUGUAUCUUAGAGUCAAAGAAGCUAAAGGCAGUCUUCAUUAACCUCCUGUGUGGCAGGAGCAGUGGAUUAAAUGCCCUAAUGGUGACUAGAGAGUUUGUUUCCUCUAUAUUUAAAACCCAACUUCCACCAAUAAUGACUAACAGCUUCAGCCAGAUUGAAAUUGGAAACUCCUGUCUUUUCCCUUGACAUCACUGACAACUUUUAUUUUCAGCAACCAAAUAUUUCCCUGGAAUAUGCAUUGUUCUUUGUUGUAAGAAUGCAGGCUCCCAUACGCUACCAAAUAUUAGCACCAAGGGUUACUGAAAAUAAUAAUAAUAAUAAUAAUAAUAAUAAUAAUAAUAAUAAUAGGAAAGCCCUUGAUUCUGUAUUGCAAGCAAAAACAAGGCAUUUAAUUGUUAGAAGGGCAUCCCAAAGGUUCGAGACCGGGGUUCUUCCAAACUUGCAAGGGUGUUUAUAUAUUCCUUCAAGGGAAAGAUGUGCACAGCAUACCACACCAUAUUUGUAAAUGUUUAUCAUCUCUACAAGGAGCAAUUAGGCUAUGGAGGGUGUGCUUUGAUAUUGUUCAAAUGAGUGCCAAGUAUUCUCAACAGUGAAGAUGUCCACAGCUAUGCCUAGGAUUACCCUACUGAUGGUUAUCUUCAAGACAUUCUGUCAGUUAGUUUCUUCAGAUGACAGGCCCAAAUGAGAAGCAUUAAGGGAAAAUGUUGAGCCAAGUAUACUCUGCUCUGAGUGAGGGUGCACUAGGAAUUAUUGUUUGUAACCAAUAAGAAGUUGUAAGAAGCUUUAAUGUAAUGCCACAAAAUUCACCAUAAGGAAGAUGCAUUUGUUAGAGCAGAGACAGCAAAUAUAUACAAUACCUCUGGCAGGAACCUUAUUUGAGGAGGUCAAAUGAUGCAGAGAUUAUUGAUCCACUUUGAAUUGGCAUCUGGCUUUUUGGUUCUCCUGCCCUGUUCUCUGACACCAAAAGCAUAUUUGAAGAUUGUGAUGUACCAUACUGUAGUGCUUUGUUGUCAUGGAUUAGAUCCAGAUAUUCACUGAUUGCUAAUAAUAAAAGCCAUUUACUGGAAAGGGCACAAGACCAGCAUUCUAUUCGACAGAGAAUAUGAACUCAGCUUCAUUAGCAUGUUUCAUCCCUGCCAUUCCCCAUUUCAGGCAUCUCUUUUUAUCCAUAGAUCUGCGCAGUGCCAAGAAUUCUAUAAACAAGAGUGCUUGGGUGUACUGCUGGGCACUUCUGAGCCCAUUUCCCCUUCUCUUUGCAGAGAUGUCCUUAUUUGCUGUUGCAUUGGCUAAUAUAAUUGAGUUCUUAGAUGCCCACCUGGUUAAUGUCACUGCACAUCUCAGAAUAUUAUAUUAUUUCAUAGUCCAUGCGAACCAUAACAGAAAGUAGAUAUCUUAUGUUAGUCCUGGAACUCAUAAAAUACUAACAAUUUGUCUUGCUAGUACUUCCAAGUAUUAGCUGCCAGUUCCAACAAUGUAAGAUUCUAUUUAUGGCCUCUGGUGCUUUACGUGACUUGAGUCAUAGAUAUCCCAGACCUGUUUCUUCUACCCAUGCAAUCUGAGAUAAUCCAAGGAAUGCAGACUUGCUUUAAUUCAUGGAACAGUUGUGUUUGGACUAAAAACACAAGGGCCACACUUCACAUCUGAGGAUAAAAAUGAGGACUCAUUUUUCCAUUGUGUUCAUUCAUCCCUGCAUAGAACUGAUCUGUUUGAAAUAGUUUUCAGACUAAGGAAUAUCUCAAUCAACUUGCACAAUUAUAAAUUACGCAUUUUGUAAUUUUGUUUCUUACAAAUUCACGUAUAAAAGUAAGGCUCCGGCAUAAUCCAAGUGGAAAAAGUCACCAAAAAUUAUCAGUCCUAUCAAGGUAUGGACUUGUCUUGGGAUCUACUAACAGGUGCACCCUAAAGUCACCAUGCUUCAAUUCCAAAUCCAUUUUAUUGAAAAAAUCCUCUAGGAUAGUCACUUCAGAUUUUUGUUUAGAAGGAAAAUGUUUUGACAGAGCUUUCUAUUUACUUAAUCCAACUGAAUACCAUGAUGCCACGGUUCCUAGUAUUAAGCAUGUGCUAUAUGUGGCAAGCUUUCUACAUAGGGAAUAAUUUUCAAAAUGUGCCCCUCCCCACCAGCUUGCAACCUGAAACAAUUCUGGUCAUCCUGCCACCUCAUAAUACUUCACUCUGCUCCAUGAGUCGACCAAACCAAAAAAGAGAAUGUGACUGGCCAGUUUAUGUGAAUCAGUUUAAAUAUUGAUUCCCUUGACCAUCUAAGCCCACUGCAACCACGUUUUUUUAAUUAUGGGGAUGAUUAUGAUUUUUCAUGUUGUUACUGUUGUUAUGCAAGUUUUUUUUCUGAGAUAGGUUUUUGCAUAGGAGCAGCACAUGUGCAACUUAGUGUAUAGAAAACAAACCCUGUCUCAGCUGAGUGGUUGGUGGCUGGCAGCAGGUGACUUCCAGGACCAUCUCAAACCAUGAGAUGGACAACUCAGAGACAACUCAGAUGGGGAGUAGCUAGCCUACAGCAAGUGUGAGGAAUUGGAUCCAGUCAGAGGGCUAAAUCCAGAAGUGGCAACCCCUCCAUGGGCCACUUUGACAACUGUCAGGGGCCACCCAUCUGUCUGUCACUUGUCGUCAUGUGACAUUAUGUCACCGAAGUUUCAAGAUUCAUCAUUUUCAGCCCUGGUUUGAAUUCAAGCCAUGCUUGCAAAGGAAAACUCAAGAGUGUGCUCCCAAUUCUUUUCUUGCAACCAAAAUUGAGCACUUUUUAAAAUUUGAUGCCUUCUUUCUGUUAGUUUGCAGGAGUGGGCUCCUGGUUCUUCCUUUUUUGCAGCCACAUCGUUAGGCGUGGGAAAAGUGGGCAUGGUUCAUCCAAAAUAGCCUGGUGGGCCAGCCCCUGGGUCCUUGCAGGCCUAAUUACAACCCCAGGCCACAGGUGCCCAACCAGUGAGUUACCAGCUCAAACCACUGUGCAAGGAGCUGUAAUGUUCAUGUAUCUGUGUUCUGCUGAGGCAUUGUUGAGUCUGCUUCACAUUGCUUUGUAUCUAUUCCAUUCACUUAUUCUCAUUUCAAAUCUAGAUUAUAGAUAUGCAGAAAAAGAAACUCUGUGAUAAUGUAUCAAGACUUCAGCAAUUUCAGCAGUAAACUUGCAUACCAUCCAACUUUUUUCUGAUGAAAAUAGGGACAUCCUAUUCCAUACCUUCCAAUAAUUUUCUGAUGAAAAUCAGGACGUCCUAAAGAAAAGUGGGACAUUGGAGGAUCUAAACCAGCUGUAGAAGCAGAUGCAACAGAUUCCUGUCUUAAGAACUGAGUUCAAUGGAAUUUCAUUCUUCCUGUUUGCAGCUGAAGACAGCUGUAUGUAGCACUGACUGCCUGGAUCCUUGUGAUGUCACAAGUAGUAGUAGUAGUAGUAGUAAUAAUAAUAAUAAUAAUAAUAAUUUUAUUAUUUAUAUCCCACAUAUCUGGCUGAGUUUCCCCAGCCACUCUGGGCAGCUUACAGCACAUAUAAAAAUUGUAAAACACCAAACAUUAAAAAUAUCCUAAUACAGAUGUCUUCUAAAAGUAAGAUAGUUGUUUAUUUCCUUGACAUCUGAUGGGAGGGCAUUCCACAGAGCUGGCACCACUACCAAGAAGGCCCUCUGCCUGGUUCCCUGUAACCUCACUUCUCGCAGUGAGGGAACCGCCAGAAGGACCUCGGAGCUGGACCUCAGUGUCCGGGCUGAAUGAUGGGGAUGGAGAUGUUCCUUCAGGUAUACUGGGCCAAGGUCAUUUAGGGCCUUAAAGAUCAGCACCAACACUUUGAAUUGUACUUAGAAACGUACUGGGAGCCAAUGUAGGUGUUUCAGGACAAGUGUUAUAUGGUCUCAGCAGCCACUCCCAGUCACCAGUCUAGCUGCCACAUUCUGGAUUAGUUGUAGUUUCCAAGUCACCUUCAAAGGUAGUCCCACGUAGAGCACAUUGCAGUAGUCCAAGCGGGAAAUAACUAGAGCAUGCACCACUCUGGCGAAACAGUCUGCAGGUAGGUAGGGUCUCAGCCUGUGUACCAGAUGGAGCUGGUGGACAGCUGCCCUGGACACAGAAUUUACCUGUGCCUCCAUGGACAGCUGUGAGUCCAAAAUGACUCCAAGGCUGCGCACCUGGUCCUUGAGGGGCACAGUUACCCCAUUCGGGACCAGGCAGUCCUCCACACCUGCCUGCCUCCUGUCCCCCCAAAACAGUACUUCUAUCUUUUCAGGAUUCAACCUCAAUCCAUUAGCCGGAUUGAGUCUACUCCUAUUCUCUAGAGCAGGUUUUCAAUAUUUAAAAAACCACGGAACAAAAUAAAUGCUGAGUUAUAAAAAUAACCAUUGAAAUGUGAAUGACCCUGUAAAAGAGCAAGGGAAAUGAUUGAGUAUUCAAGUGGUACAUCAUUGGCAUUUUGAAAGUGGAAGAAGCUAGCCACAUCCCACUGUAGAAAUACAUUCUAAGGUGCCUGGUUUUUGUUUUUAUUCUGAUACAUCUGUCCAACCUACUUUAUUAUGUUUUUCAACCAUUCUCUAUCAAUCAAGAAAAUUAUCAAGGGUUUUUUGUUGCAGCUAGCCUGCUUCUGAGGUGGCAGAGGAGUUUUAGUGAGUGUCCUUUUUUCAUUCUACAAACCAUCACUCUGGUCAUCUGCAUAUUAUAGCCUUCCGGGGCACCCAAUUUGAUUGAAAUCAAGGGGCAUGAGCUGGUGAUAUGUGGUCAGCAAUAAGAGAGAGAGAGAAAAUGAAAAUGUAAGUAGAUGAAAUGUAGAAGAAUUUGAUAAAUUACAGCAAUCAUUGCAGUCUUUCAUAAAUCAAAACAAUGGAUAAAUACAGCUUUCUUAUGGCAAUUUGUUGCUCCAUACGAAUGAAAUGAACUUUUUUCCUGCCACUAUCUGAAUAGAUGCUUUACUUUUUAUUUGUUUCAGAUUCGCAGUAAAAGCAAAGCAUCCAAGGCUGGGCUGUGUGAAGGGGAUGAGGUGAUAUCUAUCAAUGGCAACCCUUGUGACAACUUGACCUAUUCUGAAGUUAUCGCUCUGAUGGAAGGCUUGGCUGACACUCUCCAGAUGCUUAUCAAGAGGUAAACAAACCUCAGCUUGGCUACUUAUACUGAUAAGGUCCAUGUUAUAGUCCCAUGGGGAUUUUAGGAACCAACUUUGCACUUUCUGUGCCACUUUACACAAUUUUUAAUAUACCAUUUUAAGAACACUUAUUUUCACAAUCACAAUGCCUGGUUCUUUGCACUUCCUAAUUGCAUCCAGAAAGUGCAAAUUAAUUACAUGGAUGAUUAAAUUAUUUCAUUGGAAAACUGAGCCUUCGACCCUGAACAAUUUACUAAGGAUUAAUUCCCAUGGAAGUAGGUAUAGGAUCAUUCUGACAGUCAUAACAUAAAAUUAUCUAAACUUUCAGAGGGAUCAGAGUAGUGUUCACUUUUUAAACAGCAUCAGCCUGUUGAAGUUCAUACAGUGGUGUGAUAGGAGUUGUACCACUUAUCAUUUAUAUAAUAGAAAAUGCAUUUGCCCAAUAAGAGUGAAGAUUAAAUCCCACAGACCAGAUACAAAUACUGAAAUUUAAGUCCUAGAGGGAACAAUGCGCUUUGUAUCUUGUGGUCAGUCUCCCCACAACAGAAGUGCAACUUGGUUAAUUGUAAUCAUCAUCAGACUUUAAAGAAAGAUGUUUAAUCCUGCACAGCAAAUGGCAAACAUGUACUGUUGGGGACAGGAGAUGGCGUAUAAAGAAUUCAAGUAUAUCCAUAGGCAGAGAGCCUUUUAAGGGGGGAAUUCUUUGUGGCUCUGUUUCUGUCUCUCCCUCUUUCCCUCCCUCCCUCAUUCCCUCCCUCUCUCCUGUCCUCACAUAAACAGAAAUCCAGACACACUAAGCUACCAAUAAAGGCUAACAUUUAUCUGGCUCACUCCCAGUCUUCCUUCCUACAAGGAAAUGUUUACAGAUUCAUAGUUUAUUAAGCACCACAAUUGAUUGUCCAAAUAACACAACAUGAUGGAAACCAGCUACAUUCACAGGGCUGCAUAAAUUAAGAUGCUUGACCUUUUGGGAGCUCCGUCCAUGGUUUGAUAGAUAUUAUGGACCAGCCCUGUGUCCAGGUACUGUUUCCAGCAACUGAUACAGAUGUGCAAGACAGAGACAGAGUGGGACUGAGAUUUGCCAGAACAGAUGGCUUUUUAAGCAUGUCUUUUAAUUUACCAGUUUCCCCUAAAAUCUUCAGCCAACAGUGCCAGAUCUUGCAUAAUUUAUUCAUGCUUUUUAUUGAGUAUACUGAACUUUUGCUUCCUCAAAGCCAGAUAGAAAAUUCAUGGUAUAUCACUUGGAUGUACAGUGGUACCUCGGGUUAAGUACUUAAUUCGUUCCGGAGGUCCAUUCUUAACCUGAAACUGUUCUUAACCUGAAGCACCACUUUAGCUAAUGGGGCCUCCUGCUGCUGCUGCACCACCGGAGCACGAUUUCUGUUCUCAUCCUGAAGCAAAGUUCUUAACCUGAAGCACUAUUUCUGGGUUAGCGGAGUCUGUAACCUGAAGCGUAUGUAAUCUGAAGCGUAUGUAACCUGAGGUACCACUGUAUGGUUGUGGGGUCUGAGGGAACCAAGGACUUACAUUUCCCCCCCUUUCCUGUAAGAUGUGACAGCCUUGGGUCCAUAUUAGACCCCUUUAGUGCUACUGAGACACCACUCUGCAAUUUGCUGGAUUAAAAGAGAGAUCUCCAUAUGGCACAAUACUGUAUGUUUUUAUUUGUUAACUUUAUAUUUCACCCUUUGUCCCAAAGAGGUGGCAUUGAUAUUAACACACUUAACAGCUAUAUUAACUAGCAGUGCCCUUUCCCAAUGGCCAAGUGGGUUAUCAAUAAGACCCACAAGUAAGUUCCAUUCAGCAAAAGCCCCCAAUGACUUCAAAUAGAAAUGUACUACUCACAAAUUCAAUACAUUUUACUGCUUCUUAUUGAUCCUGCCUGUGGAAUUUGUGAGUAACUUCCCAUUAAACAGCCAUUCUGUGAAGUACAAUAUUAUUUAACUAAUAGAAGAAUUAGAGGGAAUCAUUAAUUAGACUCUCACCAUCCCAGAAACAAAAAAUGACUUGUCAUCUCUCCUGACCAGGAGCACCUCUGUUUUGCCUUUUCAUAUAUAGUCCAUUGCUGCCUCUAGGCAGUAACAAAGGGGUGAAUAGUUCUCUGAUGACAAUACUAUGACUUUCAUAUUGUAGAAUCUGGCUUCUAGGAGCCAAGAAAAGAGAAAAAAGUCAUUUUUAGAUGCUUUUGAAAAGCUUGUUUAAAAUGUGGGACACAUUGGGCUUGCCCUAAAAAUCAACUGGGCUUUGAAUGCUCAAAAACCCAAAGGAUUGGUUCACACAUUCACUGCCAAUUUUCCCCACAUUCUCACAGUAAAAGAUCUUGCCUUUGAGAAGGGAUAGGGUAUCCAAUGGCAGACAGCGAACCUUGAUACCACAAAGCAUUCCCUUAGCUGGAAGUCACAUGUGGCCUGAUCCUGCUGGGGACCAAGGGGAUUGCCAUUUGCAAUUAAGGACAGACCUUGUGAAGCCUGUCUUGUUUUGAAGUCAGCUUUCCCCCAUGUAUUAUGCCAUCAUUCCUCAAAGGUAAAGGUACUUUUCUCAGGGAAAUUGGAGCAAAAUCGAAGGGUAGCAGGGCAGAGCUUGGCCUUCCCUCAAAGACUCACCCCAUCUCCAGUUUCAGUGCUAAAGGCUAAAAUCCUCCAACCCUGUUCUUUAGAAUAGUUCCACUCAGUUGUGUGGCAUAUACGCUAAAUGAAGAACAAACCUUGGUGACAGCUCACUGUAUGUCCAGAGUGAGACAAACCAUGAGCGUGGGUGUUGAUGAUACACGAAGCCAAACUAUGGCUUAUUCCCAGUUAGUAUGGCAGCAGAACCACAGGAGUUGUGUGGCAGCCACAACCCUCUCCAAUAAUCUGCACAUUUGAACAUGCACACUAAGCUAUGGUUUGAUCUAGUGAAAAGAAUGCCAUCUUUAACAUGUUCUCCUUCAUAAUACAUGGAAAUACAUGGAAAUAUGUUUGAGGCUCAUCAAUAUACUGGAAGACCAGGAUAGAAAGAUGCAUUGGCAUCAAUGUCAACACUUGUUCAGGUGUCUACGUUUCUUACUGUUAGUAAAAAAAAACCCAAAAACUUUACUAGUUUUGUCCUACAAAGCAAAUUAUGUGAUAGAUUUAGAUACUAACUAGGAAGGAACUAGGAAACCACCUCACAUAUGGCUGGCAGCAGUGGAACUUAAUGAAGCAGGAUACCCAGUGCCACAUCCACAGCCCUGCCACUGAUGCUGGCCCGGGCAGAAGGUUGAAACUGAUUGUUUGCUUUGCCAGCUCCUAGACUGGUGCAGUGAAAAGGCCUGAAUGAGGCUUGUUGACAUCACACAACAGCAGCAGGGUUGACUUGGGAUCCAGAGGAUUUCUUGCUUGGCCAAACUCCAUUCUGAGAUUCAUUUGUAAACUCUUGGUUCUCCCCAGCUUAAGUCCAACACUGCAUACACCAGGGAUAGCUGUGGUGUGCUGUUGUUGGACUACAACUCCCAUCAUCCCUGACCAUUGAGCAUGCUAGCUGGGGCUGAUGGUAGUUGUACUCCAAAAGUCUGGAGGGCAACACAUUGACUACUUGUGCAAUGCACUGUAUUGAUGAUGUGAACUUUUUAAAAAGUAGCUUGAUACACAAUUAGAUUUACAACUCAGAUUCGUUAUUUGUGUCUCUGCAGAUCUUCCAGUGGAGUGAAUGAGUCCUUCAGUCCUGAAACAGAAAAUGGCAGUGACAUUAAAAAUGAGGAAUAUAAAGAGAGCACUACCCUGCAAAUCAGAACAGCAGCCCCCAGACCUCACCAACAACUGCAGAUCAUAGGGGCAACCCAUGAAACACUCCAGAAAGAGCAGCAAAGCGAUGCCGAAAGAGAUAUCACCCCUUCUCACAAAAUCCCUCCCAAAGUGAUAGAAGCCCCUAAAACACACUUCAUAGAGGUGCCUGCUCUCACCGGGGAAAAGCCAGGACCAACAGUUGAGCUCCAGUUGUCCCUCUUGCAUGGCAAACACAAAGGCAGCAGUGUUCCCAGCCUGACUGUCCUAGGAGCUGAACAGCACAAGUCCUCAGAAGCGGGAGCCAGCCUACCGCAAGAUGGGACUAGCUGGCUGACUGCAGGUCCCGCAGCUGAAAAAGACCAAGCUGUCCAGUGGUCAAGCAGAACAUUCCAGGCUGCUGGCGGCAAAGAGGUCAAAGCAGCCCUCAGAGCUGAGACAAAGGAGCCGUCUCUCACCAAGGUAGAGGUGAUCCUAGACUGCUCUGACAGGGCAAAGGAAGAGUUUGGGUCUCUGGCCGAAAAGGGGUGUGUGGAUUCUCAAGUGGAAGGAGGGCAGUCAGAGGCACCUCCUUCUGUAGUCUCCUUCGGCAUCUCGUCAGAAGGCACAGAGCAGGGAGAAGACGACCAGCACUCUGAAAGGGAACAUAGCAGACCUCACAAACACAGGGCAAGGCACGCCAGUGAGUAUGUUAUCGCUUAGAGGGUGGCUUUGCUUGAGACUUGCAUUUUGCAACGUAGAACAUUUCAAAGUACAAUUGCCUCCAUGUGCUUAGGAUUAAUAUAAACCUUAAAAGGGGGUUUCUUAAUAUCCCCCCUCAUUUUUCUAAAUGCCAUUCAGUUUCUGUUGUUUUGAUAUGUAGUUUUUGUAAGCCCUGUAGUAAUAAUUUAAAAAAAAAUCAGUAGGAAUUGAAUGUUCUUCAUAGCACUGACUAGAAAGCUCGCUUUGAAACAUUAUCUAGGACUGCUAACUUUCUACUGCUAAAAAUACUUGCUGGUACAGACAGCCUGUGGGGCUUCUUAACAAAGACGUAAAAGGCAAUUUGACAGAGAUUGUCCCAGAUGAGAGAAAUGUUGUCAGGCAUAUCGUUUCUUGCUUGUAGGUUUCACCAUGUACAAAGAAAGGCUGUGUUUUGUCUAGAAUUGGCAUACUUACGAUGCUACUUCUAUUAAAAGUCGAGAAGGAUUUUUUUAAAAAAAGGAAAAGUAGUGAAGUAGUGAAGCUUGAUGAUGCUUGCAGAAAGUCGCUUUGACAGACACCAGCAUGUGUAUUUUUGGCCAGUUAUAUGAUCCCUUUCAGUUUUGCAAGGCUUCUCUACACUGUAAAGUGAACUUACUAUUCCUUCUGCCUCCCAUACCUAGAGGUCAGUGCAAAAUCUACACAAGGUCUUUAAUUGGAAGUAAACUAGUUGACCAAUAGUACGACAGCUAAAAAAGACUAACUCAGAUGCAGCUUUUCUCAAAGCAUCCAUUUAUUGAUUCAGUUCUGUUCCUGGCAGUUGUGCAUUCAUUGUGGACUAUUUCAAGAAUUCCGUCAAGGGAUUUUUCAUUGCAAAAUGACAAAGGCUUGAUGCUAUACUGUAGCAUUGAGCUGUCUUGCACAGGCUGAGCAUGAUAACUCAUUACGAAUUCCCCUGCAAGCAUAUUUUUAGAAUUAUAGCCGUUUGCAUCAGUGUGUAAAUUAAGCUGUUGCUUAUGCUUAAAGUGCCCAGCUGUAAUCCACAUAUUUAUGUCAUAUUUAACAGAGUAUAAAAGAACAGCAUGCAUGCUUUGCAUUUUGGCAGUGAAGCCAGCAGCAACUGUGGGGUUGUGCUUGUCAGAUUACACCAUCGGUUUAGUUAGAAAGGGGUUUGACUAAAUACCCAUAAUUAAGCCAUUCAAGAUAGGAAUGUUUUGCAUGCUUCAAGUACCAUUGCAACGAAUACAAAUCAGGGAGUCGUAUUUCCUUUCUUAAAGAAGAAAAUACAUUCAUUUCUAAACACAUAAACAUAGGCUGGUAUCAAAAGAGUCACUAUAGGCUUAGGUACCAUAUACACAAGGGCUAACGUGCACCCAAUAUGAUUUUUGUCUCCCCCGCUCUUUGAAUAGUAGGCUCCCACACUCAUGUCAUAUCAUAAACUGCUUUAGAAACAGCUUCAAAUGUGUUUUACCAUGAGAUAUGGGAGAUUUCUGUUUGAUAACACCCAAAUCUAAAGUCUUCUGGGGUGUGCAUCUCUAGUUCCAGGGCUCUUUGGGUCCCAACAAGUAUCUACUAUGGAGGUCUCCAUGAAAACCAUGUUCCCUGGAUUAGGCUAUCUACAGCCUAAAAUAUUAUGUAACAUUGUUGUGUUAAAAUUGAUGCUGUUUGUGAUGCAUCAAAAGGAAAAUGGGGUAGUAUAUCCGACAUUGAAAGAUAAGCUAGCCUGUAAAGCAAUAGGGCUCCAUAUUAUAAGAUCAAUAUAUUCUAAUCUAUGCCAAUCUUCCCCAACCAAGUACUCUCCUGAGGUUGCUGGACUCUUCUCUCCCACCAUUCCUAGGCAGUGAUGUAAAAUGUCAGGGAUAAUGGGAUUUAUGGUCUAAAACAUUUGGAAGGCACCAGGUUGGGAAUUCUGUUCUAUGCUUUAGUACUCACACUACAGCCUGCUUAUCAUGUAGCAUGUGCCUGCCGAUGUUUAAGAUCUCAUGUCUUAUACAACUGUCUCUUUCCCCUUUUUGCCCAAUACAUGCCUCUGGAAGUGGGCAACCCAACCCUAUGCCUAUUUAUUCAGAAGUAUGUCCUCCUCUGAUUGAUGGGGCUUACUCUCAAAUAAGCGUGCAUAGGAUUCCCGUGAUACUGGUGGAAGCAUUUUUUGCAUUACAAUCCUUACACUUAGGCGCAGACCUACAUGUGUAAAAAAUGAAAUAUGAGAUGAAAUAUGAAUAGAAGGAAAUGUCGUUUAUCUCAGGAUAGCAAAAUGUGAGCAUUCAAUAGCAGUUCAUUCAAGGUGAAAAGUUUAUAUCCUCCAGAGCUUCUUUUUUAACAAAAACUAGAGACAUUAACAGAAAUUAGUUAUUAAAGUAGAGUUAGAACAUGUCUUAAAAAAAAUAAAAAUAAAUGUAAAUUAAUACCACUGAUUUAGGUCUGCUUACGGAGUCUGCUUUAUUUUUUUCAUUCCCCAGAGGAAGUACUUUCCCUAUUAACAGUCUGGUUACAUUUAAUUGAAGUAUUUAUUUCAUAUUGUUUAAAAAAAUCCAAUUCUGAAUAGCAUGAUUCAAUACCAUGGUUACAAUGAUUCACAUUCAAAAUGGUUUUCAAGGUACAGGGAAUAAAACUUAUUUUCCUGUGGCUAUAAAUCCUGGAUUAUCACACCUCAAGUAUUGUCUUUUUCUGUUUGUAGAAGAACUUGUGAUUUGUCUUGCCCUGUAAUUCAGCAGCAAAAUUGGGCUGCCUUCCGUAGGACCAGAUAUGGUACUGUUGGGAGAGUUCCCAAUAGCUACUUUGGGCAUGAUAGCUUAGACACCUCCAGUAGGAUCCUUUUCUUUUUCUUUUACUCUCCUCUCCUUUGAACAGAAGGCUAUCCAUGCCUUAUCAUAUAAUCUGCUUAUAAAAGCCUACUACAUUGCAACCAUGGUUUUCUAUGCCGCUCAGGAUAGAGAAAUACAGUCCCAGUAGGACUGUUUGUGUGUAUAUAUAAAAUAUUCCUGGUUUGAUUCAAACUCCUAUUCCUUAAACCAUAACUUUCAGACAUGUGGGGAGAGGGAGAUCUCUGAACAAGUUAAACCAUUUAACUAUUUCAGAGGAAUUGAUCUUGUUUAAGUUAAUAAACAUAUUCUUCAAACUUUUCCAGGAGCAUGUGUGCCUAACUCAGCAUCCAUAGUAUGUGUACGUCUAUCUGACACUUCUGAUUUAUCUUCUAUAUUAUACUGGCUUAUAUAUAUGUACACAGACAGCAGCAAAUAUGUGACAUCAAAAGCUCUUGAAAGUGGAGCUAGCAAAUCCAUAAGAAAAAAAAUUGUGCAAAGAAUGUCAGCCAGGGAGGAAUGAUUGCUAUGGAAUUUUUAUCAUGGCUGGAACUGUGGGAAAAGAUUAAUCUUAAUGCCUUUCCUAUGCAUCUUUACAUAAGGGGGAAGAUUCCAGCUCUAGAGAAAGAAAGAUUAGGACUGCACUCUUGCACCCCAAAUAGCUAUUGUGCAGCUUAUGGUUAAAAUGGCUCUCAUGUUACGCUGUUGCCUGAGAUGUGUUCUUUAAUCCUUUUCUGCAGGGCUCAGACGGAGCGAGAGUCAGUCAGAGAAGCAGGUGAAAGAAGCCAAGUCUAAAUGUAAGAGCAUUGCCCUCUUGCUGACAGCAGCUCCAAAUCCCAAUUCCAAGGGGGUGUUGAUGUUCAAGAAGCGUCGCCAAAGAGCUAGGAAAUAUACGUUGGUCAGCUACGGGACUGGGGAGCUAGAGCGUUACGAGGACGAGGGAGAAGAAGACGAAGGUGAAGAAGGUGAGAAAGAGAACGCUUUUGAAAUUACCUUGCUAGGCACAAGCGAGUCGGAAAUCGAUGAAGAUUUCUUCUCCGACAUUGACAAAGAAGACCGGAUUGUGACAUUUGACUGGGAUACUGGACUGCUUGAGGUUGAAAAGAAACCAAAAAGUGGGGACGAGAUGUCUCAGCUGCUUCCAGAAAGCAAGGGCAAGGGGGCAGUCAUGUUUGCCAAAAGGCGUCAACGGUUGGACCAGAUCACGGCUGAGCAAGAGGCAAUGAGGAUGCAGGCAGGGCACAGCUCCUCUGAGGAACACCAGGCAGCCACGACAAGCGAGAGCACCUACAAAAUGAGCUCCUCCUCAUAUCAGGCAAAACAGGAAGAAUCUUCCAGGGUGAAAAGCCAUGUCAGCAAAAGCUACAUAGAAGUGAGCCACAGUCAUGGUGCAGCAAUUCAGCAAAAUGGCAUCGGGAUCACUCCCGAAGCAAACCUGAUGUACCCAUCCUCAGAAGCCCUUAAAACUGCUGCUUCCAACAGAACAGCCAAGCCUUUCCCUGGUGUACAAAACAGAGCAGCGGCUCCGUUUUCUCCCACCAGAAGCAUGACGAGCCCUCUGUCAGAUCUCCCUGCGCCACCGCCUUACACUUCGGUCAGCCCACCCCCUGAAACCUUAUACAGAACUGUUUUGUCUCCAGUUGCCGCCAGUCCAGCGCAGCCGGCGAUCUGGUCUCCAACAGAGUCAACAGAACAGAUCGCAUCCAGGGAUGAAAGGAUCGCGGUGCCUGCCAAAAGAACUGGAAUAUUGCAAGAGGCAAAGAGAAGAAGCACCGCAAAGCCAAUGUUUACUUUCAAAGACACCCCCAAGCUGAGCCCUAACCCUGCCCUUCUGUCCCUUGUACAGAAUACAGAAGGCAAAAAAGGUGGUGCUGCAGGCUUUGAAUCGGGGCCUGAAGAAGACUACCUCAGCUUGGGAGCAGAGGCCUGCAAUUUCAUGCAAAUCCAGGCAGCCAAGCAAAAGGUCCCACCUCCAGUUGCUCCCAAACCCUCGUUAAAGGUUUCUCCCACUGCCGCAACGCCUGCUUCACCAGUCUGGUCACCUCCAGCUGUGGCUGUUACUCAGCCUCCUAUCUUUCCAGCUCCAAACUCACCUGAAAUGGCAGCUCCAGCACCUGUCAAAACAGCACAACCUGCUUAUCCCCCUCCCCAAACUGUCAACAUAGUACAACCUGCUUAUCCCCCUCCCCAACCUGUCAACAUAGCACAACCUGCUUACCCUCCUCCCCAACCUGCUUAUUCCCCUCCACAGCCCCCAAGUACUCUUAAGCUAGCCAGUCCUUUUAAAGGGCCUCAAACAGCAGCGCCACACCAAAAUUAUACACCCAAAACAACACCCACCACCCCAGUAGGAAAUGCUGUGCUUGCUGGAGGGGUAGGGCCAGCUUUUGAGAUGCCCCCAGCUUUGAGUGGGAAAGGAGCCCAGCUCUUUGCUAAAAGGCAGUCGCGGAUGGAAAAAUAUGUGGUAGACUCAGAAACCGUGCAGGCCAAUAUGGCGCGGGCCGGAUCACCAACUCCGUCUUUACCAGCAUCUUGGAAAUAUUCUUCGAAUGUUCGAGCACCACCACCUGUGGGCUAUAACCCCAUCUACACUCCAUCUUAUCCUCUUGCUGCUACCAAGCCACAGUCAAAGUCCCCUGCUGCUGCCAAAACUACCAAGAAAAAGCCUAAGAAAGCACUUAGUUCUUUGGAAGUUAUGAAGCACCAACCAUACCAGCUUAAUUCAUCCUUAUUUACUUUCCAACCUCCCUCUGAUAAUAAGGAAAGUGCACUUCCUAAGCAGCCUGCGAAGUUUGACUCAGCGUCUGCCUCAAAGCAAGCUCUACCUUCAAGAUCGCUCAACGCUGGUUCUCCUUCUAAUGUCCGGGAAUCUUCAGUGUACUCUGUACCAGCCUACACUUCACAACCUUUCUUCCAGUCGAAUGCCUCUAGCCCUGUCAUUGAGUCCUGUGCGUCGACAGGCUACCCUUCUUUUUCGAAGCAAGAACCAGCAGCAUCCUCUAUGUUUACUGCUCCCAGGCCAAAGUUCUCAGCCAAGAAAGUUGGUGUCUCAGCACAGGUGUGGAAACCCUCAGCCAUUGAAGAGUAAAGCAUAGAUACAACUCAGUAUCCACUCAGCUCGCAAUGAAUUGUUUGCGGUGGUAAUCUGGCACUCAAGUGAUCCUUGGCUUACUUAAUAUUUUUUUUCAGAUCUAUCACAUGAAAUCUGGGUCCAAAAAAAAAAAAGGCUUCAGGCUGAAAUCCUAUGCAUACUUACCUGGGAGUAAGUCCCACUGAAAAUGGUGAGGCAUUUUUUCUGAGUAAACAUGCAUAGGAUGGCACAGUGAACGAUUUUUAAAUGAAUCAAAAUGAAUAUUAAUUUGCAAUGACACACAUUUAUGUAUGCAGUCCUCUUUCAUGGCUAUGCAUGCACAGUGUCCUAAGACGGGCAUGUGCCACUUCAUAUUAAGUAAGCAGGACGCUAGGUGUUAGUGCUUCAGUACACAAAUACACAGGGAACCCUGUUCCUGUAAUUCAUCUGUUAGAACAUAGGUUUCACAGAAGGUUUUUGGGGUGGGGGGUGGGGGAGACUGGCGGCCAAAGGGUCUGAGCACAAUCAAAAUAACAAUGAUAUUAGAUUUAUUUCUGAAAAGUGCCUUCAAAUGUUAUGUCUCUUAUGAAUGUUGUGUAUAAAAAUAGGUAUAGAGUCUUGGCCCAACUCUGCAGUUUAAUCCCUAUUAUGAGGCAUCUUCAGAGCCCCGUUCCUACUAUCACAGCAACCAUAUGGUGGGGGGGGGGAUGAAUGAAUUCCUUUUUGUAUAGCCACUGGGCAUGCAAAGUGGUGUAUUCGCGAGCAGCAUUUCUUUGAUUCUCAGCUUAAGGCGACACACCACCACGACGGAUCCGUGACGACUUAGCUCACAUAAGCACUAUAAUAACGUGGCUGUGUUACACCUGAUCCCGUGACCCCAUAACUACAGGGAAAUGAUUUAUACAAAUCAGCACUGGUCAGUUUCAUUCACUGGAGGUUCAGUUGCAGGCUUGGGUCAUUAGAGAGUAAACUGGUGAUCCGCAAUCAUGAAUUACCUCUUCAAUUUCCCCCUUCCCCUGGUUAAGGGUAAAUAAUAUUACUAGAUUUGGAAGAAGAAAGCCAUAGGCUGGAGAGGCUAUUCAAAGUUUUCCCAUUUUGGGGGGAAAUGUUGACCUCCUCAGGCCUAGCAUUUUGUUCUGUUUUUGACAAGUAGAAAAUUACAGGAGCCAGGAGGAUGAGCUGGGUCCUACAGCUGUGGAAGUGGUGCAAUAUGUUCACGUGAAAGCAUAGCGACUAUAAACUGAAGGGACACGUCCUUGAAUACCAGUUUCGCAACCAGAGCAGUAUGUGCCUUAUAAAUACUUGUCUAAUGACAUGCCAUGAUUCCUGACCUCAUAUUUCUGCAGAUCGCUGAGGCACAUUCUCGUUUUCACCUUGGGCUUUCCAGUCCUGCUUCUUCCACUGGUGUUUCUUUUCACUCUGCUCUUGUGCUUUCACCCUACUCUCGAGUAAUAAUACACUGUGGACCAGGAGGAUCAAGACACUGUUACCACACCAUGUUUGCUGGGUUGAAUAUCCAGGGUUAGGUUCUGCCAAUUUUAUUUAUGGUUGUGAUACAAAAGAACAAUAUUUGACAUCUCCAGUAAUGCUUGAGACUGAAUUCCAUUGAAUACCGUUUGAGUGCACACACUGAGGUGAUUAAAAAAGAGGUUAAGGGAUAGACUUUCCCCACUCUUCUAGCUAAACCAAUACCACAAAAUGAAUGACAAUAAUUAAUUUAGGUUUGGUGAAAUUAUUUAGAUGGAUUUUGGACAUACAGCCAUAAUGGGAAAGUGCCUGAGUAGGAACAGUUCAUGUGAAUGUACUGACUGCUGAUUAACAGAUCCAACCAAGUCUGGUCUGAAAAUUGUUUGAAUUUAUAUAAAUGAACAUACAAAGCUUCUGUGUGGCCCAUAUAGCCCAGUGUUAUCUAGUCUGACUAGCACUUGCUCUUUGGAGUCUAAAGCAGAGUCCCCCACCCCCAUUUCUUGUUAUCUACUCCUUUUACCAGGAGAUGCCAGGGAUUGAACUUGGGACCUUCUACAUGCAAAUCAUGUGAUCUACAGAGUUACAGUCCCUCUCCAUUGUAGCAUACUAAGUUCUGGAGGCCCUCAAAAACCUACUGUGGCCAUAAUGCCAUUUCAUUCCCAUUUGCAUUGCCUGAAUGGUGCAUUGCCAAGGCUGGUGGUGUUCAUGGGAGAAGUUGCCCCAUUGUCUAGUGCUGAAAUUGAUGCUCACCUUCACAUCACUGAAUCCCUCUGAAACAGAGCUGUGCCUACAGUCCAAUUCACACAAACAGCUACUACUUGAAUUUCCAAGGUUUCAGCAAUGCGUGAAGGGCACACGCUGCAACACUUCCUAUACCACUAAAAUAAUGUUGCAAGCAGUCAAAAUUACUUUAAUUUAAUAUGUCUUGACUGCCUUUGAAGAUGCAUUCCAUAGAGAACACCAUGCGCUGCCUUCAGGGCUGUGGGGAUAUACCAAUGGGUAGUUUCUUGGUUCCAGUUUCCACUAUUGUGGCUUGAUGUCACAAUUACAGAAAUUUAUGUAAGGAAGCCAUACCUAUCUGUGUGAACAGACUAGGCCACACAGUGAACAAGCCUCCCUUGUUGCUACCACCUCCCUUGGUGAUAUACAUUAAAGUAGUUCCAUUAGCACAAGGAUAUUGGAGCGCACAACAGAACUUCCCCUCCCUCUCUUCUUUAUGUUUGCCUUCUAUGGAACCCCUAAAUCUGCUCUGAGGUUUCUUCCAAACUUCUGGAGCAGCUUUGGAGGGGGAAUGGGGGCACACAGGAGAUGGGAGAGGGAGCCAGUUCCAUUGUGUAGAUGGAAACUUUUGUGCUGAUGGAUACCGCCCCAUGUGAUUACGUUCGGUGGGCAGGCAAUUGAGAACAGCUUUUCUGCAGUCAUGUGGAAGGCAUUUUGACUAUAAUAUUGAAAGAACAGCCAUGUACUAUAUAAGUAGACCAAUCACCAUCCAAAAAUGAAAAAGUGUGAAAUGUGCCACACUUAGGAAACAUUUGAGGCAUAUAUUUCAUACUUCACACAUAAAAGGAGCAUUCCCUAACAUGUAGGACUUAUCCAAAGUCCAUAGAGCAAAUGGAAUAACUCUUUUUGACUAGCUAGAACAUAUUUAGUCAUAAGAAGUCCUUUUGACUACAGUGGGGUUCUUGUCCAAAGCUCAACAUAUUUAGGGUAGGCUUUGUUAGCUGAAGUAGUCUAUACUGGAAGUCAAAUGUGGCUGUAUCAAUUUUAAUUAAACAGCCCAUGUUACAUAGAAAUAUGUACACAAAGGAUUCUUUUGCAACACAACAUAUUUAAGAUUAUGCGGUACCAAUAUUUUAAUCCUCUUGGGAUCUUCUUUCUGUUCAUUUUCCAAUUACAAUCUGCUGUAUUUUUUCCUCUACCAUUAAAAUUGUUCCUUUCUUCUUUAUCUGUAUUUUUUGCUUUUUCUUUGAUUUCACAUGUUUUUAUCUGCAGUUGAAAAAGAGUUUCAAGGUCUUUCUUUCCUUCUUUUCCUUUCUCUCCUUCCUUCUGCCAAAAUUGCUCAAAAUGCCAUUCAGUUUCUGGUGGAAUGAAUUCAGUCUGAUCAACAACUCAAUUAAAUCCAAGCGCUUAAAUCUGAAUAGGGUGUGAAUUGAGUAGGACAUCACUAGAACUGAAGUGUCAUAAAUUUGUUGUGCAGAAUUGGUGCCAAGAUGGUUAUGAGGGUGAUUCUACAGCUAAUGACUCUGCAGUCAUAUAUGUUGGUCUCUGCUGUAACUAUCAGAGGGAGGAAAGUGAGAGAAGCCUGGUGAUGUCUUUCUCUAAUCACUCACCAGGCUCAUACUGAACCAUCUCAUGAAGGGGAAGAUUAAAUUAAAACUUCAUUGCACAGCCCCUACAGUUUUCGCCUCUUAUGGCUUCCUUCUCCCUUCUGCUUGUUGCUCACUUUCCUAAAUUGUGAAUAGAGAAAAUAAUCAAUGCUGCUGCCCUGUGAAUUUGAGACGAUCUGAGAAAUGUGCUAUCAUUCUUCUCUGGUCAGGCCCUCAAAGGGCGGCUACUGUUGGCCACAUUUUGGCAUUUCAAAGUUGCUGUCUGCUUCUCAGGGUCUGCCUUUUGGGAAUCCUGCUUCAGGUAAGGUGAGUAGACCUCAUCAUAUCUGUCAGAACUGGAUUAUAAAUUGGGUUGAGAGGCCCAGGGUCCUAUAACCAUUCUGCUAGAAGUUUGUACAGGAAUAAAUUAUUCCAGUCUGGUUUCCCCAACUAUUUUAAAUGUGUUGAGUCAACAUGAGUUGCCUUUUCAGUGGUGAGUAGACUUGUGACUGCUUCAAAAUCUAAGUUUGAACUAAGACACAGUGAGUUGCAAUUUGGAUAUGUGCUGAAGCAUUUCACAAACACGAUCCACCCUCUGGGCACCCACAAGAGUAAAUAUGUGUUGACUAAUUAAAAAUAUUUGUUUGAAUCAGAGACAAAUAAAUGUGUUAGGUGUUUGAAUCCACAAAACAGUAUCCUGAAUGAGAACAUUAGACUUGCAGAUACUGGAUUUAAAAAAUGCGCCUAUCAAAAUAGCCGCCCAAUUUGGCUUUUUAGGAAGAGGGCUCAUAGAUUAAUGCAAUGUGCUAUUCCCAUCUUUGCUCUGAAAGGAUAUUUCUGAGAAUUGUAUUGCUGCACCUAACUAUUGCAAUGACACGGGGAAAGCCUGCCCUCUUCCUGAGUUGAGACUAAAGUUUUAGAUGCUUUUCAUUUUUAACUCCACAGGGAAUGGGUUGCAAAGGGGACUGGUAAUAGAAUACAGCGCCUCUCACCUCUUGUUCAAAUAUGGCCUAGGGCAGGAAUGACUGAAAGCCAUGCCCAGCUGCUGAGUCGUCUGAGUGACAUCAGUGGAUGGUGACUCUCAGUCCAGUUUAAGCAGAGUGAUUUGCCUCACACCCAACCACAACCCAAAGAAGCAUUAACUGGCAUUCUUAUUGGAAGACUCAGAAAGAAAGAUGUGAGCAGAUGUGAAGAUCAGUCUACACUCAUGGCUGCACAGCACACACCCAGAAAUCUGAAUUAUCUGUCAAGGGAAUGCAAUGUUUUUUCAAGCACUCGUGUUUUCAAAUUCUUUGGAAUUUUGUGGCAAAGAUUGCUUAGGCAGAGGCUGCAGCGGUAUGAAACAGGCAGGGGAUAGACAACUAUGGAGAGCUGUGGAAGGUAUUUAAAGUUUUCCAAAAUUGCCAGUUACUAAGCUUUUGUUGGUGGGUUAGAAAUGUGUUUUUCUACAGACAGAAGCUAAUGUUCUCUGGAUUCCAACUUCCAUAGUAAACCUACACACAUGUGCCCUAUGCGUCAUCCCCUUCUAAUAAAAGCCACAAUGAGGUUGGUUAAGGCAACUCACCAGGCGGGAGUUUCAUGUCAUUCAGGCAAAGGCAGCUUCCCUGUCCCAUGUUUGCUGAAUUACAUGAAUGUACAUGGUGAAGAGGAAUCUGUAGGGGAGAAGCUGUGUGUACUUAAUCCUUCACUGCCCACCCUUUUCCUCACUGCAGUGCCUCCUUUGCCCCAAUUGCUUUCCCUGCUUUUGCUCCCAGCCAGGUUUCAGAAACAAGAAAGAAGCUCAGCUGGGGGACAUGAUCAGGGAAGAGCAACAGCAAAAGGAAAGCAGCAGGUGAUUAAGGAUUACGUACCCUCACCUGACCUGCAGGUGUCCCAACCCCGCCCCCAUCAUGUUAUCUUGUAAACGUAAGAUGUGGAAAACAUGUUUGCCCAUGUAAUGGACAAUUCUAUUUGGGGCAGAGUGGGAGCACUCUUUCACUGGUAAUACAAAAGAUUGGGCACUGCUAAUGGCUCUUUCCUGAGAAGUGAGUUCAUGUCUUUGAAAGCAGGGUCUUUGCUUUUUCCACUCAUUAAUAUUCUAGUGAAAUCCAGCUUAGACAAUGAGUCAGAUGGAAUUUGCUAGUGAGGUGCCUCUACAGUGUGGUCCCCUUGAAGCCCCUCAUCCCAAGAGACCCAAGUGUUUUGUAGUAAGCCUUCAUGACACCAUUCAGUGGCCAACCUCACAAUGCCCAUAAACACUGACAGAGUUCACAUACAGGAAAUUUACAAUGUUGUGGAGGCCACUUUAGACCAGGGCUGAGAUACUUGCAGGUUUCAAGAACUCUAUGUGCACCAGUGACCCAGGACAUGGAAUGUAUAUGCCUUCUGAGGCUCCAGUAAGCUCAGGUCUUCAAAGCAUUUAACAAAGGUAGCUUCUCUGGAAGUACAGUGACAGGCUUUGAGCCCAAAGUUGUGUUGCUCUCAUGAAGGCAUAGGUGAUGCUCCAUUUUUCUGGAUCAGUGGUUCCCAAUUACCUAUUACCUAUUACCGAGGACCCCCUAUUUUUCAAAAGCCAAGCCACAGACCCCUUAUGGAACACUUCCUUCCAUGUGUGUCUCCUUGAUCUUUGCUCUACAGUCUGUCAGUGUGAGAGUGUGGAGCAUGCUAAUUUUUAUUGUGGCAUCUAUCCUGUGGCACCCUAAUCCUGGAAGCAUGGAUUCAUUGCCUCUUUAUAUAGCUCAUUCUUCAAUUUUUUAUGGAUUUUGCUAAAUGUACUAGUACAGAAUUGGGUUUUUGUUGCCAGGUUUGAGCUUUGAUAUUCUGUUGGGGUUUUUUAUCAUGGUGUUAGAACAUGGUGUUAGUACAUUGUCUUCAGGAUAAGAAGGCACAGUAUCCUUUCCUUCCACAAAGCACUUGAUGCACAUCUUACUCUAUUCUGUUUUGAUUUUUAAUUUGUACAUAAACUUUUUCAAAUUGUGGCUCACAAUCACAACUCAUAGAAAUGACAAAAUAAUAUAACAAAACCCACAUGCUAUAACAAGUCAAUCCAAAGUCCUAGUGAAGAUUAUAACAAAAACCAAACAAUUCAAUUAACAUGCAAGUCAUAUAUAACAUAAUGAUAAUGAUAAUUUUAUUAUUUAUACCCCUCCCAUCUGGCUGGGUUUUCCCAGCCACUAUGGACGGCUUCCAGCACAUAUAAAAACAUAAUAAAACAUCAAACAUUAAAACUUUCCCUAUACAGGGCUGCCUUCAGAUGUCUUCUAAAUGUUGUCUACUUCUUUAUCUUCUUGACAUCUGAUGGGAGGGCUUUCCACAAGGAGAAUUUCACUUCUUGCAGUGAGGGAACAGCCAGAAGAUCCCCCCCCCAAUAGCAGCAAAUAUAUAUUUAAAAUAUCACAGACCAUGCAAAAAAUUGUUGAUGUAGCUGCCAGGUCCCAUACCUUGCAAAAUUACAAAUGCACAAAUAUAGCUGACAAGAUUUCUAGCAAUGGUGAAGACAAAAUAAAGCCAGUUAUAAAACAAGUACUUGGUGAGUUUAAAUGGCUAUAAAUGAGGAAUCAUGCUGCCUUUGCAAGUGCAAUAGGUUCCAAAGAGGUAGCUCCUCUGCCUGGUGAGAGAGACAUGCUCAUGUUGUUUGGGAAAGUCUCCACCAAGAAGACUGUUCUUGAAGAUGCACGAGUGACAAUCUCUAAGCAAGGAAGAACAGAAUCAGGGCCCCUUGCAGAAGUGGGGAAGGAGAGCCCUGUAAGAGCAAGCCUGGUUUAUACACGGUAUCCAGCCCUUUGCCUGAGCGCGCUCUCCAGAUUACAGGGAUGCUCAGCUGCUCCAGCUUUUCAGUGAGGAAUCUCCCUGUAAGUUCUGAAAAGGUGUGAGUGCCAGGGUAUGAGACAAUGGGGCUGAUUCUGGUAGCAACUUUGGAAGAUCAUUUUCCUUCAUGUGUUUCAAUAUUUUUCUUGCAGUGGCAUAAGUAUAGGGACAGAUGAUCCUCCCAACUCUGCACAAGGUGCCAAGCUAUGGGGCGCAAAAUAAUAAUAAAUAACAAAGGAAAGAGCUAUUGUGAAAAUAAAUAUUUGGAGGGGGGUGGCAAAAUUUUGUUCUCACUCAGGGUGCCAUAUUAUCAAAGUCAGUCUCUGAUCCUACUGUUAUCAGUAUAGAGAAGCAGAAAGGCUUGUUGAUCUUAAGCAGAUAUCUGCAACAAUGUAUUUUUUCCCCUUUAGGCCAAUGAUAGUCAACUCCAAAUUGCAAUGCAAUCCAACAACUUUUGGAAGACACCAUAUUGACGGCUUCUGCUUUACAGAGCAAUCUUAAGUAUUAGGAAGCUGACGGAAGUUAAAUUAAGCCAGUGUGGUACUACAGACUUUGUUCAGAAGCAGAGAUCCCGCUGGUUCAGCUGUCCUAAGCCUGAGAGAGGGAGAGCUAAGCUUUAAAAUAGAGUUUGACUUAUGCUAUCCAUUUUACCAGAGUAUGUUACUCUGGCUUAUCUGGUCAUGUGACUAAGAUGAAUGGAGUUAGGAUCCAGUGGUAAAUCCAAACCCCACUCAAUCCCAACAUAUCACUCCCCUGGAAUACCUGCUUUUCAGCAAUUACAGUGGUGUAAGAUCCACCAUUCUCAGCUCAGCUGGCUGAACACUGGUUGAGCCAGAAUGAAGGAGUUAUGCCAUGCUGUCUCUAGCUGAGCUAAGAUGUGGGGCUUAUGCCAUCUCAGCAUGGCUGCACCAGGAAUCAGUAGGCUGAGCUAGAGAUGUGCUGGAUCAUAACUUGCUCAUACCAACAGAUCUUGGCUUUGGGUUAGGGACUCCCAGGAUUCAAUAUUUUUUUCCUUCUACAGUGUUUGAGGACUUUGCCAAUCAACUAUCUAACUUUACUUUGUAUAGCAGAACAAACCCCAGUGUAGCAUUUCAUGCUUUGUUUAUACAGCCUCUAAUAUGAAUUCAUAACCUGGCAGUGUGCAAACAUGUAUGAUGUUACCUCUUACCCCAGCCCCAAAUUCACAGGGGUGGAGUUGUUAUUUACUCAAGAGGCAUAUGUGACAACAACUUUCCAUAAAAGAAGUUUGCUUCCUUGAGCUGGGAAAAAACAAUUGUGGCCCAAUAUAGCAUUUGAAAUGCACACAGAGGAACCGUGAAUGUUAUAGUCUGACAACAGCUCCAGAAUCCCAAGGUCUUCCUAUGAUUCAUUGGAUGCAAUAAGAGCUGCCAGUGUCACUCUUAACAGCCCCCCUCCCUCUGUAAAUAGCUUAGAGGACAGUAGGGGGAAAUUACAUGCCUACAUAACAAUGCCCCCCUCUGCCCCCCAAUGAACUUCUGUUUCCAAGUUUAGUGUUCCUUUGCACAGCAUUCCAUUCUGUAGUCCCUACUGACGUUGAUGAGUUAUGCACGUAGUUAGUAGGUCAGGAUGUGUCACCAAGCCUAUGGAAUGUUUCCAUUAUUAUUUACAGAGCACUAUACUGUAGUUAUUAUUCAAAGUGCAUUGAAGUCUUCAUUGAUUCUCAACAGUAAUGUGAGAUAGAUGAGGCACUAAGAUAAUUUAUGACUAAAGUAGCACUGUAAUUCAAGGGCUGAGAUAAGAUGUGAUUAUUCUUAGGAGCUGUUCCAUCUUCUAUCCAAUGAACACCACCACAGACCCUCUAGGGCCUACAGGUGCAUGUAUUUAUUUUACACAAUGGACUGAUUCAUUGGAUGCAAGUUUGUCAUAUGUGUUUGAAAGUUUGUAAUAAGUGUUUUUUUAAGGGAGUGGAUGGCGUUGUGGUCUAAACCACUGAGCCUCUUGGCCUUGCCGAUCGGAAGGUCGGUAGUUCGAAUCCGCAUGACGGAGUGAGCUCCUGUUGCUUGGUCCCAGCUUCUGCCAACUUAGCAGUUCAAAAGCACACCAGUGUGAGUAGAUAAAUAGGUACCACUGUGGCGGGAAGGUAAAUGGUGUUUCCAUGCACUCUAGCUUCCGUCAUGGUGUUCUGUUGCGCCAGAAGCGGUCUGCAGAAAAACACCAGCUCCCUUGGCCUGAAGCUAGAUGAGCACCACAACCCCACAGUCGCGUUUGACUGGACUUAACUGUCCAGGGCUCCUUUACCUUCUUUACUUUUUAAAGCUACAAUUCAGGGAUGAAAAUUGCUCAUUAUAAAGUUGUUGUGAAAAUAUUGAAGAAUGUUGGUGUACAUGGGCAAAAGUGAGGUGAAAUAGUCAAGUCAGAUUCGCUGCAUAGUGCCAUAAUAUAUUCACUACAUGGUCUGUAAAUGUCUAGGACCAUGCAGUGAAGAAAGAAGCCUUAAAAUAACAUUGCUUAUGAGGGCUCCACAGUAGUGUGGAGAAAUGCAAAGGUGGGGGCGGGGAAGCUAGCUAGCUAGGUUUUUACAUCUCUCAGAAGCCUACUUCCUGCAUUAAAAAUAACUGAACCCCAUUAAAUUCAGUGUGGUGCUGAAUUUAUUUUUCAAAAGUCAGGUAGGGAUUUGAAUUCUGCAGAGAGCUGGCAGUAAGUGUGGUCGGUGGAGCAUUGCGUUAAAAAUAAAUUUUAAAUGUCAUUGGGAAAGGAUGGAACUGUAUGUGUGUGUUUUGAGAGGACAGGCUUUAGACUCUGGAAGAUGAAUUGUUGGAUUUGGAAAAUAUUGAUGAAUAUAUGCAUGUAUUUAUGAGUAUUUGUUCUGUGGCUGGGUUCACACAUGAUGCUAAAACCAUGGUAUGCUGCCCAAUGUUUGUCAGAAUAAAGGUAAAGGUAAAGGGACCCCUGACCAUUAGGUCCAGUUGCGAAUGACUCUGGGGUUGCGGCACUCAUCUCGCUUUAUUGGCCGAGGGAGCUGGCGUCCAGCUUCCAGGUCAUGUGGCCAGCAUGACUAAGCCACUUCUGGCAAACCCGAGCAGCACACGGAAACGCCGUUUACCUUCCCGCUGGAAGAGGUACUGAAAACUGCUGACAAAUACAAUUUAGCAUCCCAGAAGACUGUGCAUCUAAUUCACAUACCUGCUAGGGAUAACCCCCUGAGGAACAUCAGUUGCAACUUUGAAACAGCCAAGCUUCCCUAAUAUUGUACUUACAAUUCCCGCCAUUCAUUGUUACUAAUGAGUUUAUGAAACCAACAUUUUCCCACUAUAGAAAUAAAGCUGGAAAAACACUUAUGAUUUCCUCACAGCUGAGAAAGAAGGUGGGAGCUCAGAAACCUUAGGUGUAUGCACAUAAACUAUGGUUUAGCAUUACAUGUGAACCUGGCAAGUGCCAGGACCAGUUCUGACUCUGAUGUUGCAGGUUCUGUGAAUUCUGAGUGUUUGGUGUCCCAGAAUAUAUUGUAUUAUUUCCCUGUUGUAGUUUAAUUUAUAAUUGCAUAUUGUACACAUUUAUAUAUAAGCUUAAUACAGUGGUACCUCUAGUUGUGGACACAAUCCAUUCUGGGGUGCUAUUCGCCCCCCAAAAAGUCUGCAACUAGAGCGGCGCUUCUGCGCAAGCACUUCUGUGCAUGUGCGAAGCACGCAGAACGCUUCUGCGCACGCGCACGCGGCGAAACCCAGAAGUAUACACUUCCGGGUUUGCCACAUUCGCAAGCGUUUGCAAGCUGAAAAGACGCAACAUGAACCUAACGCAACACGAGGUAUGACUGUAAUUAUACAGUUCUGCAUGCAAGUAUUAACAUACUUAAAUGGCCAAUUGAUUUUUAGCCAAACUCUGAAGUAAUGACAGGCUCAUACACUGCACCUGUUAAUAAAUGUCCUUAGUAUCGUGCUCUAGUAAUCAACCAUGUGUGAUUUUACUGUUGAUAUCCAGAAGGUGGCAGUAGUGAAUGCCUUCUUAGUACAUGAAAUAAGCUAUUCAUUGUUGUUUUUUAAGGAGAUGUGAAACUGAAGUGAGCUGUACUGACUUAGCACGAAGUGUAUUCAUUAUGACAACUCAAAAACUUGUAGGAACCAAACGACAGACAAAAUCAAAGCAAUCACUUUAAGCUGGCAAUGAGUGCAGUACAGUGUGGUUUACUGUUACGUGACUGGGCCGUGGUGUUGUGUCUUCAUCACUACCCAGUCAUCUUUGGGCAUAGAUACGAGGAGAUUAGAAACUUCUACUUCCAUUUUGAUUUAUCUGCAAUUUAUUGUCACAUCCAAAUCCCCAAACUGUGCAUAACUAUGGUUUAGAGAAACAAGCCUGGAUUGUAAACCAUGGUUUGAAGUUGACUUGUUUUCCUAAGAUUUGUCCAGGUUUGUACAUAAUGAUAAAUUGUGGUUAGUUAAAAAUGGAAGUGAAAGCUUCCAGUUUUCUCCCUGUAAAUAUAGUGGAGUAGGGAAAGAGAAGCUGAAAACCCCAAGACCUAUUCACAUAAUGCUAAACCAUAGUUUAAUUUAAUGCUACAUCCGAUUGAGACCACAAAGUAGUCAAAGCAAGGAAGCAGACUGUUCAUAUAUUUGGGUGUACUGUCAGAUAAAAAAGGGGGCAAACACUGAUAAUAUUCACAUCAUGAACCAUUUGCUCACCUCCUUCCUACUGUUUCAAAACACUGAAGUGCAUCUCUGCAUCCUGUAGAUAAUGCUGUCAACUUUUUAACCUUGUCGCAUUGCCUUUAGCUGUUGACUUGUCCUGGCAUGGAGAAGAAUGUUAUCAUCUACUAAUUGCUGCAGGACAUGUUGCUGUUAAAGGCAGAGCUACAAAAAUGAGUUGAAAAGUUGGCGUACCUCACUGUGGGUAUUCACUCACUCUUCUCUUGCCUGUGAUCCUUGGAUGACACCUCAUUCCAAUAACUCCAAUUACUAGAGUUGCUCCUCUACCCAUUUAAAACAACACUGCUUCAUCUAGACAGUCUCCGUUCAGAGAAAUUUCCACAGUUAUGAAGAACCAGGUCAGCAAUGAAGAUAUGAAUCUUGGUAUGUGACUGCAAGCAAGAUUUAGAAUAGCUCACAGGACUUCCAAAGCAGGGUAUGUUAGUAAACAGAUCGUGUCUGCUUCUUUUUGAUGCUUGGUUUACUAACAUUGUAGAAGGAAAGGUGGUGGUGUUUUAAAGCAUCCUCAAAAGACAGAGGCAAAAUAAGGGCAAGGAUUUACUGGGGACAAGUAUAAGAAAAUAGUUAUUGUCCUUGGUAAAAGGUAAAGGUAAAGGGGCACCUGACCAUUAGGUCCAGUUGUGACCGACUCUGGGGUUGCGGCGCUCAUCUCGCUUUAUUGGCCGAGGGAGCCAGCUUACAGCUUCCAGGUCAUGUGGCCAACAUGACUAAGCUGCUUCUGGCGAACCAGAGCAGCACACGGAAACGCCGCUUACCUUCCCGCUGGAGCGGUACCUAUUUAUCUACUUGCACUUUGAUGUGCUUUCAAACUGCUAGGUUGGCAGGAGCAGGGACUGAACAACGGGAGCUCACCCCAUCACGGGGAUUCGAACCGCCGACCUUCUGAUCGACAAGUCCUAGGCUCUGUGGUUUAAUCCACAGCACCACCCGCGUCCCUAUUGUCCUUGGUAGGUAAGGACUUUUUGAGGAUCUUUAUUCUAUCUAAUCCAUCUAAUUCUCCAGAUUGUAAGGAUUGAUAGUAUUUAUUAUGAUAGGAUAUGGUGUUUUAACUUCUUUUUAAUUCAUUUACUCCUUGGGACAGAUGGGCUAGGCAACAGGGAAAUGCAGGGACAUUUGUCUAUAGCCCAGGUUUUCACCAUUUCUACUUUUAGGAAAUUAACCAUGAUGGGUAAGGCUUCUGUGAUGGGUUGAACUAUUCCCAACAUAUUCCUGCACUAUUUUAGUGUAAUGUGAAUGGAAAAUGUUGUCUUCUUGUGCGUGUGUUCAGUGGCAGGUAGAAAGGCCAUGCAAAUUUGGGGUGUUUCUUAAAAAAAAAAAAUAUUGCCUGAGUAUGUGAGACUGAACAACACUGUUUGGCUGUUGCAUUCUAAGAAGUCAGAACGAGCUGUAGAAGUCUAUUUAAGAAAUAAGCAAAUACAAAGGAAAAAGGAAAGCCACAAACCCCAGCAACAAAGUAGGAAGAAGAGAAUGAUGUAACCUGACUAGACAGUCAGAAGGAAAGAGGAAGGAAAACCUUCCUCAGGAAGGAAAACCACAUUGCUUGAAAUGCCAAGUUGUGGAGAGCGAAGUACUUAGAACGUUGCACAAUCGUAGUUUUGUGUCAGUGUAACAGGAGGAAUGUAACACAAGGUCAGUGUGACACAAUAACCUUGCAUUGUGUUUCAGCAGAAGCAUUGCACCAACACAAAGCUAUGAUUGUGUAAUGUUGUAGGUCAAAAUGCAGAUGGCAGUUAACUUCCUGCAUUGACUUUUCUAGAUAAAGGGCAUGGUUAUUUAGGAUGUGUGUAGUAGGUAGCUAGAAACCUUCCAGUUUCUAAGGUUGCCAAGACUGAUACAGCCAUUACAUGAGAAAGCCCAUUUCUUCUCUUCUCCACUAUGCAGAAAACACUUGGUGUAAAGCGGAUGUUCUAUGUAAAGGCACAAUUAUUUAGAAGACCUGUUUGCAUUACUCAUUCCCUCCAAAUAGUGGUGGGAAGAUAGCACAAAUGCAGACCAUAAACUAUCUGCAAUUUACUUCCAUACUCAGAAUAUUCAUGUUGGGCAGUAUUCAACUAGACAGUUUGGCACAACAGCUUUUAGCUGCACAGUGUAACUUCCUCACCCACUUCUUCCCCCAUUGUGCCCCUACAUCCCCCCUAAAACUGUUGCAAUUUCACAUGAAAAGCAAUGCCUUCUGUUCAUGCAACAGCACCUUUGGAUCCAAGCUAUAUAUCGUAUUGGCCCAAAUUUAUGCCGCACUCCCCCCACCCCCAAAUUCCAACUGUGAAAAGUUAAAGUGCAGCUUAAAUUUGCAACCUUACAGAAAUUGGCUUUUACGAUACUGCUGUAGGAUUUUCUUCUGUGUUAGCCAUUUAUGGGUGUGAGUGCCUGCGGAAUUUUAAGGGAGCAGCUUAUAUUUGGGUAUUGUCUUUUUUUCUCCCCCACGCCUUGAAUUUUAAAAGUGCGGCUUAUUUGCGUGUGUGGCUUAUAUUCAGGCCAAUACGGUACCUGGAAGUAAAUGCCAGUGGUUUGAACAGACCUGAGGCCACCAGUAUGUACAUAUGGUAGUAUAACUCACAAAUUUAGGAAAUAUUUGUUUCAAUUUUCAUCGCAUUCCACCCAUGUGUCCCGAAACCUUUUGUCUUUGUGCAGCCUAACAAGUCCUCUUUGUACAGCUGAAUAGCCUAAUAGGCAGUGUUUGUAGAGUAAGGGCAUGUUGUAUAUGAAAGAAGAUUGCGGUGGCGGUGCACUGGAUUUAUGAAUGAAAGCGCUCAUUACCUAAGCAGAUUAGGAUUUGUGAACUAUGAAUGGAUUGCUCCUAUAAAUGGGUCAGAGUGUUCUGAAAUUAUCAGGGCAAAGCUUUAUUUUUAUUUUAAAGGAGCAGGGUUAAGUAGAGUAUCAUAAUGGUGGGAUACAAACAUUUGCAAUUAGGUUCAGUCAGAUGCUUUGAUUUUAAUUUUGGCCUUCCUAGCCAUAUUGAACGUAAUCAUUGGGAGGGAGAGGGAUAUAAGGCUGUUAGAAUGAGUGACAAGCGAAUAUAAUAUUUGAUACUGAAUAGCUAAAACAUAGUAGCACAGGUUGACAGAGGAGGUACAGUACUCUGAAGGGUACACAGGUCAUCCGCUCACAUUUUCUCUUUCAGUUCCAAAUAAGGGCCACCCUCAGGAACUGCCAGCACAGGCUCCCUGAAAGGAACAAGGGGUACGCAGCAGCAAUGAUUGGUGGGUUGGAACUGUCCUUCAUAGAAGAGCAUGCUUGAGAUUUUAAGUUAGGAAGAAAUAACAGAUGGGGAACCUGUGGCCCUCCAGAUGUUGUUGGACUUCACCUCAAAUCAGCCCCUGUUGGCAUGAUCGGUGGACAAGAAUGAUGGGAACUGUAGUCCAACAAAAUCUGGAUUGAGACAGUUGCCUCAUCCCUAUACUGCUCAAUGAGUUAAUUUCUUGACAGUUAUCUCUCUAAUGCUAUCUAAUUCAUCCUCUCUCCCUCACUGUCAAAUAUGUCAAUCAAAAGCGAGAAGCUUAAAAGCUUAGGGUUGGGACUGACUUCUGUGGCCUGCACAAGCUACCUGAAUGUAUCACAUGUGAAUUGAGUUUGGCUAGUCUGGUCAAGGAUCAUUCCACCCAAGGAACUGAAAAGUCACACAAAAUUCUGUUUCCUUGUAUUUGUCUUCCUUGACUCUUUGAGAACUAUGAUUUCUUCUCACUGUUUGCCCUUUCAUAUCUUUCUCCUUGAUUCUGUUCCUUUCCAUGAAGUCCACCAUAGAUGUGCUUGAUUUGAUCACCCCCUUAACUGUUUGCUCUGGUAUUCCUGGCCAUGAACCUGCUGUGUCGCAAUCCCUCUCCAGACCUGAUCACCUACUGCAGGCCUGCAAACAGGUUGGGCUGGUGAUUGCUGCUAAUUGAUCUCCUAUGUUCCUAGAACUUUCUUGUGUGCAAUACAAUUCUCAAAAUUCCCUUGAGAAAAAAAUGUUUUAUCAAUAUAUCUAAGACAGGGGUCAGCAACCUUUUUCAGCCAUGAGCUGGUCCACUGUCCCUCAGACCAUGUGGGGGGCUGGACUAUAUUUUGAAAAAAAUAAUAAUGAAUGAAUUCCUAUGCCCCACAAAUAAUCCAGAGAUGCAUUUUAAAUAAAAGGACACAUUCUACUCAGGUAAAAAUACGCUGAUUCCCGGACCGUCUCCAGGCCGGAUUGAGAAGGCGAUUGGAUUGGGCCGUAUCCGGCCCCUGGGCCUUAGGUUGUCUACCCCUGAUCUAAGAAAAGAUAGCUGAAAUCUCAGAUGGCAAUGGUAAUGAAACUUGGAGGAUUUCUUUGUCCUACAAUUUUCCAGCAAAUUCCAUCUUUUUCUUUUCUAAUACUAUUGCUCGUACUUUGUUCUUUUUUUAUAAAAUUGGGGGCUACUUACUUACUGUAUACAGUAGCACAGUAUUACAAUAGUAGAUCACUAAACAAAAACAACCAUCUGUUGUUUCAUUUGGAAAUCUCUGACAUUGCUAUUGAGUGAUUGUCAUUAUAUUUAAGCUUUUGUUGUUUCUAGGAAAGAGGCGGAGAACGGUCUUUAUCACUCCCUGGAUGGCCACCUUCAGCCACUUCACGAUCCAUGUCCCCUGUCUCUCCUGUGGUGUUUCAACCUGCUCCUGAUUAUUUUAGCAAACCACCUCCUGCAGCUGAUAAGCCUGGGAAGAGGCUGACUCCUUGGGAAGCAGCCGCCAAGUCCCCUCUUGGGCUGGUGGAUGAUGCCUUCGGCCCACAGACCAUUCAAGAGUCAAUCGCUGCAAAUGUUGUGUCUGCUGCUCGCCGGAAAACACUGCCUGCGCCGCCGGAUGAGUGGAAACAAAAAGUGGCUUACGAGCAUCCUGCUCUGAGUGCCCAUGCAAAAUUAGCUUCGUUUGGAAGGAGCCAGUCAGCGGCAUUUUUCCCUGCAAAGAGCACAGUGUCUGCUCCGAGCUCCACUGCCCCCUGCAGCUCUCGUCUACAGUAUGCAUACUAUGGCCAACGUGCCCAGACAGAUCCUGACAUGGUCUCCAUGGAUUCCAGGUCUGAUUACUACCUGUCACUAGCUGACUCCAACUAUAAUCCACUUCCAAAGGGAUGGAGACGCCAAACAUGAAAAGCGGAAGGCCCUGUUUUAGCUUCUGUUCUUGAAGUUCUACAAGUCUUAGAUUCGAAGGUGAAUUGAAAAUGUGAAGAAGUGUGUGGGACAGGUGUUUGCUGGCCUGAUAAGAUAUUGACAAAAGAGAUCAAGUGUGACCUAAAAAGUAGCACAGCAUCCAUGCUGUGGAUCCAUAAGGCUCUCAGUAGCACGACAGCUUUUGAUCCCAGCUUCAAAGCUUUUCUUUGUCUUUGGGUGCAUGUCAAUCAAAUUGGUGGAAGAAUGAAAUUCAACGGUGAAAGCUUCAGCUGGGAAGAGUGCAACAAUUGUGGGAUUUGAAUGUUUGUAAAUUAACCAAUGAGCCUUUAUCAAGAACACAUCCUUGGGUCUUUUGAAAAGCUGUCUGUCUGUUUUCCAUCUUAACUUGCUUGUGGCUGGUUAAAUGUCCACCUCUUAUUUGCAGACCAGCCUGUGGUUUUAAAGAAACUCCCUGGUCUCUGUUCAGUGUAAAUGUCCCCACUGACUUAAAACAGUUUCAAAGGGGUUGGAGUUUUGACUAAGUCAAAUGGGGUUUUCCCUAGCAAAUCAUGGAUUAGGGAAGGGCCGGAGCAAGUAAAGAUUUCCUAGGUGAGGGAUAGCCUCUUGAUAUUGUUGGGCUCCAGCUCCCGUCAGCAUGGCCAAUGGUCAGGGAUAAGAGGAGUUGUAGUCCAGCCAAUCAGAGUUGACAAUGCUGAACCAGGUGAACAAAUAGUCUAAUGGUAUAUGGCAGCCUCCUAAAUUCAUGCACAACUUGUUGUUGAGCUCUGCUCCUACUUAUAAAUAUCAAAACCAUAUUUGCAUGCAAAUUGCAGGUACAGUAGACCUUUCUAAAGGGAUGAACUGUGACAAAUUUCCGGAAGAUAGUUGCAAGGACAGACUUUAGCAUUUUGAGGGAGGGUGGAAAUUGCUCCUCUAAGGGUGUGUUUUUUUAUGACAGGGCAAUCAGGUUGAAAACUGGAGACAGGAGGGAGGUUCCCCUGAGUAAGAAACCUGUUAUGUUACUGGCAUGUUUAAAAAAACAAAAAGCUGGGAAAUCACAAUUUUUAAUCAUCACCCCCAACCCCUGUUCUGAAAGUGGACUCCAGAAGGGGUGAGUACAGCUGCCGUCAUCCUUCAUCAUGCUGCUUUGGCCUGAUUGAAGUUGGAAUCAGACAACAUCUAGAAGACCGCAGGUUCCCCACCUCUGCCUUAGAGCAACACUGCUUGCUGUCUGAUGCUACUCCAAAAUAUUGAAAACCUGCAAUUCAUCCUGAUAAACUUCCUCAUCCUGUUUACCAGUUCAAAAUUGGCAGCUAUGCUGGGGAAUAGCCUUCUUUGAAGGUUAUUCAGCUUGAAAUGCAGAGAGGUGAAUAAGAUGUGAUACUACUUUUCACAGACAUUCAAAGUCUAGCAAACUAGAUGGCAAAGGAAUAAGAUGGCCUGAAGAAGUGUGGCAAUGGUUUGGUGGUUUUUGUUGUGGUUGUUUUUGAUGGGGUGGGGGGAAAUAAACAGAAUGUUCUGUGUUCUGCCAGAUCUCUAGAACUAUUUAAUAGUCUCUCUACAGGCAUACAUGUUGUGGACAGUGAGCCUGUUGUGGCUCAUUGCAUUUUCGAUAGCUGUGCCACCUUCUUAAAAUAACCAAACGCCUGUUUCCAGCCAAAGCUGGCUUGCAGAAUGCGGAUUGGUUGCUCCUGUGGCAAUUACAAAGUCACUCCCUCUUCUCCACCACCAGCUGGGGCAAAGUUUAUAGUGAAAUAAACAGCAGGAUUGACACUGAAUAAACCAUUUAUCAGAUAUACAAGCUGAGUAUUAGCAAAAAUAGCAAUUUAAAAGAAUCAUAGGGUAUGAAGUGCAAAGCCAUGCAGGAUUUGAAAGGAGAUAAGUGUGUUGCAAAAGGAAGAGGUAGGGGUGGGUGUCCAUCUUGAUUUCUCUCUGUUUCCUAUUUCUCCACUCUAAAAACAUCUUAUUACAUGGUAUAGAGGCUGACCGAGCAAUUGUUUUAAAAUGGCCAUGCGACAACUCUGAUGCUGUCCAUUUUGGAAUGGGUUGUUAAGAGAGCUGAUCCAUUAUACUGUGCAGUCCCAAGAGAUUGCCCAGCACAACCCAAAAUGUGUACGCCAGGAUCCCUUGAAAUGUCAUUGUGCAUGUGCUUCAAAUCUGCAGUCAUAUUCAGCCGUGUGCAAUGCCACAAAUAGUACCCCAGAAUUCUCUUCAGAUCUGAAACAGAUCCUGUGAUAUAUGCACAGUUGUCAAUAGGGAUGAGCAAAUCUGUCAGUUUCAAUGUCUCUCAGUUUCUCAUUUUUCCACUCUUAAAUUCAGUUCUCCGCCAUAUCAACCUCCCCCACACUGCAGAAAAACCCACCACAUUGAAAAUCCACUAGCAUUUAGUACAUAAUUCUCCUUAUAUACACAUUUUGGUAUUCACUUUUGCUUACUAUAUGUAUUUUGCAAAGCAGAUUUCUGAAAUCUAAUGCAACUUUGUGUGGUAUUUUUGCCAAUAUGUGCAUACUUGUGCAUAGCCUAGUAUGUGCAUGUGCAGACCGACAGACAGGCAUACACACAUAGAUCCCCCAACCCUCCAAUCUUUAGAAUAGCAACCCUGUGAGUUUCAUGGCUAAAUUUGGUAAGCUGGUCUCACAAGACCAUCUGUUUGAAGACGUGUGGCAAAGUCUGGUGCAUGAAGAAAUUAUUCCUAGCAUUUGAACACCACAGGGAUAAGGAUGACCUCAAAAUCACAGGGUAGAUAAGGUAAGUGGGAAGUAAUGCUUUAGAUUUUGUUCAGAGUGAUUUGGAGGCACAUGUCUCCUUUGGGACUUCAGAAGUUGCAUAUGUUUGUGACAUGUGAACCUUACCAACCCUUCAGUGGCUCACAUUCUCUUGUGUCACUAGUAGAUGAGUAUUUGUCAUGGAACUUUUGAUUUAUCAAGAUAUCAAAACAUAGAUAUAGUGCAGCUUUCCUCCAACCAGUUGCCUCUAGGCAUUUUGGACAAGCUUUUAAAACAUCUGGAAUGCAAUAGGUUGGGAAAGGCUGUUAUAGAUCAACAAUGUAGAAAGUCAGUUUUGUAUAGAAGUAGAUUUCUGAUAAGUGUUCAGUAGUUUGAGCCUAGUUUAAGGGAACCUGUAUAGAGACAUGCAUUAAUUCAAUUCAACAAUAUCCAACCUGGCGGCCUCCAGGUGUUGUUCAACUUCAACUCCCAUGAUCCCUCACGAUUGGCCAUGCUGUUUAAAGGCAAUGGAGGUUUUGGUUCACAUCAUCUGGAAAGUAUCACACUGGCUGUCCCUGGCUUAACCAAAGUUAAGGCCAGUCCAAGACAUUUUAUUGCCUGGGGCAAAAGGCAAUAUGAAACUCCACAUUGUGGAUUUGAGACUCAUGUGCUGGCUUAUUGGGGGCCAGAAUAUGUCCCAAGGGAUCAGGUUUCUGUUUUGAAAUGCUUUGCCUUUCUAUCUGGACCAUGAUUAAUUAGCUUCCCCCAAACAUAAAUGUAGCCAAAUGCAGCUACACACACACCCUGCCCUUUCUCAGUAUUGAAAAAACAACCAUGUAUGUUUUCUUUCUGAAUAUUUGUACGAAACCUAAUAUGGCACGGAUAAAAGCAUGAAAUCAUAUCUGAUCAGAGCAUGGAUACUUGAGGCCCCUUCAAAUAAUUUUCCCAUCACAAGAAGGACUGUAAAGAGGACGUGUGUCUUUCUGUCUGGGAUAUUCUCUGCUCCCUGAGAAUCCUGAGAACAGUAACCCUGAGGAUUGUCCUCGAUGCACCCAUCAUGACACAUCUGACCACAGGGAAGUCGUAAGAUAACCAGGGGAUUGUGUAUGGCUAGGUAGCACAUGAUAGAACUUACAUGGAAUGUUACAAACCCUUAGCCCUGCCUAUCAUGGUGAGGGUGACUCUAGCUACUCUGGUUUUAGGCUUCAAGCGACAUGCUCACUGAAUUCAAUGGGAGUUUUGCUUCCCGUGGUCCAAAGGUUUUAAGAAUUAACCAUAUCCAAAGACAUUAAGCUAGUUGUGCCGACAGACAAGGUCAUGACAUGAAAUCCUCCCUUGAAUUUUUUUCUGUUGAGUCAAACCAGACUAACAGGGCAUUAUAAAGAGCCUGUUUUUCUUUUGGCCUUGUUCACACUGUGGCAUUAUCUACCAGAGGAUUUGGUGAUGACCACCAACUUAGAGGGUUUUAAAAAGAGAAUUAAACUAUACAUGAACAAAGUGGCUGCAUGUCCUGUUUCACAAAGGGCAGCCCUUAGUUUGAAGGGCUGCCUGGUCCAAGUUCGGUUUUAAAGCCAAAGAACCCCUAAGAAGGGGAAACAAGUGCUUUGAGGUUGUCUCUCAACAGUUAGCAGCACCUGGACAGCAGACUAGGCAGGCACAAAGUCACUAGGUGGACAUAAGCAGGGCAGUGAUAUUGUCGUGUUUAUAGGAUACCCAUAUGAUGCUGGACUAGAUAACAUCAUCUUAAGUUAGGUUCAGUUGUGGGUGAGGUUUGGUAUGGACCGUGUGUCUUCUCCUCCACCCCAGUUGUUUCUCAAUGAAAACAAACCAGAGAAAGUCAAGGGUAUUAAUGUCUCAUUGAAUUCAGUAGAAUUUGAGCAUGCUUAACUUUCUCUGGAUACAUUAACAUGGGUGAUUAGAUCCCUCUAAGGUUGUAAACCUAAGUAAACUCCUCUGGGACUCCAAUGGGACUUGCUUCAAAUAGACAUGUAUAAAAUUGCACUCACACGUGUAAUGCUCCAUAAGAAGAAUUUGUCUAUUUCAUAUUGAUGACUGAUUACUCUUUCUAAUUCAUUGCAGGUGUGAUUUUUACACCUAGUUCCUAAUCGAGUCCAUUUGGCUUUAGCAGAAUUGCCACCUUCUUGUUCUUUCUGCAUGGUUCUUUUUUCUCUCUCUCUUCUGAAAAUUUAAAUCCCAUCUAUCUCCAGUACAUGACACAUGAAAAAAGUAAGACAAGGAAAAGAAGGGUAAAUAUUUAAAAAUGUGCAUUGAUUCAGAUGAUGUUCCAAAAAUGUAUGCUAAGCCUACAAACGAAAAUCUUAAGCGGCUUCCUACUGCUGUGCUUUACAAUAGAAGGAGAGUGAAUUUAAAUUCUGCUCUGAAAAACCUAAUCUGGAUUUGCCAUUUCACUCGACAUGCAGGGAUGUCUGCUUGGGUGUUUGAAGAAAAUGUUAUUAAUGUGCAGAGGGGAUGCCUUAUGAUUUAGGAGUUCAGAUUUUGCAAGGUUUAUCGUAACUAACUUGGCGAGGAAUGGCCACAUGCUUCACUAUGAUCUAUUAAACUCAGCUUCUCUUAAAUGCCAUUACUUUGUUUAGAAAACCGCAGUGGAAGAAGAGAUAUUGUGCUUUGUAAGAUUAAACUGAUGGGGCAAAAAGCAAAGUUUCAGGAGAUCAGAUGAGACAGCAGAAAAGGGAGUACAAACUCAGAUGGGGCAUGAAUGCCACUUAAAAACUCGAUGGGUUUAGUGAUUUGUGGCAACACUGGUGGUGUACUUCUCAUUUUUGCAGUGUGAUUCACUGACCAUACAUAUAGUGAUCAACUGCAUUACGCCAAUGUGUGUGGCCCUGAAAUCACUACGGGCUGAUAAGAAUUUUGACUGUCAUAGAUUAUAAAAGUAAAGGUUUCAGAGGAGGCUUGAUAUAAAGAAAAUCUUUGGAAGUUUGGACAGGUAUUGCUUAAAAUGCUGGAAACUGAUGCACAUUUGUUGCAUUGCUGAAUGGGUAAAUAGAAGCUCAGCUUUCUUGAAGUUACUCUUAGGAUCCCAUUUAUUACUGAAACAACUGUGGAACAUCAGAAGGACUGAAGUAGCUUGUGUUGUGCAGUGCACAGUUUGGUUUAGCAUUACAUCUGAAACCGACUCCUGGUUUGUUUUCCCCUAACAAACCAUGGGCGGUAAGAAAAAUCACAUUCAUUUGCUUUGCUUGCACUGUACACUUUCCUCCAGCCCCACUUCUUUUAUUGAAAUAGGUAUGUGCAAGUUUUGUGUGAGUUCUGAACAUUCACUCAAGUACUUUACUUUUUUUUUCUGUGCCUGUGUGUAAAGGAACAGAUCCUAUCUGCUGAAGGAAGAAAAUACUCUGGCAGUAUUAAGUAGCUGUUACUGACAUUCAAACAGAUUCUUACAUCACAGAGAUUUCUGCAUAAAAGAUGCCAGAGACUCUGAAUAUGUGACUGAAAGUGAAUUUUCCAUGUUUAUACUAGAAGAAAGAUUAUCUUACUUUUGUGAUUAUUUUGUUUUGCUUCAGUGCAAGCUAGUACCUAUUACCACUGCCUUUGCAUAACAGGUAAGAUUUGUAUUCUUAAGUGUUUUUUUUCACUUUCACCAGCUGUUAGGUUGCCAGGGAAUGAUACUUUUGUUAGAAUGCAUGAGAGACUUGUAAAAUGGUAUUAUCUAAUAAAAAAUGAUUUUACCAAUCAGAUGAAAGACUU